AGGCUCAACUGUUCCCCUUUUGGAUUUUCUGACUCCGUUUUCUGGAUAAAGAUUUUAGAUUUCCUGCUGAGCGCCCAAAUCUGGGCUUCCCAGGCAUCCUUGUCCAGACAAGGUGCCAGCCGACAUGUCAACACAAGCACCGACAUUCACACAGCCGCUACAGAGCGUCGUGGCACUUGAGGGUAGUGCCGCGACGUUUGAGGCUCAAAUUAGUGGUUCUCCAGUUCCCGAGGUGAGCUGGUUCCGUGAUGGCCAGGUUCUUUCCACCACCACUCUGCCAGGUAUACAGAUCUUGUUCAGCGAUGGCCGCGCUGUUCUGAGGAUUCCUGCUGUGACGGCUGCACACAGCGGAAGGUUUUCUGUUAGAGCCACGAACGGAGCUGGACAAGCCACAAGCACCGCUGAACUCCUCGUUACAGUGGAGACAGCACCUCCAAAUUUCCUUCAAAGACUUCAGAGCUUAACAGUGAGACAAGGCAGCCAGGUGAGGCUGGAUGUGCGAGUGACAGGAAUCCCGACACCAGCUGUUAAAUUCUACAGAGAAGGGGCCGAGAUUCAGAGCUCAGCCGACUUCAGGAUUCUCCAAGAUGGAGACCUGUAUACUUUGUUGAUCGCUGAAGCCUUCCCAGAGGACUCUGGGACAUAUUCUGUGACUGCCACUAACAACAGCGGACGGGCCACCUCCACUGCUGAAUUGCUAGUUCAGGGUGAGGAAGCUGUGCCAGCUAAGAAACUGAAGACUGUUUCCACAUCCCAAAUAACGGCUUCCCAGAGUCGAGUACAGAGGGUGGAGACUAGUUUCCAGGCCUCCACUAAGAGGGAGAUCCAUGCAGGGGAAGUAAUGAUCACUCAGCAUUUGGCUCACAAAACCCCCCCACGGGUUCCUCCAAAGCCGACCUCCAAGUCCCCGCCGUCCUAUGUUUCUAAGGUGACGGCAGGACGUCAGCAGUCCCCUUCGCCUGUCAGACAUGUGAAAGGGCCAACACCGACACCCGUCAGACCAGUGUCUCCAUCCACCAAACUGUCUGUUUCUCCCAUCCGACCAGUCAAGUCUCCCAUCAUGACCAGGAAACAGGUAUCCACCUCUGCAGAGGUUCUGCCACCCUGGAAACAGGGAGACUACGCGACUGAAGCGAGCUAUACCAGCAUGGCAAGCAUGACCGCUGUCAGCAGCACCACUCAACUUCAUAUGCAGAAGCACUGGGAGCAGCAGGUGGCUGCCACCAGAGAGGAUGUGGGAGAAAAAAAGGCUGAGGCAGUGGCCACAGUGGUGGCUGCUGUUGACCUUGCUCGUGUCCUCAAGCCUGUGCAUGGGGAGGGUGGUCGGAAAGAGGAAGAGGAGGAUGUGGAGUUGAGGAUAAAGCAGCAGGCGGCAGCAACUGCAGAGAAACAAGUUAUUGCAACAAAAACACUUCCUAUUGAGCCUGCUGUGUCUGCAGAGCAGCACAGAGUCCAGGUCUCUCAGAUUCAGAGAACAACAGAAAUCUUCUCCUGUGUGGACACUGGUGUCGUCCAGCCCCCAGUUCCACAUUUCACAGUUUCUAAAGUUUCUGUUCCUAAACAUGAACCUAGACAUGAGGUGUCCCUUGCUGGCUCUGCCAUCGCUACACUGCACAAAGAGCUAUCCUCCCCUUCCACCCCCAGAAAGAUCAUCAAGCCUGUCAAAUCUCCCAGUCCGUCUCGACAGGCGGCGGUGGAGGUUCAUGUGAUACCUGAGCCCUUCCCACCGCCGUUCAGAGAUGUUCGAUAUAAGACUCAACUUGACAGCAGGGGCGCUUAUGCAUUUAGUGAGGAAGAAUUUGAGGAAUGGGAGCCUCAGGUGGCUGCAGUGCCUACAAGAUCCCAGGAGCCUGUCGUUCCACCAACUCUUAUUGCUGGACUGAAGAACCUGACUGUGACAGAAGGCGAGUCAGUGACCUUGGAGUGCAAAAUCAGCAGUCACCCUUCCCCUGUCAUAAUCUGGUUCAGGGAGGACUACAAGAUCGAGAGCUCCAUUGACUUCCAGAUCAGCUACGAGCACGGAUUUGCCAGGCUGAUUAUUCGUGAGGCAUUUGCUGAAGACAGUGGCCGGUUUACCUGCACUGCCACCAAUGAAGCAGGAACUGUGAGCACCUCCUGCUACCUGCUUGUAAAAGUUUCAGAAGAAAUUGAAAGCAGAGAGGAAACAGCUGUCACAGAAAUUGCAAUCACACAAGAAAAAACUGUUGCAGCUGAAGCAAAGCUGCAGACGGUGACAGAGUUUAGUGCAGGAGAACCUGCAGCUCCAUUCUUCAUCAAGAAACCCACUGUGCAGAAGCUAGUGGAGGGAGGAAGUGUUGUGUUUGAAUGCCAGGUUGGAGGAAAUCCAAGACCUCACAUUAUCUGGAAGAAGAAUGGCGUGCUGCUUACCACUGGAUACAGAUACAAAGUUGCCUACAAGGAAACUGGAGAAUGUAAACUGGAGAUCUCAAUGACCUUUGCUGAUGAUGCCGGAGAAUACUCCAUCUUUGCUAAAAAUCCCCACGGAGAAGCUUCAGCUUCCACCAGCCUGUUGGAGGAAGAGGAAUAUGAAGCACAUAUGAAGCAGCACGAUGUAACAUAUAAAACUGAAGUGACUACAACAGUGGUUCAGGAACCCUCUGUGGUUAUGAGUCAGUAUGAAUUGGAACAGAGGAGGACAAUAACCCCGAUGAGCUUUGUCUCAGAAACGGAAUUCCUCAUUUCAGCCUUUGAGGAGAGGAUAAUACAGAAGAUCGAACUGUGUAUCAUGAGAAUUACUUACAAAGAGCUUGUGGCAGAGGACGGCGAGCUGGUAGUGACUAUAGCAGAUGAAGAGGCAGCGCAGCCAGCCUUUGACACACCAGUGAAAAACUACAGGAUCAUGGAGGGAGCGGGAGUCACUUUCCACUGCAAGAUGGUUGGAAACCCACUGCCAAAGAUUGCCUGGUACAAAGAUGGCCAGCGCAUCAGGCCUAGUGGGCGUUACCAAAUUGAAGUUCUUCAAGAUGGACGAGCCAGUCUUCGUCUGCCUGUGGUGCUACCAGAGGAUGAAGGCGUGUACACUGCUUUUGCCACAAACAUGAAGGGAAAUGCAGUCAGCUCUGGAAAGCUUUAUGUGGAGGCAUCCGAAGCUGUAACACCGCAGAGAUACACACCACAGCCAGCAGUACAGAGGAUAAGAUCUACAUCUCCUCGUUCUCUGAGCCGCUCUCCAGGGCGUUCUUCCAGCCGAUCUCCUCGGCGUUCUCCUGCCCGUCGAUUUGACGAAACAGAUGAGGCUCAGCUCGAAAGACUAUACAAACCUGUUUUUGUCAUGAAGCCCUCCUCAAUAAAAUGUUCUGAGGGGCAAACUGCCCGAUUUGAUUUGAAAGUUGUUGGCAGGCCAAUGCCUGACACAUACUGGUUCCACAAUGGACAACAAGUGAUCAAUGAUAACACACACAAGAUAGUGAUUAAAGAGGAUGGUACUCAGUCCCUGAUCAUUGUCCCAGCCAUGCCACAAGACUCUGGAGAGUGGACGGUUGUUGCUCAGAAUAGAGCUGGACGGGCAUCUCUCAGUGUAACUCUUACUGUUGAUGCUCAAGAAACCCUGGCACGUCCUCAAUUUGUUGAAAAGCUGAAAAACAUCACUGUAAAGCAGGGCACUCUGGUUGAGUUGGCUGUCAAAGCCAUUGGAAACCCCCUGCCAGACAUCGUGUGGCUGAAAAACAGUGACAUCAUCACCCCACACAAGCAUCCACAGAUAAAGAUUGAUGGCACCAAAGGAGAAGCCAAAUUCCAGAUUCCAUCUGCUUCAGGCUCAGACAGUGCCUGGUACACUGCUACAGCCAUCAACAAGGCUGGUAGAGACACCACUCGCUGCAGAGUCAAUGUUGAGGUGGACUUUGCUGCCCCUCAAACCGAGAGAAAGCUCAUUAUUCCGAGAGGAACCUACAAAGCUAAAGAGAUUGCAGCGCCCGAGUUGGAGCCGCUUCAUUUGCGAUACGGUCAAGAGCAGUGGGAGGAGGGUGAUCUUUAUGACAAAGAGAAGCAACAGAAACCACAAUUCAAGAAGAAGCUGACAUCUAUCAGAAUGAAGUGUUUUGGACCAGCCCACUUUGAGUGUAGACUCACUCCUAUUGGUGACCCCACUAUGGUAGUGGAGUGGCUGCAUGACGGCAAACCUCUGGCUGCUGCUAAUAGGUUGCAUAUGGUCAAUGAAUUUGGAUACUGCAGCCUUGAUUAUGAAGUUGCCUAUGCUAGGGACAGCGGUGUUAUUACUUGCAGAGCCACAAACAAAUUUGGAGUUGACCAGACCUCAGCCACCCUGAUCGUCAAGGAUGAGAAGGGACUUGUUGAGGAAACACAACUUCCUGAAGGCAGGAAGGGAGCAUAUAGGAUGGAUGAGAUUGAGCGCAUGGCUCAUGAGGGAGGACCUGCAGGAGUCGGCGCUGAUGAAGAAUCUGAAAAGACAAAGCCUGAUAUUGUCUUGCUUCCUGAACCAGCAAGGGUGCUGGAAGGCGACAUUGCACGAUUCCGCUGCAGAGUGACUGGUUAUCCGGCACCAAAGGUUAAUUGGUACCUCAACGGACAACUUAUCCGCAAAAGCAAGAGAUACAGACUUCGCUAUGAUGGUAUUUACUAUUUAGAGAUUGUUGACAUCAAGUCCUAUGACUCAGGAGAGGUUAGGGUGGUUGCUGACAAUCCUUUAGGAACAGCUGAGCACACAGUAAAGCUAGAGAUCGAGCAGAGGGAAGACUUUAGAUCUGUCCUGCGUCGUGCACCAGAACCAAAACUUGCAGAGGCUACACACGAGCCUGGCAAGAUUGGAUUUGAUAUUGUGAAGAUGGACCGACCUAGUGAGGCUUCACAAGACAGGGAAGUGGUUAAGCUGCGUAAAACACAGAGAAUUGUUCAUGAGAAAACUUCAGAGGAGUCUGAAGAACUGAAGAGCAAGUUCAAGCGCAGAACAGAGGAGGGUUUCUAUGAGUCUAUUUCUGCUGUAGAGCUUAAGUCUCGCAAGAGGGAUGACUCUUAUGAAGACCUAUUGAGGAAGACUAAAGAGGAGCUGCUCCAUCACAUGAAAGAGAAAGAAGAAGCUGAAAGGAAGAAGAUGGAGGAACAGGGUAAAGUCACUAUCCCCACAAUAAAACCUGAACGGGUCCUGCUCUCUCCCAGCAUGGAAGCACCCAAGAUCCUGGAACGCAUUGCAAGCAAGACCGUUGCUCCAAUGGAUGAGGUUCGUUUCAGAGUCAGAGUAGUUGGUAGACCAGAACCUGAGUGUCAGUGGUUCAAGAAUGGCAUUCAGCUGGAAAAGUCUGACCGUAUUUACUGGUACUGGCCUGAGGACAACGUAUGUGAAUUGGUCAUAAGAGAUGUCGAAACACAAGAUUCUGCUAGCAUCAUGGUUAAGGCUAUUAAUAUUGCUGGGGAGUCCUCAAGUCAUGCCUUCCUGCUUGUACAAGCCAAGACAGCAGUUAGCUUUACCCAAAACUUGGAGGAUGCGAGCGCCAAGGAGAAGGAUACCAUGGUGACCUUUGAGUGUGAAACCAAUGAACCCUUCGUCAGAGUCAAAUGGUUUAAGAACAACAUGGAGAUCUUCUCAGGAGACAAAUACAGAAUGCACUCUGACAGAAAAGUCCACUUCCUGUCUGUGCUAAUGAUUGAAAUGAGGGAUGACGCAGAAUACACCUGUGUGAUUUCAGAUGAUGAGAACACGAGAACCAGUGCAAGGCUUCAUGUGGAAGGUGCUGCUCUCGAGCUCAUCAAACACAUGGAGAACAUUGAGGUACCAGAAUCCUAUGCUGGCGAGUUUGAGGUCGAGUUAUCUCGUGAAGAUGCUGAGGGCAGCUGGCUCUUUGGAGACAAAGUUCUCUCACCCAGCAAUAAAUACAUCAUAUCCUCACGUCGAGGAAGACACACUUUGUCUGUCAAGGAUGUCAGGAAAGAGGACCAGGGAAAAUACACCUUUGUAUGUGGAGAUCUGAAGACCAGUGCCUCACUAAAAAUGAAACUGCGUCCAGUGACACUGAUGCAGCCCCUGACUGAUCUGAUAGUCUGUGAGGGUGAUAUUGCUCAGCUGGAGGUCAGGUUCUCCCAAGAGAAUGUUGAGGGAACCUGGAUGAAGAAUGGCCAGGCCAUUUCUGCCUCAGAACGUAUCCACAUUGUCAUUGACAAGAUGGUUCACAAGCUGCUGGUGGAGAAUGUCAGCACAGAAGAUGCUGCCUUGUACUCUUUUGUGGUUCCUGCCCAGGACAUCUCCACCUCAGGCAAACUCAGUGUUCAAACUAUCGACAUUGUAGUGCCACUGAAGGAUGUAUCCUCAAUUGAAGGCACAAAGGCUGUCCUGGAGGCUAAGAUCUCUGCCCAGGACAUCAGCUCUGUCAAAUGGUACCAUAAUGACAAACUGUUGACACCCAGUGACCGAAUCCAAAUGGUGGCAAAGGGAGCAAAGCAGCGGCUGGUCUUCACCAGAACCUUUGCAUCUGAUCAGGGUCACUAUAAACUAGUUGUUGGCAAGGUUGACACCAGCUGUAGCCUGACUGUUGAAGAGGUACACAUUGUGAAACACAUGGAGGACAAAGUGUGUUCAGAGUCCCAGAAUGUGACGUUUAAUGUUGAAGUCUCUCACCCUGGAAUUGACUCAAUCUGGACAUUCAGGAACCAGCAAAUCAAACCUGGACCCAAGUCCAAGAUUGAGUCCAAGGGAAAGGCUUACUCUCUGACAGUCAUUGACGCCAUGAAAGAUGAGGAGGGCCAGUACAUGUUUCAUGCUGGUGAAAAGACAUCUAGUGCCAAGCUUACUGUCUCUGGUGGAGCCAUUACACGGCCCCUGCAGGAUGUGACAGUGGCGGAGUCUCAGACUGCUGAGCUUGAGUGUGAAGUUGCAAAUGCCAAUGCUGAGGGCAAGUGGCUUAAGGAGGGCCAGCCCAUUGACUUCAAUGAGAAUGUGGUGAGUGAGGUGAACGGGGCCAUCAGGCGCCUCAUCAUCAACAUUACCAGGCCACAGGAUGUCGGAGAGUAUACCUACCAGGUGGCCAACUCCAAAACUACAGCUAAUCUCAGGGUGGAGGGAGUGAAGAUCAAGAAAACUCUGAGGAACCAGACUGUGACGGAGACCCAGGAAGCAGUGUUCACGCUAGAGCUCACACACCCAGAUGUGAAAGGAUCCCAGUGGAUUAAGAAUGGGGUGGAACUGCAAAACAGCGAAAAGUACGAGAUCAUCUCCAGUGGCGUGGUCCAGACGCUGAAGGUGAAGGACUGCAACAUACAGGACGAGUCUGUUUACUCCUUCAAACUUGGAAAACUUUCUGCCAAUGCCAGACUCAACGUAGAGAAAAUCAAAAUCGUGAAGAAGAUAAAAGAUGCAACGUCUCUGUUGGAUGGCACAGCCUCCUUUGAGAUGAGCCUCUCACAUGACAACAUCCCUGUUAGGUGGAUGUUUAAAGGUUUGGAGCUGACGUCAAGUGAGAAGUGCAAGAUUCUGUCUGAGAGGAAAGCACACAAACUGAUCCUGAAGAAUCUGGACAGCAGCGAUGCAGGAGAGUACGUGGCUGUGGUUGGACACUUGCAGUGCAGUGCCGUGCUCACCGUGGAGGCUCUGCAGGUCACUAAACCCAUGAAAAGUGUGGAGGUACCAGAGACUCAAGUGGCCACAUUCGAGUGUGAAGUCUCCCACUUCAAUGUGCCGUCCACCUGGCUGAAGAACGGAGUGGAGAUUGAGAUGAGUGACAAGUUCAGGAUUGUGGUUCAGGGAAAACUCCAUCAGCUGAAGAUCAUGAACACCAGCAGAGACGACUCUGCAGAGUACACCUUCGUUUGUGGCAACGACCAAGUGUCUGCAACACUUACCGUCAACCCGGUUCUGAUCACCUCCAUGCUGAAGGACCUGAAUGCCCAAGAGAGAGACACUAUCACCUUUGAGGUCACCGUCAACUAUGAAGGCAUCACGUACAAAUGGCUGAAGAACGGCGUGGAAAUUAAGUCAUCGGACAGGUGCCAGGUCCGCAGCCGGCAGCUUACGCACUCCCUCACCAUCCGAAAUGUUCACUUUGGAGACGGGGGAGAGUACAAGUUUGUGGCUGGCUCUGGUGCCACCACUGCUAAUCUCUUUGUUGAAGCUCGUGUGAUUGAAUUCACCAAGAAGAUCAAGGACAUAAAGAUCACAGAGAAGAAGAAGGCGGUUUUUGAGUGUGAGGUUUCUGAGCCAAACAUCCAGGUGAUGUGGAUGAAGGAUGGUCAGGAGAUGGACAUGUCUGAGGAAAGGUAUAUUGUGACAGCAGAGAAGUAUGUUCACCGCCUCGUGAUCCAGACGGUUCGAAUGUCUGAUGCUGGGGAAUAUUCAGUGGUAGCUGGAUCAAGUGUCUCCAAGGCCCGGCUCACUGUGGAGGGUCGCGACAUUCGGAUCUCGGAACCUCCUGAGCGGGAAAUUACGGUUCUGGAGAAACACCGUGCAACCUUUGAGUUUGAAGUGAAUGAAGAAGAUGUGGAGGGUCACUGGCUGAAGAAUGGUGUGGAGAUCCAGUUCUCGAUGGAAGACAGAUUUAACUACGUGACCAUCAGGAAGCUGCAUCGCCUCACCAUCUCAGAGACCUACAGGAGUGAUGCUGGGGAGUACACCUUCAUCGCUGGCAAAAAUAGAAGCACCAUGCAGCUUCGAAUAAACAUCCCUGAGCCUCCUCAGAUCCUUCGCCACAUGGAGCCCCAGUCGGUGGAGGCUGGAAAACCAGCUCGCUUCUCAGUCCAGGUGAGCGGUGUUCCCCAGCCUCAGGUCUUCUGGUACAAAAACUCCCAGGCUCUCUCCGCUGGCUUCAAGUGCAAGUUCCUGCACGAUGGCAACGAGCACACACUGCUGCUCAUCGAGGUCUUUCCUGAAGACGCUGCUGUCUACACCUGUGAGGCCAAGAACGAGUAUGGCACUGCCACAAGCACUGCAACACUCAAUGUUGAAGUUUCAGAGGUGGUUUCUCCAGACUCCCCCGCUACUGUUGCUCCACCUGUCAUCAUCUCACCCAUUGCCAGCACUUCAGCCUGCGAGGGUGCACCAGCUUGCUUCCAGUGCAAAGUCCGUGGAGAUGAUGUGAAGAUAAGCUGGUUCCACAAGAAAACGGAAGUCAAACAGUCCGAAUUCUUCAGGAUAUCUCAGUUUGAUGACAGUUGUCAGCUGGAGAUCUCCAGGGUUUAUCCAGAGGAUGACGGCGAGUAUACCUGCAUGGCCACAAACAAUGGAGGGACAGUAUCCUGCUCUGCAACUCUUACAUUAGACGGACAAAAGCAAACCUGGGACAGAUCUGCCACCACCAACAUCACUCGCCUAAAGAUACCUUCAAUUUGCCAAAAGCAUUUCAUCCAACCAAUCACAAGCUGUACAGUGCCUCAUAGGGGGGUGGCCCACUUUUAUGCGUGUGUAGCUAGCAUGCCAAAAUCAGAAAUAAGCUGGUUCCACAACCAACACUCGGUUCAGCCUAACAAGAAUGAAAACACUGCCACUCUCAUCGUAGUGGAUGCUUUCUACUAGCAUGCAGGCCAGUACUCCUGUAAGACUGCUAAUACUGCUGAACAGGCCACGUGCUCAGCCACACUCACCAUAAACGAAGAAGUGACUCACGUGAGAGAGCAGGCUGAAACCAAGACUGAGCUGGAAGUCAAAGAAUUUGAAACCAUCAUCACCACUGUGGAAGAACAAGAGGAAACCUACUACACUGGUGUCCAGUUACCACAAAAAACUAAAACGCUUGAACUCAAGCCAGAUUCCAAACUUUACUCUUCCACUUUAGAGAAAAAAAAAGAAAAGCCUGUUUUCCUUACUCAGCUCUCCGGAGCAGCUGUAAACACUGGGGAAACUGCCAGGUUUACAGUUAAAGUAUCUGGCUUUCCAAAGCCAACUGUGCAAUGGUCUCACAAUGGAAAGGUUGUAAAGAGCUCUUCUGUAUACAAGCUGAUAGAGGAGAAGGAUGAAUACACACUGGUAAUCACCCAAGUCACAUCUGAGUAUGAGGGCAAGUACUCAUGCACUGCCACGAAUAGAUUUGGCCAGACGACAUGCACCACAUACCUGGAGGUGAAAAAGCCUGAAGCCAGCCAGGCAGAGAAAUGGGUUGAGAAGAUGUUUAAGCUCACAGGUCAGCCUGCUAGUUUCACACUUCAGAUACAACCCGUGAGGUGCUCAGAAGGAACAGAGGCUUCUUUUAAUUACAAAGUCAGUGGUGAUCCGGUCCCUGAUAUAAAGUGGUUCAAGGGGCCUUUCCAGAUCCAGCCCAGUAGAAACUGUAUCAUUAGAACCAAUUCAGAUGGAUCUGGUUUCAUCAUUAUUAAGAAUGCCAAACAAGAGGACAGUGGCUUAUACACGUGUAAAGCCUCCAACCAGUUUGGUGAGACUGCUUGUAGUGCAGAGCUUGUUGUAUUCAAAGAAUCAGUCUCUGCUUCUCACAAACAGGAGGCAGCCAUUCAGAAGAAAGGUUACAAGGUUUUAGUGACAGAACAAGCAACAGAGUCACGCUUGUACCAGGUCAGCCUCCCAGGCCAGGAUAAAGCUAAGUCAGAUCAGAUGGUUUACACCAUCGGCACAGAAGAUCGGCAGAUUAUUCCCAGCGAGCAAGUGAGCUCCCUUAGAGAAGUAGAUAUCUCCACUGCCACUGUGUACUGUGAGAGGGUUACCCACCAGGCAGCAAUACUUCAGGCACAUGAGACAGAGGAACGGGUGUCUGUGGUUCCUACUCACCCAGACCAAGUGUCAGCUGUUCCUGCGAAACAGCUUCACAUGGCAGCAUUCACAUCAUCUGUUGAAGAGAGUCAGGACCUCACAGAGCAGCACUGUGAUGAUAUUCAAAGGCCAGAUCUCAUUGAGCUUCAGGCAGUCAGUGAAAAAAAGUCAAAACACAUGUUAGCUGUUGUUGAGGAGCUCACACCACUUUCUGCUGUUAGCACAGAGCCACUGGGUGACAGGAAGUCUGCUACUGUCAAAAUCACUUCAGAACCUAAACAUCUAGUCAGUGGUCAUCAAGUGAAAACACAACUGUCAAUCCUGAAAGAGGAGUCUCAAGAGAUCCCCAAACCACAAGAAGAGAUGGGUUAUAAGGUUAAGGAAGGUAUUAAGAUUUUAUAUUCGGCCCAGUCCACAGAAAAGCAGGUGCUUGCAGAGGGUCACACAACUGAGUUAGCAACAGCAGAAUCUGCUGUUAAGUCUUCAAUUAGAAAAGAACAUAAGCCACCUGUCACAGCUUUAGUUAAUGAGUCUAAGCAAACUCUUUGGAAGGAGUCAGAAUUCUCCAUUCAGAGGCCUGCUGAGGAAGCAGCCCAUACCUGUAAAGAUACGAUGAUGAAAGCAGCUCUAACUGCUGAAGAGACACAAAUGCUGCAGGGUGAGUCCACACAGUUGCUUCCUAGUCUAGACAGUGCCAUGUCCAUUAAGUCCGAGGUAGAAGGAAAGCAGUUGUUACACCUGCAGGUUAUAACAGAACAGGACCUCCUUCCAUCUGAGAAAAGACUAACAUAUGAAAAACCAACACCAGAACAUGCAGGGACCAGAAAGAGUCCCACUUUGCUACAUACUGUUAGUCAGGAUGAGCAGAGAACAGUAGUUUGUGAGGCCACAUCAGAGUUUGACUCCAAGGCAGACACUAUAACCAUAGAGCACCAGAAAGAGGCCCCUACCCUGCUGCAUCUCCAGUCAACCCACCCUGUGGAGGUCCUACCCAAAGAGGGCAUUCUCACAGUUGAGAAGCCUGACCAGCUGGUGGCAAUGCAGAAACAAGAAAAGGCAAGAAGCCAUGCAGCUCUUUCAGAAGAGAAACGAGAGCUCACAGCCGAUUUUUACUCAGAACUGGAUUUGUCCUUGUCUGGAGUUCAGUCUCAGUCUCGUACUGAGCCCAAGCCACAAAGUAUCCUCCAACUGUGCUACCAGCCUGUGCAGUUGUCAAAAGAGACACCAGUUAGCACAGAGUGCAAGCAUCAGCGAGCUCUACUACAGAAGGAGGAUCGCUGGAACGUGAUGCAUGUCACUUCUGUGACAGAUGGACAGGCUUUGGAGGAGGGUCACACAGAUCAUCUAACAGCUAUAGACAAAUUCACAUGUCAGACAACCGUAGAGCCAAAAGUACCCACCGAGCCAAUCCAGAUUGAGGAGAAAGAGAUCUCCACUGAGAGUAGUGUCUUUCUAAAGGCAGCAGAACAGGACUUUGCUGUUCAGAUUCAAGAGGGUCAGUCAGUCAGGCAGUCAGUAAUGAUGGACGAGAAGCGAGUGCUGACAGGUGAAUUCUCUCAAGAGAUCACCAAGUCUGAGACCACCAAAGUUGCUGUUAAUGCACAGCAAAAAUUGUCCCUUUUGGCACCAGAAUCUAAAGAUAUUACAGCUCUGCCUAAAGAGAUGACAUUUGUGAUCCAGAUCCCUAAAUCAUUCAGUUCAAACAUACAAUGUCAGCUCAGAGAUGCUCUUCAGUCUGCUGUAGCCAGUGAACAGCCAGUGUUACUGGCUGAAGUUGUGGGAUACCUACACGCUGUAGAAGUACAGGAGGUCAAGGUUCAAAGAGAGCCCAAGUGGGCUAUGUUCACAUAUCUGAUCACAACAACAGGUGCCCCUGUGGAGAUCACUCUAGCUUUUGAGGGUGAAUACCCUCAGACAGCUGACCUCAGGACUGAGGUUCAGGCAGCAUUUCACUCCAUGGUAUAUCAGGAGUCCCAUGUUCUUACUUCAGAACAGCAAGGUACUAUGCAACUAGACAAACCUCAGAGGGCACAAGUCACCUCAGCUCGCUCUAGCGAAACAGUGUCAUCCAUGGUGAAGACUGUGAGCGUGACAGAGAGCACAGCGGAUUUUACUGCUGUUAAAUCUCAUUCUGCAUCACUUCAAACUGAGUCUAAAAUGGCAGUUGAGCAUGCUACAUUGGAGGAACGGGUUGUAGUGCAGGAAUCCAUGGACACAAAGGUAAAACGGUCAUCCCAUAUCAAAAUUCAAACUGAAGGUCACAUGGCUUCUGAGCAGUCAGAGCAAGUUUCAAGACAGGAGGUGAGGUCAACAAUCAUUACAAGUCAAGAAAAAGAUGUAGGAGUGUCAAUCAUUACCACGUCUACUACCACUGAGCAGGCAGUGGAUGUCAGCAUUUCCAAAGAGGGCAUCGAAGUAUCCAGGCCAGAACUGAGAGAAUACCCUGUAAUUGUUAAUUCUCUCAAUGACAUGCUGAUAGAAGAAGAUAGUAGAGUAACCUUCAGCACUACCAUUAAGUACGUCACAAAGGUAAACUGGUUUUUCAAUGGGCAAUUGGUGCAAUCUGGCAAAGAGUUCAAGUGUUCCAAAGACCAUGACACAUACACAAUGGUUAUCAACAAAGUUGUCAAGGAGAGGCAUCAAGGAGAAUAUGUUUGUGAGGCUGAGAAUGAAGCCGGCAGGACAACAACAUCUUCAAGGCUCACUGUGGUCUCAAGAGUGCCCCCUGUCUUUAGGCAGAAAAUCACACCUCUGGAGAUAAAUGUCGGCAGUCACACCAAGUUUGAAUGUGAGAUUGAAGAAGCUCCAGACGUGACAUUCAAAUGGUACAAAUCUGGCACCGAAAUCAGACAGAGUGAAAAGUAUCGGAUCGUCAGCUGCCACACUAGUUCCACUUUAGAGCUCCUGAACCCUGUCAAAGCUGAUAGUGGAGAAUACACCUGCAAAGCUUCAAAUCAACACGGCACAGACAGCUGCACUGCCUCGCUCAUUGUCACCGAGAUGUACCCACCAGUAUUUGUAUCAAAACCAGACCCAAUGACUUUAUAUGUGGGAAAACAAGCUGUGUUCCAGUGCUCACUUACUGGAUCCUCGCCUAUGGAAGUUGUCUGGCACAAGGACAACAUAACAAUUUCCUCUGAAAGGAACUAUGUCAUGAAAUGUGAAAAGAACAAGUAUUCCCUUCACAUUAAAAGUCUUGAACUGACUGAUCAGGGAGUGUACCUGUGCAAGGCUUCCAACAGUGUUGGUGUAGCUACUUUUGCAGUAGAACUCAAGGUUAUUGACAAGCCCCGGUUUGUUACGGUCAUUGAGCCAGUAUCUGCAGCUGUUAAUGACCCACUGAGGCUGGAGUGCCACGUGAAUGAGGACACUGGUGUGGCUGUCACCUGGACCAGGGAUGGCAAAAAAGUCCACCAGAGUAUGGAGUGUAAACUGUCCUUUGAGGACAAGGUCGCUGUUCUGGAGAUCCCCAAGUCCAAACUAAAGGACUCAGGGAAAUAUGUAUGCACAGCUGCAAAUGAGGCUGGCAGCUCCUCCUGUGAGGCUGUGGUAACAGUUCAAGAGCCCCCUGCCUUUGUGAAGAAAAUGGAAUCUAAGCUUACAUGGAAACAGGGUAUAGCUGCACGCUUACAAUGCACAAUCAAAGGAUCGCCUGAACUUCACAUCCAGUGGUUCUGGAAUGAAAGAGAGCUGAGUAAUGGAGACAAAUAUAAAAUAUCUUUCAAGACUGGAGUUGCUACUGUGGAGAUAAUGAACCUUCUGGUCACAGACAGUGGCAGAUACACCUGUGAGGUAUCAAAUAAUGCUGGGAGUGAAAGCUGCAGUACUCUUUUAGCUGUUAAAGAGCCACCGUGCAUUAGAAAAGACCUGCAGACAGUAGAGGCAGUGAAGGGAGCAGCUGCUCACCUGGAGUGCGAGGUCACAGGAACAGCUCCUUUUGAAAUCACUUGGUUAAAAAAUAAGAAACCCAUCACCAGUGAUCAGAAGUAUAAAUUGAUUUCCCAAGAUUCGAUAGCAAGGCUGGAGAUUCAAACAUUUGACACUACAGAUAUUGGAGAUUAUCAGUGUGUCAUAUCAAAUGAUGUGGGAAAAGUCACCACUAAGGCUAUGGCUAAACUUAAAGAUCCACCAACUUUCUCAAAAAGGGUUGAGAGUGUUACAGCAGUCUUGGGAAAUACAGUAAAACUACAAGGAAUGAUUAAGGGUUCAACUCCCAUCACUGUGAAAUGGAUAAAAGACUCCAAGAUGCUAAGAGAUGACGAUCCAAAUAUCAAGAUGGUUUUUGAGAACGGUGUUGUUAGUUUGUCGAUAACAACAGUUGCCAUCAGCCAUGGUGGCAAGUAUUCAUGCCAAGCGGAGAACGAGGCUGGGCAACAAAAGUGUGAAGCGAUCUUGACUGUGCAAGAACCUGCCAGGAUUGUAGAGCCUGCAGAGUCCAUUAGUGUGACGGCAGGGGACUCAGCCACAUUGGAGUGCACAGUCUCUGGAAGCCCAGAUCUCAAAGUGAAGUGGUUUAAAGAUGGGAAGGAGAUCAUUAGUGGCCGUAAAUAUAAGAUGACUCUGAAGGAUAAUAUUGCCACCCUGAAAAUUCUUACUGCAGAAAAAGGAGAUACUUCAGAGUAUAAAAUGGAAGUGGCGAAUAAAGUUGGGAAAGACCAGUGCACGUGUUCAGUCACUGUCUUAGAUCGGAUAAUGCCUCCAGCUUUCACCAAGUCGCUGAAAAGAGUUGACGGUAACAUUGAUAAUCCUGUCUCCAUGGAUUGCAAGGUGUCUGGGUCACAGCCCAUGACCGUGACUUGGUUCAAAGACGACCAGGAGAUUGUUUCUGGAGACAAAUUCCAGCCUGAAUUUAAAGACAGCUCUGCUAUAUUGAGAAUCAUGUGGCUAGAAAAGGCUGACUCUGGUGUUUAUAAAUGCAGAGCCACCAACUCAGCUGGCUUUAAAGAAACCAGUGGCACGCUCUAUGUGAAAGAACCCCCAGCGUUCACAGUGAAACCACACGACCAGGAUGUUAUUCCAGGAACUACAGUUUCCUUAAGAACAGCAUUCACUGGAACAGCUCCUUUAACUGUGAAGUGGUUCAGGGAAGAAAAAGAGAUAAUUACAGGGGGCACUUAUUUCAUUAAAAAAGAUGCCUCUUCAAGCUCUUUGGAGCUUCACUCUGUAAAGCCCACUGAUACCUCGAAAUACACGUGCGAAGUAUCCAAUGAUGCUGGGAAGGUAGACUGCACAGUAGUCCUCUUUGUGAAAGAACCUCCCGUGUUUGUGAGGAAACCCGAGGCAACCAAACUCAUCACCAGUGGUGACUCUGCCGGGCUGGAGUGCAAAGUAACUGGCAGCCCAGUCAUCAGUUUCAAAUGGUUCAAGGAUGAAAUGGAGAUCAGUGCCAGUUCUAAAUACACAAUGAGCUUGAUCGACUUGAUGGCAACUCUAGAAAUAGCUAAUUGUACAGUGGAGGACAGUGGAGAUUAUGUCUGUGUGGCAUCAAGUGAGGCUGGAAGUGACCGUUGCACCUGCACAGUUAUAGUCAAAGAACCACCAUUGUUUCUGCGUAGCUUGGAGCACAAGGACGUGGUAAAAGGUUCUGAGCUGACGCUAGAGUGCCAAGUCUCUGGUUCUGCUCCUUUUACUGUGUCAUUUUAUAAAAACUCCAAAUUGAUUCGGAACGACAAAAGACACAGGAUUACUGUGAAAGAGGACCUGCUAGCACUACAGGUUCUGGCAGUAGAAACAGGAGAUGUUGGUUUGUACCAGUGUAGUGUUGAGAAUGAAGUGGGAAGGGCCUCCUGUGAUUGUCACGUAACGCUAAAAGAACCACCAUCAUUUGUUCGAAAGCUGGAGAACCUCAGCUCAUUGGCUGGCAGCGAGGUUUCUCUCAUUUGCAGUCUGAAAGGCUCUGAACCCAUAUCUGUGGCCUGGCUAAAAGACAACCAUGAGCUCAAAGAGGCUGAAAACAUUCAGAUUACAUAUGAGAACAAGACUGCGCUACUGCAGAUCACCAACUUACAGAGCAGUCACUGUGGUAAAUACUCUUGCCAGGUGCAGAAUCAGGCUGGCAGCCAGACAUGCUCUGCUGUGCUGACAGUCAAAGAACCAGCAAAAAUCACAGAAGAAGUAAAGUCUAUCAGUGUGACUCAGGGGGAUCCAGCUACUCUGGAAGCCAGGUUCUCAGGCACAAAACCCUUGAAAGUCAGAUGGCUAAAGGCUGGCAAGGAGCUGACCUCAGGCCAGAGAUAUAAAGUACAGAGCAAAGAUACCAGUUCUGUGUUGAAGAUUAUUAAAACUCAGAAAAGUGACGGUGGUGAAUAUAUCUUUGAGGUUUCAAACGAUGUUGGACAAAGUUCAUGUGAUGCCACACUCACCAUUCUCGAAUCCCCAUGCAUUCUUGAAAAACCUGAAUCCAUAAAUGUUUUGCCUGGCUCAAAAGUCCAAUUUAGUAUACUGUUCUCUGGCACACCACCACUCACCACCAAAUGGUUUAAAAACAAUAAAGAGAUCCUGUCCAGUGCUGACUGGUCUGUGAUCAAAGAUAACACCUCGAGCACACUGGAACUCUUCUUUGCAAAAACCACAGAUUCUGGAGACUAUGUCUGCCAAAUACAGAACGAUGUUGGCUCCGCUUCAUGCCAAGCAACACUCUUUGUCAAAGUGCCUCCAAAGUUUACACAGAUCCCAGCCCGUGUGUCUGUAGUUUGUCCUGGUCAAAGUAAGGUUUUUGAGUGCCAGGUGACCGGCACACCAGAGAUUGACAUCUACUGGUUCAAAGAAGGCUCUGAAAUCAGCCCAACUGAUCACUAUAAGAUGGCCUUUGUCAACUCUGUGGCAACACUGGAAGUCUGUGGGGCUGAGGUUAAACAUAGUGGGCUUUACUAUUGCGAAGCUCGUAAUGAAGCUGGCAGUGAGAGCUGCAGCAUGGAGCUGAAGGUCAAAGAACCACCAUCAUUUAUUAGAGAACUGGCUCGAGCUGAUGUUGUGAAGGGCUCCACUGCCAUUUUAGAAUGUCAAGUUGCUGGGACGGGUCCGUUUGAGAUAACAUGGCACAAAGAUGGAAAGGAGCUCAAACCCAGUGCUAAACAUGCCUUCUCUCAGUUAAAUGACACUGUGUGUCUUGAAGUGCACAAAUGUGAUGCUGUAGAUAUUGGUGAAUAUCAGUGCACUGUUGCUAACGAGGUGGAAAGCUGUACUUGUAAGACUACACUAAGCCUCAAAGAACCACCAACAUUCAUCAAGACAAUUGAGAACACUGCUAUUGUUCUGGGUAAAAUGGCAGAGUUUCAGUGCAUUGUGAAAGGCUCUCCCAUCAUCUCUGUACAGUGGAAAAAAGAUGAGAAUUGGAUAUUGGAGGAUCCAAAGAUUCAGAGAACAUUUGAAAACAAUGUGGCUACACUCCGGAUUCCUGCCUGUGAGGCGAUACACAGUGGCAAAUACACCUGCCAGGUGGUAAAUGAGGCUGGGCAGGAUAAGUGUUUUGCCACCCUCACAGUGCAAGUGCCUCCGCAGAUCACAGAGAAACCUGAGGUGGUAAAGGUUACAGUUGGAGAUCCAGUCAGUCUGGACUGUAAGGUUACAGGCUCCCCUGAACUCAGGGUGAAAUGGAUGAAAGAUGGCAGGGAGCUCAAGUCAAUCAGGCAGCACAAGCUGAUCUUUGAGAACAAUAUCAGCAGCUUAAAGAUUCAGGCUGCGCAGAAGGAGGAUGAAGGAGAGUAUGUCUUUGAGGUGGUAAACUACAUCAGUAGCUGUACCUGCAAAGUCAAGCUAAUUGUAUUAGAGCAAGUAAUUGGCCCAAGCUUCAUCAAACCCCUGGUAGACAUGCACGAGAUAUUGGGGUCCUUUGUUCAGAUAUGUUGCAAAAUAUCUGGUUCUCUCCCCAUCUCUGUGGAAUGGAAGAAAGAUGGAACCAAAAUCUCUAGUGGUCUAAAACACAAGCUCAUUCAGCAGGACAACUCUGUGUCCAUUGAAAUUGAACAGCUAGAGAGAUCUGAUGCAGGGUUAUACUCUUGCAAACUGACUAACACAGCAGGAAGCUGUGAAUGCAGUGGGUCCAUCGCGGUCAAAGAACCUCCAAGCUUUGUGACAGUGCCCGAGUCGCAGACAGCUCUACCCAAAGCCACUGCACGCUUCAAAGGCACUUUUAAGGGAACUCCUCCCUUCACAGUCAAAUGGUUUAAGGAUGACACAGAGCUUAUGACUGGGCCUACUUGUUUAAUAGGGCUGGAUGGGCUGUCCUGUUUCUUAGAGCUCUAUUCAGUGGGUGUCACACAGAGUGGAGUCUACGCUUGCCAAGUCAGCAAUGAUGCUGGCUCCGUACACUGUAGUGCAAACCUGACAGUAAAAGAACCACCUGAAUUUCUGCUGAAACCCCCUGCCAAUAAGUUUGUGAAGCAGGGUGAGUCACUCCGCCUGGAGUGCAAAGUCAGUGGCACAGUCCCUCUGAAAAUUACCUGGUACAAAAACGACACCAAAGUUACAGACGGUGGCAACUACAGGACGUCCUUUGUUGACUCAGUAGCAGUGCUAGAACUGGUCUCCACUAGUUUUGAGGAUGAUGGAGUUUACACCUGUGAGGCUCAGAAUGAUGCUGGCAGUGUGAGCUGCAGCACUACACUUACCAUUAAAGACCCCCCAUCUUUUGUCAAAAUACCCCAGCCUGUUGAAGGGCUGAAGGGUAAGGACGUAAGUUUGUACUGCGAGAUGAGUGGUACAGCUCCAUUCCAGAUCACCUGGUUUAAAGACAGGAAACCUCUCAUGGAGAGCAGGAAGUUUAAGCUGGUGAGCGAGGGCAGCUCAGCCACACUGCAUGUCAUUGGAAUAGAGCCCUCAGACGCCGGCGAAUACGAGUGCAAAGUGUCAAACAGUGUAGGAAGCGAUACCUGCCACACAUCAAUUAAACUCAGAGAGCCACCAUCAUUUGUGAAGAGACUGUCAAACAUGACAGUGAUACUGGGAGGGGAGGUGACCCUUGUGGCCACUGUUAAAGGCUCUGAACCCAUUACUGUGUCCUGGGUUCAAGACAAGGAUCACAUUCUCAGGGACAGUGACAACAGGAAAAUCACCUAUGAAAACAACCAGGUGGCAGUUAAAAUCUUUAACGCUGAUGCAACUACGGCAGGCAAAUAUACCUGCCAACUCAGAAACGAUGCUGGGAGUGUGGAGUGUUUCGCUAACUUGACUGUUCUAGAGCCUGCUAAAAUAGUGGACAAGCCCGAUGCUCUGAGUGUGACGGCAGGUGAUAUGGCUGCCCUGGAGGUCAAAGUGUGUGGAACCCCAGAGCUCAUACCCAAGUGGUUCAAAGAUGGUGCUGAGCUGGCUUCUGGUAGAAAAUACAAAAUCUCAUUUUCCCGGAUGAUUUCCAGCCUGAAUGUGCUGUCUGCUGAGAAAGUUGACUCUGGAGAAUACACAUUUGAGAUUAUGAAUGAAGUUGGGAAGGACCUGAGUAAAAUCAAUCUCACUGUUUUAGAUAAGACAAUUCCUCCAACAUUCUCACGGAAACUGAAAGACUGUACCACUGUUGUUGGAAAACCUUUAGAAAUGGAGUGCAAAGUGUCAGGCUCAUCUCCUUUUACCAUUUCAUGGUACCACAAUGACGAGGAGAUAAAGAGUGGGCCAAAUUAUGAGAUUUCAUUCAGUGACAACAACUGUACACUAAAGGUGCUCACGCUGAAGCUGGCUGACUCUGGAGCGUACAAAUGUAAGGCUGUCAACAAGGCAGGAACCACAGAAACUACAGCCUUCCUGGUUGUUCGAGAACCUCCAACUUUUGUGGUGCCACCGCAGCCAGUGGAGGCCAUGCCAGGCUCUAACGUGACGUUCUCAGCCAUGGUGAAAGGCAGUGCCCCUCUCAAACUCAAGUGGUUCAGAGGGACAAAAGAGAUCGUAGCUGGACAUGGCUACGAUUUCUCCCUGGAUGAUAACAAAGUUCUUUUAGAGCUUUACAACGUGGAUAAAUCUCAUGCUGGAGAGUACACCUGUCAGAUCAUUAAUGAUGCAGGAAAAGAAAGCUAUCCAGUGAAUCUCACUGUCAAAGAGCCAGCAACUUUCUCAAAGAAGCUGAAGGACAUAUCAGUUGAGAAGGGCAAACCAUUAACUCUGGAGUGUACAUACACGGGCACCCCCAUGAUCACUGUGAGCUGGUACAAAGAUGGCCAGCAGAUCUUUGCUUCAUACAAAUACAACAUUACCACAACAGAAAGCUCCUGCAUCUUAGAGUGUCUCAGCACUGAUGACAAGGAGGCUGCAGGAAGAUACUGCUGCCAAGUGUGCAAUGAUGCUGGGAAAGACACGUGUGAGGCAGUGGUUUCUAUCCUCGAGCCACCAUAUUUUACUGAGUCACUAGAGCCCAUGGAGGUGACAGCUGGAGAUGCUGUUUGUCUGAAAUGUCAGGUUGCAGGCACACCUGAGAUCAAAGUGUCCUGGUUCAAGGCUGAUGGCAAAGUCAGGUCUAGCCCCACCUGCAAGCUGGAGUACACAAAGGGUGUUGCCUGUUUGAAGCUAAGUAAAGCCACCAAGUCCGAUAUCGGAGAGUACACCUGCAAGGCAGAGAACAGGAUUGGCUCUGCUUCCUCCAGCUGCAGACUCAAUGUGCUAGAAGCUAAAACGCCACCAUCUUUCCCAAAGAAGAUCACCAGCCUACAGCAAACUGAGGGCCAGCCAGUGCGCUUUGAGUGCCGCGUGGCUGGCUCAUUGCCCAUUGAGGUGUCCUGGCUGAAAGACGGCAAACCUCUGAGUCAGGGGGAGGAAUUCUCCAUGCUGUAUGAUGAUAACACAGCUGUUCUGCAGAUCAACAACAGUGAGAUGAGGCACUCUGGGGAGUACACCUGCGUGGCUACCAACAGUGUGGGCUCAGCUUCAUGCAGAGCCAAGCUCACUCUGCAAGAACCCAGAUACCCUCCAGUAUUUGACAGGAAGUUGUCACUACAGGAGGUGACAGUGGGUGACAGCAUUGAGCUGGAAUGUCACAUGACUGGUUCUGCGCCCAUUAAAGUCACAUGGUCCAAAGACCACAAAGAUAUUCGCUCUGGGGGGAAUUAUAAGAUUAGCUGUGUGGAUAAUACACCUCACCUGACCAUUCUGAAGGCAGAUAAAUCAGACACAGGGAGAUACUUCUGCCACGCCUCUAAUGACAUGGGGAAGGACUCUUGUUCCUCUGAUAUCACUGUCAAAGAGCGCAAAAAUCCUCCAGUGUUCACCAAAAAGCCCUCAGAGCACAUCGAGGACAUGGAGGGCAAACUGGUGAAGAUUGAGGGCCGAGUCUCUGGGUCGCAGCCCAUGUCAGUCAGCUGGUUCAAAGAUGACACGGAGAUACAGAGUUCUGACAAAUAUGACAUCAGCUUUAAGAGUAAUGUGGCAGUGCUGUGCAUUAAGAACAGCCAAGUGAAUGACAGCGGAAGGUACUCGUGCCAGGCCUCUAAUGAAGCUGGAAAAGCCUCCUGUGAUGUCACUGUUGGCAUCUCAGAGGCCAAGAAGCCCCCAGUGUUUGACGUACCUCUUAAACCAGCAACUGUGGAUGAGGGCGAGAAGCUAAUUCUCAGGUGCCAUGUCUGUGGAUCUUCGCCUCUGAAGAUCCAGUGGAUGAAGGACAGGAAGGAGUUGACACCAUCCAGCAGCACUAGAAUCAGCUUUUCUGAUGGCACAGCAUGUCUGGAGAUCAGCACAGUCUCUAAACUCAAUGCUGGUGACUACCUCUGCAAGGCUACCAACGAGGCUGGCAGCGAAUUCUGCAAAGCCAAAGUCACUGUCAAAGAGAAACCUGGAGCAGCUCUGUCUCCUGCUGAAGCUCCAGCAGCUUCUCCGUCCAAAAAAAUGGACAAUCUGUUCUUCAUUGAAGAGCCUAAAACUGCACACGUUACCGAGAAGGGAACCGCCACCUUCAUCGCAAAGGUGGGUGGUGACCCCAUUCCCAGUGUGAAGUGGAUGAAAGGAAAGUGGAGGCAAGUGACCCACGGUGGCCGGAUCUCCAUUGAACAGAAGGGCCAAGAGGCCAAACUGGAGAUCAGAGAAGUGACGAAAUCGGACUCUGGUCAGUACAGAUGUGUCGCCUCCAACAAACAUGGCGAGAUCGAGUGCAGCACUGACAUGCACGUAGAGGAAAAGAAGGACGUAGCGAUGCUUGAGGGAGACCUUCGCGCUAAACUGAAGAAAACUCCAUCAAAGCAAAAGAGCCCACAGGAGGAAAAAGACAUUGACAUAGUUGAGCUGUUGAGAAACGUGGACCCAAAAGAGUAUGAGAAAUACGCCCGAAUGUAUGGAAUCACUGACUACCGAGGCCUACUGCAUGCAAUUGAGCAGCUCAAAAAAGAGAGAGCUGAAGAAAGUGGAAGACAAGAAGUAGACCGUGGAGACAGAGAGUCCGAUGAGGACAUGGCCAGACUGGUGGCUGACCUGCAGAAGAGGAUGGAACGGACUGAGCCUGUCACUGUGGUGAAGGACAUUUCCAAUCAAUCUGUCUUCAUUAAUGAAGAAGCAGUGUUCGAGUGUGAGAUCAAGAUCAACUACCCAGAGAUCACACUGUCCUGGUACAAAGGCACACAGAAACUAGAUACUAGUGACAAGUACAAUAUCACCAUCAGCGGCGACCGCCAUCUGCUCAGGGUCAAGAACUGCCAGUCAUCUGACCAGGGCAACUACAGGGUGGUGUGCGGGCCCCACAUAUCCAGCGCCAAGCUCAGUGUCAUGGAGGUGGAGGUUGAGAAACAUCUACAGGACACAAUGGGUAAGGAAGGCCAGUCAUGUACUAUGUCUUGUCAGAUGUCCAUCCCUAAUGUAGAGGCUCAGUGGUUUAAAAAUGGAAAGCAGUUAGAAAUGAAGGACAGGUACACAUCUGAAGUGAAACACAAGGUUCAGAAGCUACUGAUCAGAGACCUGAAGCCUGAAGACCAAGGAAGAUACACCUGCAAGUACCAACAGCUGGAGUCUUCAGCAGACCUCUGGGUGGAAGCUGAACAAAUUCAUUUCACCAAACGCAUCCACAACAUCGAAGUCAAUGAGCGACAGUCAGCCACCUUUGAGUGUGAAGUGUCCUUUGACAAUGCCAUUGUUUCAUGGUACAAAGACACCUGGGAACUGAAAGAGAGCCCUAAGUACAACUUCAGAAGCGAGGGCCGAAGACAUUUCAUGGUCAUUCAAAACGUGACUGUUGAAGACGAAGGCGUGUACUCAGUAAUUGUGAGGUUGGAACCCAGGGGAGAGGCUAAGAGCACAGCUGAGCUUUAUUUGUCUGGCAAAGAAAUUGAAUUAGCAAUGGUCCCCAUUGAUAUGCCAGAUUCCUCUGUUCAGAGGCCUGAAGUGCCUACGUCAGUUGCAAUUCAAGAAUCUUUUGAAUUCUAUCAUUAUGAAGAAGAGAUUGAAGAUAGAGUUGUAAGAGUUGCCAUUGAGGAGACGGUGGAGACCAAACAAGUUCAAAUGAGAGAGGAAAUCCCAACAAAAGAUGAACCCAAGCCUCAGGUACCAGCAGACUCCAAAGUAGUGGCCCCUAAAGCUAAGCCCGAAGCUGAGCCCAAGCCAAAACCAAAAGCAGAACCAGAACCAAAGCCAGUGCCUACACCCAAAGCAGAACCAGAACCAAAGCCAGUGCCUACACCCAAAGCAGAACCAGAACCAAAGCCAGUGCCUACACCCAAAGUAGAACCCAAGGUUAAACCUGAAGAAAUCCCUGAGCAGGAGCCUGAAGCUAAACCAGUACCAGUAAAGAAGGUGGUGACGCCACCAUCCAAAGUCCCUGAAGAAGCUGCAAAACCAGAUCCAUCAAAGACCAGGCGUAAGCCAGCUGAUACCAGGCUAGAACCAGACAAACCUAAACCAGAAGCUCGUAAACCCGAGCCUUCUCUAACAAAACAAGAACCAAAAGAACCUGCAGUGGUUCCCAAGCCUGAACCUGUGGUGAAAAAAUCAGAAGCAGAAAUAACAGCACCAAAGCCUGUGGUGCCAAAACCAGAACCCCCAGUGACCAAGCCAGAACCAACUCCUGCACCAAAGGAACCUACAAAAAAAGCUUGGAAGCUCGAACCUAAACCUGUACCUGAAAAAAGCUAUCAGAAGGUGUUUGAUGAGGUUGCUGUGUUGGAGCCUGAACCUGUGAGGCUUCCUGAGAAAAUAUCUGAAUCAGUACCUGAGAGACCCACGGAGAAAGUGCUGAAACCCAAGAAAGGCAUGAAGGAAAUUCCAAAGCUGGAGCCAGAAGAUUUACCUGAGAAAGUACCAGAAAAACCACGUGAGGAAAAAGUCCCAGAGGAGGCUGUUCCUAAGAGGAAGCCUGUAAAGGUUCCUCAGAAGGUGGUUAAAGAAGCUUUGAUUACUGAGAAGCAGACAUCUGUAAGCACUGAGGAAUUCAAAGUUGAGCUCAUUUCGAAGAAGCAAACAGAGAUGAUCUCUGCAGAGAAAACAGUUCACGUAAAGGCCCCUGAUAAAAUACCUGAUACUGUAUCUAAGGCCAAGCCUAAACAAGAGGUAGAGGAAAUUCUUCCUAAAGAUGAAUCCAAGGGGCCAGUCCAAGCACCAGGAGGAGUCAAGAAAGAGGGACAACCAACAGAGGAAGCAGGAAGAGGUAGAGGUAGAGGGCUGAAACCUAAGCAGACCCCAUCUCCUGGAGAGGGCAGGGGUCGGGGGCUGAGGCCUGGUGGGAAAGGACCACCACCACCAGAGGAACCUUUUGCAGGGUUCAAGCUCAAAGCUGUCCCUCUAAAGUUUAUCAAAAAGCUUCAGAACAUUGUUCUGCAGGAAGCCGAGUCUAUCGGCUCAUCUGCUGUCUUUGAAUGUGAGGUCUCACCUUCCACUGCUGUUACUUCUUGGAUGAAAGAUGGUAGUAAUCUUCGUGAGAGCCCCAAGCACAAGUUCACUUCGGAUGGCAAAGAUCGCAAAUUGAACAUCAUUGAUGUCCAGCUGUCUGACACUGGGGAAUAUACGUGCGUGGCCAAGAACGCUGGCAAAGAGAUAUCUUGCACCGCCAAGCUUAUCGUUGAAGAGCUACCUGUGAAAUGGAUCAAAGAACUGGAGGAGGAGACAUCAGCAAUCAAGGGUCAGCCUGUGUAUAUGACCUGCGAGCUGAACAAAGAGAGGGAUGUGAUAUGGAAGAAGAAUGGUGAGGUCCUCAAGAAAAAGGAGGGCAAGAUUCAGAUCAAUAUCAUUGGUAUGCAGCAUGCAGUGACCAUCCAGAACUCCACGGAGGAGGACGCCGGUGUUUUCUCGUGUGAAGUGGCUGGCCAGGAAGACGUUAAGACUACAACAAAUGUCAAAGUGAUUGAAAUUGUCAAAGACUGGAUAGUGAGACCACUGAGAGAUCAGCAUGUAAAACCAAAGGCUGCUGCAACAUUUAAAUGCGAGCUUUUCAAGGAAACUCCCAACUGGAAGUGGCUCAAAGGAGAGAAUGAAGUCCAGCCAUCUGACAAGAUUGAGAUCAAGAAGGAAGGAAAGGAGCUGACGCUCGUCAUUAAGAACUGCCAGCCUGAUGACGUAGCAGAAUAUGCACUGGAGGUGGAAGGACGCAUCUACACUGCCAAGCUAACACUUGGAGAGCGGGAGGCUGAGAUCCUAAAGCCUUUGGUCAGCGUCGAGGUGGUUGAGAAGGAAGAUGCCAUGUUUGAGACUGAGAUUUCUGAGGACGACAUUCCUGGGGAAUGGAAGCUCAAAGGAGAGGUUUUGACCAGAUCCCCUACAUGCGACAUCCAAAUGGAGGGUACAGUGCGUAGACUCAAGCUAAAAAACUGCCAGCUGGACCAGGCGGGAGAAGUGACUUACACGGCUCUGAACGCCAUAACCAGCGCCAUGCUUAAUGUCAAAGAAGUCGAAAUGGACUUUGUUGUCCCGCUGAAGGAUGUUUCUGUGCCAGAAAAGAAACAAGCAAAGUUUGAAUGCACCAUCACAAAAGAUGUUUUUAAAGUCAUGUGGUAUAAAGGGGCUGACAUCAUCACCCAAGACCAAAAAUAUGACAUCAUCGACGACGGAAAGAAGCACAUGCUGAUUAUAAACUGCUGUGAGUUUGAUGACGAGGAUGAAUACAUGAUUGAAGUUUUAGGCAAAACCUCAAAAGCUAGACUCACAGUGGAGGGUAUCAGGCUGAAAUUUAUCUCACCAAUAAAGGAUCAAACUGUAAAGGAAGGCAAAACAGCUCGCUUUGAGCUGGAGCUUUCUCAUGAGAACAUCCCCAUCACCUGGUACAAGAACGACAACAAAAUUCAUCCGAGCAGAACUGUUGUCAUUCAUGUGGAUGGAAAGAAGCAUGCACUAGAAAUGAGAGAAGUGACGCUAGAUGAUAUCUGCCAAAUUAAGGCUGAGGCCAAAGGAAUUCUUUCCAUGGCCAACCUGACAGUUAUAGAGGGAGAUCCGUACUUCACAGUUAAGCUGCAGGACUAUACUGCAGUGGAGAAAGAUGAGGUGGUUCUAGAUUGCGAGCUCAGCAAAGAUGUUGAUGUCAUGUGGUACCACAAUGAGGCCGAGAUCAAAGCUUCUAAGACGGUGAACAUUAAAGCCGAAGGCAAACGCAGAGUCCUCAUAAUCAAGAGAGUUGGGGACAAAGACAAAGGACAGUACCUAUGUGACUGUGGAACAGACAAGACGACAGCAACUCUUCACAUUGAAGCUCGUCACAUAAAGGUGGUUCGGCCGAUGUAUGGCGCUGAGGUGUUUGACGGAGAGACAGCUCGAUUUGAGGUUGAGCUCAGUGAAGAUGAUGUCCAUGGCCAGUGGAAACUGAAUGGAGAACUCCUCAGUCCAUCCACUGAUGUUGAAAUUGUGGAGGACGGUGCCAAACAUACUCUGGUCUUGUACAACUGCAGAGUACCUCAGACCGGCGAGGUCAUGUUCACUGCUGCUAAUGCCAAAUGUUCUGCUAACCUGAAAGUGAAGGAGGUCCCAGUGUCAUUCAUUACACCUCUGGCUGAUGUACACGUGUAUGAAAAGGAUGAAGCAAAAUUUGAACUAGAAAUUUCCCGGGAGCCCAAAAGCUUCCGUUGGCUGAAGGGAUCUCAAGAGUUGUCAACAGAUGACAAGUUUGAACUCCACGUGGAAGGAAAGAGACACAGUCUUAUUGUAAAAUCUGCCAGAUAUGAAGAUGAAGGUAAAUACAUGUUCGAGGCUGAAGAUAAGAGGACAUCCGGAAAGUUGAUUAUCAAAGGUAUUCGCCUUGCAUUUAUCAAGCCAAUAAGAGAUGUGACCGUAAAGGAACGUGAAACUGCAGAGUUCAGCGUUGAACUCUCUCAUGAAAAAAUCCCAGUCGUCUGGUACAAAAAUGAUGUCCGUUUGCACCCCAGCAAAGUGGUGCACAUGUCUGAGGAAGGAAAAGUGCACACGCUGGCCUUCAAGGAGGUCACAAUUGAUGACACCUCUAUGAUCAAAGUGGAGGCGAUGGGCAAGACUUCAGAGGCCAUGCUCACCGUUCUCGAGGGCGACCUGUACUUCACAGUGAAGCUCCAGAAUUACACCGCUGUUGAGAAAGAUGAGGUGAUUUUGUCCUGCGAGUUGAGUAAGGCCGCUGCUGAGGUCAAAUGGUUCAAAGAUGGCGAAGAAAUCUUUCCCUCCAAGAACAUUUCCUUCAAAUCUGAUGGCAAGAAACAUAUGUUGGUCAUCAAGAAGGCAGCAAAGAGCAACAUGGGCGCUUACAGCUGCGACUGUGGAACUGACAAAACUACCGCUGACCUUAACAUCGAAGAACGUGACAUCAAGGUCGUCCGCCCACUGCACAGCGUGGAAGUUACAGAGACCGAGACGGCGAAGUUUGAGACAGAGAUUUCUGAGGAGGACCUUCAUGCCACCUGGAAACUGAAGGGCGAGACACUUCAUCCAUCUGCUAAUGUGGAGAUCAAGGAGGAAGCAACCCGGCACUUGUUGAUCCUCUAUAACUGCAAAAUGGACAUGGCUGGAAGUGUUGACUUUGCAGCAGCGAAUGCCAAAUCCUCAGCUCAGCUCAGGGUCAAAGCCCGAGUGAUUGGCCUCCAGAGGCCUCUGAAGGACGUCACCGUGACUGCUGGGGAGACUGCCACCUUUGAGUGUGAGCUGUCAUACGAAGGCAUCGCUGUCGAGUGGUUCCUGGGGGGUACAAAGCUGGAGCCAAGCGAUAGAGUGGUGUUGAAGGCGGAGGGUAAAGUCCACACCCUGACUCUACGCAAUGUCGAGCAAAACGAAGCUGGACAAAUCAAACUCACAGCCAAAGACUUCCAGACUGAGGCCAGUCUUACUGUCAAAGAACCACCAGUGGAGUUCUCUAAGCCUCUGGAGGACCAGACAGUGGAAGAGGAAGCCACUGCCACACUCGAAUGUGAAGUUUCCAGGGAAAAUGCAGAAGUGCGAUGGUUCAGGGAUGGACAGGAGAUCCGCAAGACAAAGAAAUAUGAGAUGAUCAUUGACGGCUGCAAGCGAGCGCUGGUCAUCCACGACUGCACUUUGGACGACUCAAAGACAUAUGCUUGUGAUGCUAAAGACUUCAAAACCUCAUGCUUCCUCAAUGUUGAACCUCCACACAUUGAGUUCACAAAGCCACUCCACGACGUCGAGGUUGUAGAGAAGGAAUCUGCCAGGUUUGAAUGUGAAGUGUCCAGAGAAGACGUCAAAGUCCGCUGGUUUAAGGACGGAAAUGAAAUCAGAAAGGGAAAGAAAUACGAAAUUAUUGCACAAGGUCGCCAGCACAUCCUCAUCAUCCACAAGUCUGUGUUUGACGAUGAGGCUGAAUACGAAUGUGAUGCAAAGACCUCAAAGUCCUCUGGCAUGCUUACUGUCGUUGAGGAGGAGGCAAGGUUCACCAAGAACCUGUUCAAUGUGGAGGGAACUGAGACCGACAGUGUAAAACUUAUUUGUGAAGUCUCCAAACCCAGCGCAGACGUUAUCUGGUACAGAGGAGACAAGGAGCUGCCAGAGGGUGGCCGCUAUGAGCAAAUUGUAGAUGGGAAGAGAAGGAUACUCCUCAUCAAGGAUCUGAACAUGUCUGAUGCUGGAGAGUACAACUGCAGGCUAAGUCCCAGCAACAAAACGUCAGGAAAUCUCAAGAUUAAUGAAUUAGCUGCUGAGUUCAUCUCAAGGCCACAAAGCCUAGAAGUGGUGGAAGGAGAGAAGGCAGCGUUCACGUGCUCCGUAUCCAAGGAGACCUAUGAAGUCAAAUGGAUGAAGGAUGACGUGGAGCUCGAGGCCGGAGAGAAAUACCAGAUAGUCACCGAUGGCAAGAGACGAACCCUUGAAAUCAAGGACUGUGAACUUAAAGAUGAGGGUGGAUACAUAGUUAUGAUUGGACCAACUAGAGCCAGCGCCGACCUUACUGUGCUCGAGAGACUGAAAAUCAUCACUCCUCUAAAAGACACAGAGGGCAAAGAAGGUCAGGAGGUCGUCCUGAACUGUGAGGUCAACACAGAGGGAGCAAAGGCCAAGUGGCUGAAGAACGACGACACCAUAUUUGAGAGCAGCAAGUACGUAAUAACCCAGAGAGACAAUGUCUUCUCCCUGAGAAUCAAAGAUGUCCAGAAGGGAGACGAAUCUAACUACAGCAUCAACUUGACCAAUCAGAGAGGAGAGCAUGCCAAGAGCCACUGCAGCCUGACCAUCAGAGAGGAGAGUCUAAGAAUUGUGGUUCCCCCAGAGGACAUUGACACUCAGGAGAAGAGGACCAUCAGCUUCUCUUGUAAGGUCAACAGGCCCAAUGCCACUCUGAAGUGGAUGAAGGCCGGUGAGGAGAUUACCUUCAGCAAACGCAUUGUCUACAGAGUUGACAAAGACAAGCAUACGCUUACCAUCAAAGACUGCACCCUGGCCGAUGAGGGUGAAUACACAGCUGUAGCCGGAGAUGACAAAGCCACAGCAGAGCUCAUCAUCAGCGAGGCACCGACGGAUUUCACCAUGCAACUAAAAGACCAAACAAUCACCGAGUUCGAGGAUGCAGAAUUUACAUGCAAGUUGACCAAAGAGAAAGCUGAAGUCAAGUGGUACAGAAAUGGCCGAGAGAUCAGAGAAGGACCCAGAUACAUAUUUGAACGAGAUGGAAAGAUUUGCACUUUGCGCAUCAAGGAAUGCAGACCUGAUGAUGAAUGUGAAUAUGCCUGUGGUGUGGAGGAGAAGAAAUCCAGAGCCAGGCUUUUUGUUGAAGAGACCCCAGUGGAAAUCAUCAGACCCCCGCAGAACGUGUUUGAACCUCCAGGCUCGGACGUUGUGUUUGAGGUGGAACUCAACAAAGACAGAGUGGAGGUGAAGUGGUUGAGGAACAAUAUGACCGUUGUCCAGGGAGACAAAUACCAGAUGAUGAGCGAGGGUAAAGUCCACAGAUUGCAGGUCUGUGAGAUCAGACCUCGGGACCAGGGAGAGUACAGAGUCAUUGCCAAGGAUAAAGAUGCAAAGGCCAAGCUGGAACUGGCAGCUGUGCCACAGAUAAAGACCACUGACCAGAGCUACGUCACAGAUGUUGGAAAGCCUAUUAUCAUGGUCGUCCCCUACAGUGCCUAUCCACAAGCUGAAGCUGACUGGCUGUACAACAACCUGAGUCUGCAAAAGGACAACAUCUACACCUCAGCUGAGCACACAGAGUACCGAUUAAAGAACCCCAAGAAGGUCGACGAGGGCUCCUACAAGAUCAUCAUCAAAAACAAACAUGGAGCGGGAGAAGCUUUCAUCAACCUGAAUGUCAUUGAUGUCCCAGGACCUGUGAAGAACCUCCAGGUGACUGACACUGCAGAUGGUGAGAUCAGCCUCGCAUGGGAGGAGCCUGAGAGCGAUGGCGGCAGUAAAGUCAUCGGCUACGUAGUGGAGAGACGUGAUGUGAAACGUAAGACCUGGACACUGGCCACCGACCAUGCCGAAAGUCCUGAAUACACAGUGACCGGCCUCCAGAAGGACUCCAAGUACCUAUUCAGAGUCUGUGCCCGAAACCGGGUUGGCAGUGGACCCACUGUCGAGACUGACGAAGCUGUGCAAGCUAAGAACAAGUUUGAUGUUCCUGAAGCUCCUCUGAAUGUGAUUGUGGGAAACGUCACCAAGUUUGGCUGCACUCUGUCUUGGGAGCCUCCCACGUCAGAUGGAGGCUCUCCCAUUACCUCUUAUAUCAUUGAGCUCCGCGACAGGACGUCAGUGAAGUGGUCUCCUGUCCUGGUGACCAAACCUGAUGACCUCAGUGCCAUCAUUAAUGAUGUAAUUGAGAAUAAAGAGUACAUUUUUAGAGUGAAAGCUGAGAACAGAGCCGGUGUCGGCAAACCCAGUGCUGCCUCACAGCCCGUCAAAAUCAUGGAUCCAAUCGAGCGUCCCAGCCCCCCUCUGAACCUAUCCUGGCAGGACCAGAACAAGAGCUCAGUGCAGCUCACCUGGGAGACUCCACUGAAGAACGGAGGCAGCAUGAUCACCGGAUACAUCAUUGAACGCUGUGAGGACGGUUCUGACAAGUGGCUCCGCUGCAACGCCCGUCUCUGCCCUGACCUCUUCUACAAGGUGUCAGGUCUGAAAUAUGGGACUAAGUACAACUACAGAGUGUUGGCUGAAAAUGCUGCCGGAGUCUCUGAGCCUUCAAACAUCAUCGGACCUCUGCUAGCUGACGACCCACAUGUUGGUCCAAGCUUUGACCUGAGUGCUUUUAAAGAUGGCCUGGAAGUGAUUGUUCCCCAGCCUCUGACCAUCAGAGUCCCCAUAACUGGAUAUCCAAUACCUGUUGCUAAGUGGACCUUCGGAGAGAAGGAGCUAUCCAGUGUGGAUAAUGAGCGGGUUUUCCUCAUGACAAAGUCAACAUUUACAGAACUAAUGGUCACUCCGAGUGUCCGUCCAGACAAAGGCAUCUACACGCUACAUCUGGAGAAUGAUGUCACAUCGGUCUCUGGAGAGAUUGAAGUCAAUGUUAUUGCUGCACCCAGUGCUCCAAAGGACUUCAAGGUCCUCGAGGUGACUCGGCAGCAUGUCCACCUGAGCUGGGAGGCUCCAGAGCAUGAUGGAGGAAGUCCUCUGAUUGGCUACCAGGUGGAGAAACGAGAUGUGUCCCGCAAGACCUGGGUCAAGGUGGCCACAGGGAUCCAGGAUCUGGAGUUCACCGUUACUGACGUGGUUGAAGGGAAGGAGUAUUUGUUCAGAGUCACCGCCUGCAACAAAUGUGGACCGGGAGAGCCAGCAUAUAUUGACGAGCCAGUUAACGUCUCCUCUCCUGCAACUGUCCCCGACCCUCCAGAAAACCUGAGGUGGAGGGACAAGUCAGCCAGUGGCAUCUUCCUGACCUGGGAGCCGCCAAAGUAUGAUGGCGGAAGCGGCAUCCGGGGCUACAAUGUUGAACGCUGUCAGAGAGGAACAGAUAAGUGGGAGCCCUGUGGGGACUUGGUACCUGAGCUGAAGUGCCAGGUGACGAAUCUUAUUGAGGGUCAGUGGUACUCUUACAGAAUCAGAGCCCUGAACCGACUUGGAGCCAGCCGGCCCUGCAAAGCCACUGAUGAGAUCCAGGCUGUUGAUCCUAAAGAGCCUCCAGAGAUCCAGCUGGAUGCCAAGCUUCUGGCUGGUCUGACUGCUAAGGCUGGCAGCAAGAUUGAACUUCCUGCUGAUGUGACAGGUAAGCCUGAGCCACGAGUCAAGUGGACCAAAGCCGACCUGGUCCUCAAACCAGACGACAGGGUGUCCAUUGACACCAAGCCAGGACACUCCACGGUCACCAUCGCCAAGACAAAGAGAGAUGACAGUUCCACUUAUAUCAUCGAAGCCACCAACAGCAGCGGUCGUGCCACUGCCACUGUGGAUGUCAACAUCCUUGAUAAGCCUGGUCCUCCUGCUGCUUUUGACAUUUCUGAAAUCACCAAUGAGUCCUGCUUUCUGGCUUGGAACCCUCCACGUGAUGAUGGUGGCUCCAAAGUUACCAACUAUAUUGUUGAACGGCGAGCUGCUGAUAGUGAGAUCUGGCACAGACUGUCCUCCACUGUGAAGCAGACCACAUACAAAGCUACCAGUCUGAUCAAGUUCAAGGACUACAUCUUCAGAGUAUUUGCUGAAAACCAGUUUGGUGUUGGUCCAGCUGCUGAACACACACCAAUCACUGCCAAAUACCCCUUUGAUACUCCCGGGGCUCCUUACAAGCUGGAGGCUUCAGAUAUUGCAAAGGACUCUCUGAAUCUGAACUGGUAUGAGCCUGAUGAGGAUGGAGGAAGCCCAAUUACUGGAUAUUGGGUGGAGAGAUACGAAGCUGACCAUGACAAGUGGAUAAGAUGCAACAAGCUGCCAGUCAAAGACACAAACUACAGGGUCAAAGGUCUUCCAACCAGGAAGAAGUAUAAGUUCCGAGUCCUUGCUGAGAAUCUGGCCGGAACUGGAAAACCCAGCAAGGAGACAGAUCCGAUCCUUGUUAAAGAUCCUAUUGACCCUCCAUGGCCCCCUGGCAAACCCACAGUGAAGGACGUAGCUAAGACGUCAUGCUUCCUAAUGUGGACCAAACCAGAGCAUGAUGGCGGAGCAAGGAUCGAUAGCUAUGUCAUUGAGAUGCUAAAGAGCGGCACCACGGACUGGAUCCGCGUGGCAGAGAACAUCACCAUCCUGGAAUAUUUCCUAAAGGGCCUGAUGGAGAAGCAGGAGUACUCGUUUAGAGUGCGAGCUGUUAACGUGGCUGGAGAGAGCGAACCCAGUGAACCCAGUGACCCAGUGCUCUGCAAAGAGAGACUCAACCCUCCCUCAGCUCCACGCUGGUUAGAGGUUGUCAACAUCAGCAGGAACAGUGCUGAGCUGAAAUGGGCAGCUCCUGAGCGCAAUGGAGGUUCAGCCAUCACCAACUAUAUUGUGGAGAAACGAGAUGUGAGGCGUAAAGGUUGGCAGACUGUGGAUACCACAGUCAAAGAGCUCAAGUGCGACGUGAAACCGCUCAAUGAAGGAUCGCUUUAUGUGUUCCGUGUUGCUGCUGAGAACGCUGUGGGUGUCGGACCCUUCUGUGAGAUGGAGGACUCUGUGCUGGCAAAAGACACUUUCACUACUCCUGGCCCACCAUACGCUCUCGCUGUCAGUGCUGUGACCAAAAGAUAUGUGGACUUGCAGUGGGAGGCACCGAAAAACGAUGGUGGAAGACCCAUCCUCAGGUAUUCCAUUGAGAAAAAAGAGAAGCUUGGAACUCGCUGGGUGAAAUGUGGGAAGACUUCGGGUCCAGACUGUAAGUACAGGGUAACAGACGUCAUUGAGGGAACAGAGGUUCAGUUCCAGGUCCGAGCUGAGAACGAGGCUGGCAGUGGACACCCAAGUGAACCCACCGAGAUUCUCACCAUAGAAGAUCCAACAGGCAUCCCAUCACCACCCAUUGAAUUACACGUGACUGGAGCCAGCCGAGACUUCCUGGCAAUUGCCUGGAAACCUCCACAAACAGAUGGCGGUGCCCCUGUCAGAGGAUACCACAUUGAGAUGUGCGAGGCUGGAACUGAGAAGUGGAUGAGGGUGAACUCCCGUCCAGUGAAGGAGCUCAAGUACCGCGUAGAGGAGGGUGUGACCCCUGAAAAGGAGUACAUUCUGAGAGUGAGGGCCGUUAACGCUAUCGGAGAGAGCGAACCGUCGGACAUCUCUGAAAAUGUCUUUGCCAAAGACUCUGACUGCAACCCAACUCUGGAAUUCCAGACUCUGGAUCUAGUUGUUGUGGAAACAGAAAAGCUGCACAUUCCAGUUCCCUUUAGAGCAGUCCCCUUACCUAGAAUCACCUGGCACAAAGAUGGCAAAGAGCUGAAGGCGGAUGAACGCCUUGGCUUUAGGUCAGAGUAUACCUCCUGUCACCUGGAGAUUGACAGCAGUCUUCAUGCCGAUGCUGGAGUGUACAAAGUGACACUAGAAAACAAGCUGGGAAGUGCCAGUGCCACCAUCAAUGUCAAAGUCAUCGGGCUUCCUGGUCCUUGCAAGGAAAUUGUGGCUUCUGAGAUCACAAAGAGCUCCUGUAAAGUUUCAUGGGAUCCACCAGAUUAUGAUGGUGGUAGUCCAGUUCUUCACUAUGUCUUGCAGCGGCGUGAGGCUGGCAGGAGGACAUACGUCAACAUAAUGUCAGGAGAGUGCAAGGUGAGCUGGGUGGUCAAAGAUCUCAUCCCCAGUGGAGAGUACUACUUCAGGGUCCAGGCUGUUAACAAGAUUGGAGGAGGAGAGUUCAUCGAGCUCCGCAACCCAGUCAUCGCCGAGGACCAGAAACAUGCUCCUGACCCACCAGUGGAUGUGGAGACCCACAACCCCACAUCCAGUACUGUUACUCUAACCUGGAAGGCUCCCAUGUAUGAUGGUGGCUCCAAAAUCAUGGGCUACAUCCUAGAGAAGCAGCAGAAAGGAGAGGACAAGUGGGAGAGGUGCAAUGACUUCCUGGUGCCUGUACUAUCCUACACCGUCAGAGGAUUGACAGAAGGAAAGAACUACACCUUUAGAGUAAGAGCUGAAAAUGCUGCUGGGAUCAGUGAGCCAUCACGCAACACGCCAUUUAUCAAGGCCGCCGAUACCAUUGAUUCUCCAAAGGUUUUCCUGAGUGGCAGCUUGCAGUCUGGUCUCAGCGUGAAGCGAGGUUACGAGAUCUGCCUGGAUGCCAACAUUUCAGGAUCUCCGUACCCUCAGAUCACCUGGUACUGGAACAACCAAUCAAUUCGACCUGAGCCACUCCGGAAGAGACCUGAAAAACCCCUGAAGAAGAAGGAGGAGGAAGUUCCAGAACCAGAGGUGGAGGAGCCAGACUACCCCACCAUAAAUGAACGCCUGGCCAUCGACAAUAGCCACAAGGGUGUAUCCUCUAUCAUUAUCAGGGACUCGAUUCGCCCUGAUCAUGGUGUCUACAUGGUGAAGGUGGAGAACGACCAUGGCAUUGCCUCGGCAACCUGCGAGGUCAACGUACUCGAUACUCCCGGGCCUCCAGUGAACUUUAGAUUCGAGGAGGUGAGGAAGAACUCUGUGAUCUGCAAGUGGGAUCCCCCGCUGGAUGAUGGUGGCAGCGAGAUUCUCAACUACACCCUGGAACAGAAAGACAACUCCAAGCUGGAGAUUGGUUGGAGCACCGUUACCGCAAUAUUGAAAGGAUGUCGUUACUUGGUGCCCAAACUCAUUGAGAAGAAGGAGUACAUCUUUAGGGUCGUGGCUGAGAACAAGUAUGGUGCAGGCCCACCCUGUGUCUCCAAACCGGUCAUUGCCAAGAAUCCUUUCGAACCUCCCGAAGCACCUGAUAAACCACAAGUUGAUGACAUCACAGCCAAUAGCAUGCUGGUCACAUGGAAUGAACCAAAUGAUAAUGGCAGCCCCAUCUUGGGAUACUGGGUGGAGCGCCGUGAGAUCAACAGCUCACACUGGGCACGUGUAAAUAGGAACAUCAUCCCUGUCCCUGAGCUAAAUGUUGAAGGUCUGAUCGAGGGGCUGACUUACAUCUUUAGAGUGGCUGCCGAAAACCAGGCCGGCCCUGGAAAGUUCAGUGUUCCCUCUGAACCCAAGACUGCCCAGCCAGCUAUUUUGCCUCCAGGUCCUCCAGUUGCCCGAGUGGCAGCAACUACUGACCACUCCAUCGAAGUUGAGUGGGACCCGCCUGCUGACAAUGGAGGUGGGGAAAUCCUGGGAUAUCACGUUGAUAAGGCUAUGGCUGGUACAAAGGACUGGUCGAGAUCUACGGAACGUCCAUGGAAGACUCGGAACUUCACUGUUUAUGGAGUCAGAGAGGGAGCAAAGUACAUGGUCAGAGUCAUUGCCUGUAAUGCUGCUGGAGAGGGAACACCAGGAUUCACAGAGUCUGUAUUUGUCAGAAAUCCUGCAGAGAUCCCUGUAAUUGAAUUGGAUCUGUCUGUCAAGAAUGGCGUCGUGAUCAGAGCUGGAGAAAACCUCCUUAUACCUGCUACAGUCACAGGUAAACCCUACCCAGCCAUCACCUGGACCAAGGAUGAUGGCAAACCUGACAAAGACCGUGUGGAGAUCCUCACUGAGGACAACAACAGCAUCUUCUCAGUCAAGAAUGUUCAGAGGAAAGACUGCGGAAAAUAUCAAAUCUCCGCUUGCAACCCCAGUGGCACCAAGUCUGCAUGGACCAGAGUAGAGGUCAUGGAUGUCCCUGGACCUGUCACAGACCUGAAGCCUGUUGUUGUCACUCGUAAGAUGAUCUUUCUGAACUGGGAUGACCCUGAAGACGAUGGAGGCAGUGACUUAACCGGCUUCCUCGUGGAGCGAAGAGAUCCCAAGAUGCACACAUGGAGGCAACCUGUUGAAACCACCUCGUCCAAGUGUGAGUGUGUGGGCAUUAUGGAGGGACAAGAAUACCUGUUCCGUGUCAUCGCCAAGAACAAAUACGGCCUGGGCCCACCCGUUGAACUAGGACCCAUCAAGGCUGUAGACCCACAGGGCCCGCCAUCAUAUCCUGAGAAGUUCCACUACACUGAACGCACAAAGAACUCCAUCACGUUCGCCUGGAAACCACCACGUAAUGAUGGCGGCAGCCCUAUCAUUGGUUACUUUGUUGAGAAAAAGAGGCAGGACCAGCAGGCCUUUGAGCCCUGCAACACUGAGAUCUGUCCCAACAUGACUAUGACUGUGGAGGGCCUGGAUGAUGCCUGGAUGUACGAGUUCAGAAUCAAGUGUGCCAACCUUAUUGGAGAGAGUGAGCCAUCCAUCCCACUGACUGUGGUUAUCCAAGAUGAUGAAGUGUCUCCUGAGAUUCACAUGCUGAAGCAGUUCAAAGGGGACACCAUUACUGUGAAGAAGGGUGAAUCCAUCGAGAUCCCAGCUGAUGUCCUGGGACUCCCCAUCCCUAAGAUCGAGUGGUCUAAGGAUGACGUAGUGAUCGAGAAGCCUACUGAGACUCUACUGAUGGAGACAAAUGUGACUGGCAGAAUGAAUUGCAAGACCAUGCUGUCCAUCCCAGCAGCCAACAGGAGGGACCGUGGCAGUUACACUGUGGCUGCCUCCAACAACAUGGGUUCAGCCAAGCACACGGUCUAUGUCAUGGUGCUUGACCGACCAACUCCACCAAGGAAUGUGACAGUAUCCAAUAUCAGGGGUGAGUCCUGCUACCUCAACUGGGACGCACCACUUGAUAAUGGCGGAAGUGAACUGACCAACUACAUCAUUGAGAAGAAGGAAGUGGUAACAGAGGUGCCUGAGUGGGAGGAGGUUACAAAUAGCAUAAUUGAGAGAAAAUAUGGGGUCUGGAACCUGGAAAACAAAAAGACCUACCUUUUCCGGGUACGGGCUGAGAACCGCUACGGUAAAUCUGAUCCCUGCACAACUGAGGAAGUUCAUAUUAUAGACCCCUUCGGCCUUCCUGGCCCACCAGAGAAACCAACAAUCGCAGAGUACUGCAAGACCUCCAUGACUCUAACCUGGGAACCUCCCAGAGAUAAUGGAGGCUCCACGAUUAUUGGUUACUGGCUGGAAAAAAGGGAGAAAGGCACUGCUUACUGGGCUAAAGUCAAUAAGAUGCCCAUCACAAAGAGGGGCAUGAAAGGCUGGGAGUACCAGGUGACACGUCUGUUUGAAGGAACAGAGUACGAGUUCAGAGUCGCAGCCUGUAAUUCAGCAGGAACCGGACCUUUCAGUGGACCAUCUGACUCUGCCUUUGCUGUUGACCCUCUCACUCCUCCAAGCAUGCCUGCUGCUCCUGAGGUGGCUGAUAAGACAAAACACAAUGUCACACUCUCCUGGAAACCACCAGAGAGUGAUGGUGGCAGUCCCAUCAAGGGCUACAUUAUCCAGAUACAGGAUGAGGGGACAUCAGAGUGGGUGAGAGUAAAUGAUCCUGAAACCCUGCACCCCACUACUGAGUUUACAGUGCCAAGCCUCCGCGAGCUGAAGCGCUACCGCUUCAGGAUCAUUGCUGUCAAUGACAUUGGAGAGUCUGAUCCCAGCCCCCGCACUAGUGAAGUUCUUAUUGAGGAUGUCCAACUUGCACCUUCAAUCACACUUGAUGUGAUGGCAGAUGACCUGGUUUCCAUCCGUGCUGGAGAUCCCAUUAGAAUCCCCACCACCAUCAAAGGCCGGCCCACUCCUAAGGUAACCUGGGACUUUGACGGCAAAGCCAAGACGCACAAGAAAAACAAACUCCACACACUGCCUGUGGACUCUGAGGUGGAGUCCACAGACACCACUUCUGUUGUGACUAUACCUGUCAGUCUGAGGAGUCACUCUGGACGUUACACCAUCACAGCCAAGAACAAGUCUGGACAGAAACACCUCAACAUCAGGGUCAUUGUCCUCGAUGUUCCCGGACCUCCAAAGGACUUAAAGAUUACUGACAUCACCCGAUCAACCAUGAGGCUGAUCUGGAAGCUCCCCGAUACAGAUGGAGGAGAGCGAAUCAAGAGUUACUUUAUUGAGAAGAAAUCUGUCACCGACAAGGCCUGGACCAAGGUUAAUGUAGCCUGUGCUAGCCAGGCCUAUGUGGUGCCAGGACUGCUAGAGGGUCAGGACUACCUGUUCAGAGUGCGAGCAGAGAACCGAUUGGGAUUCGGCCCAUUCACUGUCACCACUGAACCUGCCCGGGCCAGAGACCCCAUCUACCCACCUGACCCCCCCACCAAGCUGAAGGUUAACCUGGUGACAAAGAACACUGUCACCUUGAGCUGGGAGGCUCCCAAAAAUAACGGUGGCUCUCCUGUGAAGCAUUACAUCAUUGAACGAUUGAGCUGGGACACCACCGGCAAGGAGAAAGAGACCUGGAAACAGUGCAACAAGAGAGAUGUGGAAGAGCUCACCUUCGUGGUAGAGGAUCUCAAAGAGGGAGGAGAAUAUGAGUUCAGAGUAAAAGCUGUAAAUGCUGCUGGACCCAGCCGACCCUCUGCCACCAUUGGACCCAUGGUCAUCAAGGAUCAGACAUGUCCGCCCACUAUUGAACUACGUGAGGCUAUGGAGGGAGAGGAGGGCUGUGACAUCAGCAUUGUUGCGAAAGUUAGUGGCUGUCCAUUCCCCAGCCUCGUUUGGCACAAAGCCAGUCUGGACAAACCUGAGGAGAAGUCUGCCAUUCAGUAUGACCAACAUAUCAACAAACUAGUAACCCAGGAUAAGUGCACCCUUCUAAUACAGCAAGCCAGCAGGCAUGACAGCUCACUCUACAGCCUGACAGCCACUAAUAGUCUGGGCACUGUUUGCAAGGACAUCAAGCUCUUAGUGUUUGGACCUCCCGGUCCCCCAGUCGGACCAAUCAAGUUCACGGAGGUGUUUGCAGAAAGAAUAGGCCUCGCCUGGAACCCUCCCAUCGAUGACGGUGGAUCUAAGAUCACCAACUACGUGGUUGAGAAGCGCGAGGAGAACAGGAAAUCCUGGGUCCAUGUCUCCAAUGAUCCCAAAGAGUGCACCUAUGUGGUAACCCGGCUGACAGAGAACCAUGAGUAUGAGUUCAGAGUCAUGGCUCAAAACAAGUUUGGAGUAGGCCCACCACUGGUCAGUGAUCCAGAGAAGGCCAGAAAUCUCUUCACUGUCCCCGGUCAGUGUGAAAAGCCCACUGUGACAGAAGUCUGUCUGGAGUCAAUGACUGUCAACUGGGAAGAACCCAAGUACGAUGGCGGGUCCCCCAUCACUGGCUACAUCAUCGAGAAGAAGGAGACCACUGCCAAGCGCUGGAUCCGUGUCAACCGUGAGCCCAUUAGGGCACUGCCACUGGGCAACAACUGGGAUGUCACUGGCCUACUGGAAGGGGCCGUAUACCAGUUCAGGGUCAUUGCUGUCAAUGCUGCUGGCUGUGGACUGCCCAGUAUACCUUCUGACCCCAUACUCUGCAGAGACCCCAUCAAGCCUCCUGGACCGCCCACUCCAAAGGUAACAGACUGGACAAAGUCUACAGUUGAGCUCGAGUGGAUACCGCCUCUGGUGGACGGAGGGUCAAAAGUCACAGGCUACAUUGUGGAGUUCAAGGAGGUGAACAAGGAGGAAGAGGAGAAGAAAGCAAAGGAUACUGAGAUCAGAGGAACUAAAUUUGUGGUGGCUGGUCUUAAGGAAGGUGGUCUGUACCGCUUCAGAGUCCGAGCUGUGAAUGCUGCUGGAGUAGGAGACCCUGGAUUAGUGUCUGAGCUAAUUGAGGUCAAAGACAGAACAAUUCCUCCUGAGAUGGAUCUUGACGCCUCAGUGAAGGAGAAAAUCGUAGUCCAUGCCGGUGGCACCAUCCGCAUUAUCGCCUACGUGUCCGGCAAACCUACCCCACAGAUCACUUGGUGCCGAGAUGACAGUGAGGUGCCCAAAGAGGCCGUGGUGGAGACGACAGGCAUCUCUAAUUCACUGGUCAUUAAGAACUGCAGACGCCAACACCAGGGCAUUUAUACACUAAGUGCAAAGAACGAGGGCGGAGAGAGGAAGAAGGCGGUCAUUGUUGAGGUCCUGGACGUUCCUGGACCAGUUGGUCUUCCCUUCACUGGAGAGAACCUGACCAAUGACUCCUGCAAGCUGACCUGGUACUCCCCUGAGGACGAUGGCGGCUCAGCCAUUACCAACUAUAUUAUUGAGAAGAGAGAGUCAGACCGCAUGGGUUGGACCUCUGUAUCUUACACAGUGACAAGAAACAAUGCUGUAGUACAAGGACUCAUUGAUGGCAAAGGCUACUUCUUCAGAAUUGCAGCUGAGAACAUCAUAGGCAUGGGACCUUUCGUCGAGACCGACAAGAUGGUUCUCAUCAAAGAUCCCAUCUCUGUCCCAGAGCGUCCUGAGGAUCUAAUCAUCACAGCUAUUACCAAAGACUCCAUCUCUGUCACCUGGAGACCACCCAAAUAUGAUGGUGGUGCAGAUGUGAUCAGCUAUGUCCUUGAGUCCCGAAUGAUAGGCCAUGACAACUUUGUGAGAGUAGGCAGAGAGGACAAGCUGAUGGACAGAAGGUUCACACUAACUGGGCUGAAGGAAGGCUCAAGCCAUGAGUUCAGAGUCUCAGCUGUCAACCAGGUGGGACAAGGCAAACCAUCGUUUGCCACCAAACCUGUGCAGUGCAAGGAUGAACUUGAGCCACCGACUCUGGACCUGGACUUCAGGGAAAAGCUCAUGGUAAAGGUGGGAGACAACUGCAUGCUGUCGGGACGCUACAGUGGCAAACCGGCCCCUGCUAUCACCUGGACAAAGAAUGAUGAGGACCUGAAGGCAGAUGAGGACAUCAGCCUCCACAGCACCACCCACCACCUCAGCCUCAACAUCAGCAAGGCCAAGAGAGAACACAGCGGCCGCUAUUGUGUCAGCAUAGAGAAUGCUGCUGGCACUCGCUCGGGAAUCUGCACCAUCACUGUGGUCGACCGUCCUCAGCCACCAGAGGGACCCGUAGAGUUCAACGAAGUCUACAGGAAUUACAUGGUAAUCUCCUGGAAGCCGCCUCUGGAUGACGGAGGCUGUGCUGUCUCCAACUACAUCAUUGAGAAGAGAGAUACCAACAGAGACCUAUGGAUGCCUGUCACCUCAUCCUGUACCAGAACCACCUGCAGAGUGCCAAAGCUAAUCGAGGGCCGGGAGUACAUCAUUCGUAUAAUGGCUCAAAACAUCUAUGGCAUCAGUGACCCUCUUCUGUCUGCAGAGACUAAAGCUAGAGACAUUUUCAAGACACCAGAUGCUCCCAAGCAGCCUCUGGUGAAGGAAGUUUACCAUGACUCUGCCCUAAUCAGCUGGGAGCCGCCUGCUGAUGGAGGGAAACCAAUCACAGGCUACAUUGUGGAGAGGAAGGAGACCAUGGCCAACAGGUGGGUUCGCUGCAACACAGAAAGAAUCCAUCCUAAGGUGGAGUAUUGGGUGACUGACCUCCUGAAAGGCUGCGAGUAUGAGUUCAGGGUCAGUGCUGAGAAUGAAGUGGGAGCUGGAGACCCAAGCCCACCAUCUAAACCUGUCUUUGCCAAAGAUCCCAUUGUGAAACCUAGUCCGCCAGUGAACCUAAAGGCUAUCGACUUUACCAAGGAGUCAGUUACCCUGUCAUGGGAGCCACCUACCGACACUGGCAGAGGAAAAAUCUUUGGAUACUUGCUGGAGUUCCAGGCAGCUGGAAAGGAGGAAUGGCACAAGGUGAACCAGACUCCAGACUCCUGCAAAGAAACCAAGUUUAAGGUUAUCAACUUGGAAGAUGGUGUUUUGUACCGCUUCAGAGUCAUGGCUGUCAACGCUGCUGGGGAGUCCAACCCAGCCAACAUUACUGAGCCAAUUAGAGUACAGGACAGACUUGAGCCUCCAGAGUUGAUUCUAGAUGCCGGAAUGACCCGAGAAAUUAAGGCCAUGGCUGGCACUCAUAUUGCUCUGAUAGCCGGCAUCAAAGGUGUCCCAUUUCCUACUGUCACCUGGAAGAAGAAUGACGCAGAGGUUCCCCCUCGGGCAGAUAUCGAAACCAACCAGACAGGCACCAAGCUGGAGAUGAGGUUCUGCCAUCGUGGUGACUGUGGAGAUUACACCCUAACUGUGGAGAAUCCAGCUGGAACCAAGACUGUCACCUGCACUGUGCUAGUUCUUGACAAACCUGGUCCUGUCCAGCACCUCCGUGUGUCUGAUGUCAGGAGUGACUCUGCCUACCUGUCCUGGAAAGAUCCAGAGGAUAAUGGUGGUACUCGCAUCACUAACUUUGUGGUAGAGAAGAAAGACACAGCUUCCACUCAGUGGGUCCCUGUCUGCUCUACAUCAAAGAAGCGCAGCAUGAUGUUGAAGCACCUGAUGGAGGGCACGUCCUACUCGUUUAGAGUUGCCGCUGAAAACCAGUUUGGCCGCAGCGAAUAUGUCGAGACACCAAAGGCCAUCAAGGCAAUGAACCCGCUCUUCCCUCCUGGUCCUCCCAAAGACCUGCAUCAUGUUGAUGUGGACAAGACUGAGGUAUGGUUAGCAUGGAACUGGCCUGAUCGCAAUGGAGGAAGUGAAAUCACAGGCUUUCUGGUAGAGUACCAGGAAGAGGGAGAGAAAGAGUGGUAUGAAUGGAAAACCGUCAGCAUCCCUGAGAGUCAUGUGACUGGUCUGGAGGAAGGAAAAACCUACCGCUUCAGAGUGAGGGCUGAGAAUGCCAUUGGCCUCAGCAGACCUGAUACCACAGUGCCUAUCCUCUGCCAGGAGAAACUAGUGCCCCCAAUUGUUGAAGUUGAUGUUAAACUCACUGAGGGCAUCAUUGUGAAGGCCGGGACUACCAUCAGACUGCCAGCUAUAAUGAGAGGAAUCCCUGUCCCAACUGCCAAGUGGUCCAUCGAAGGAGAGGAGAUCACCAGCCAGGGCAACAUUAAGAUUGACACUGAUAAUUUCUCCACUAUUCUCAGCAUUAAUGAGUGCACCAGAAACCACACUGGAACCUACCUGCUCACUGUGUCCAACCCAGCAGGAACCAAGACGGUGGCCUUAAAUGUCACUGUACUCGAUGUUCCAGCUGCUCCGAUUGGACCUGUCAACAUACUGGAGGUCAUGCCAGAUUCCAUGACAAUUGAAUGGCGUCCUCCUAAAGAUGAUGGUGGGACCCCUAUAACCAAUUACAUUGUGGAGAAAAGAGAGUCCAACAAAGAAACAUGGGGAGGUGUGAGUUCUGGUAGCCUUGCCACGAAGCUCCGGAUCACUCGCCUUCAGAAAGGAGUAGAAUAUGUAGUUCGCAUUCGUGCUGAGAACAAGAUGGGCAUUGGUGCCCCUCUGGAGAGCAAGCCCACUGUUGCUGAGCACUCCUUCAUGCCCCCUAGUGCACCUGGUAAGCCACAAUCCUAUGAUACCUCGGAGGAUGCUGUUACACUUGGCUGGACUAUGCCCCUAACUGAUGGUGGCAGUCAGAUCACUGGCUACAUCAUUGAGCGCAGACACAAGGGAGGAAAGUGGAUCCGUGUCAACAAGACACCUUGCAAGGACCUGAGGUACCGAGUCCUGGGCCUCUACGAGGGCAGCGAGUAUGAGUUCAGAGUAUUUGCUGAAAAUAUUGCUGGAUAUAGUGGCCCCUCCCCCAUCUCUGACCCCUGCAAGCCCUGCAGGCCCAUCACUGUCCCGAGUCCCCCUGUCAAUCCUAAAGUUAAAGAUUACAGCAGGGCCACUGCUGACCUGGUGUGGACCAAACCUACCAAAGACGGAGGCAGCCCAAUCCUUGGUUACACUGUGGAGAUGAAGAAAGCUAGCGCUGAAGAAUGGAAAAAAGUCAACCUGGAUGACUUGAUCAAGCAGUGUGCCUACAGGGUGAAGGCUCUGGAAGAGGGUGUGACCUAUAGAUUCAGAGUCUUUGCUACAAACAUGAUUGGAGACGGGGAGCCGAGAGAAAUCCCAGAAUCAGUCACUGCUCAGGAUAUUCUUAUACCUCCAGAGAUUGAGAUGGAGGCCACUUGUCGAGAUUGUGUUACUGUGCGUGUUGGACACAACAUCAACAUCAUUGGUUACAUCAAGGCUCGCCCUGAUCCUGAAGUUUUUUGGUCAAAAGAAGAGACUAUUCUAGAGAACAGCAAACGUGUUACCAUCCUGCAGAAUCUUCCUUUAGUCCACCUAAAGAUCAAGGAAGCUACAAGGAAUGACCAUGGCAAAUAUAUUCUGAAAGCUUCAAAUGAAGGUGGUGAGGCUUCCCGCACAAUCACCGUUAAUGUGCUAGACCGACCCAGCCACUGCCAGAAUCUGAAUGUAACCUAUGUCACCAAGGACUCAUGCAUGAUCAACUGGGAGAGCCCUAAGGACAAUGGUGGAUCCGAGAUCACCAACUACAUUGUGGAGUGCAGAGAGCCUAGUAUUAGCAUGUGGUCUAUGAUCUCUUCCCACUGCACUAAUCGUAAGAUCAAGGCAAAGCUGAUGGAAGGCCAUGAGUACCUGUUCCGUGUCUGUGCUGAGAACAAAAUAGGACCAGGACCCUCCGUGGAGACCAAAACUCCUACAUUGGCCAUUGACCCUAUUGACAAGCCCGGUGAGCCUGAGAACUUCAGAGCAAUUGACAUUGGUAAGAACUAUGUCAAUUUGAGGUGGCGGAAGCCUGACUAUGAUGGUGGAAGCCCCCAUCUGUCCUACAACCUGGAGUGUAAAACUAAAGAUGCGGAGCAGUGGGAAAAACUCAACACCACUACUCUCACAGACACCUUCUUUUUGGCUGAUAAGUGUGUGGAAAAUCAGACGUACACCUUCAGAGUGCAGACUGUCAGUGAAGGAGGUGAGAGUGCCUGGGUAAAACUUGCAGAUAUUCUGGUGAGGGAGGAGAUCCAGAAGCCUGUCAUUGACCUGAAGUUGGCUGGAACACUGACAGUAAAAGCUGGAGAGUCAGUCAGGAUGGAGGCUGCUCUGAGAGGAAAGCCCCAGCCUGAGGUUAAAUGGAUGAAAGAUAAGGCUACUGGAGACAAUCCCAGAAUAAGCUAUGAAACUGGCCCAGACUACUCAAAAUUUCUGAUGACUAAGUCCAAGCGUAGUGACACAGGAAAAUACAUUAUCACUGCCACCAACUCGGCCGGGACUUUCACAGCAUAUGCCAAUGUUAAUGUCCUGGACAUUCCCGGCCCAGUGAGAGACCUGAGGGUUACUGGCAUCGGAGCUGACAAGUGCAGAGUGGUUUGGGAUGCUCCAGAGGAUGAUGGAGGUUGUGAGGUGGACAGCUACAUUCUAGAGAAAUGUGAAACCAGGAGGAUGGUUUGGUCCACAUAUUCAGCCUCUGUGGUCACACCAUACUGCAAUGUCAGUCGUUUGGUGGAGGGCAAUGAAUACAUAUUCAGAGUGAGGGCAGAAAACAAGAUGGGAACUGGCCCUGCCAUGGAGAGUAAGCCUGUAACUGUCAAGACUCAGUUCAACAAACCUGGACCCCCUGAAGCCCCUGAAGUCACCAAGGUGAGUAAAGAUGAGAUGACUGUGGUCUGGGCUCCUCCUGAGAAUGAUGGCGGAAAGUCAAUCACUGGCUACAUCCUUGAAAGGAAAGAGAAGAGGGCAGUGCGCUGGGUGCCCUGCACUAAGAGCCCAAUCUCUGAGAGACGCAUGAAAGUAACCAACUUGAUUCCAAACCAUGAGUACCAGUUCAGAGUGAGAGCUGAGAAUGAUGUCGGUCUGGGAGAUCCCAGUAAACCUUGCAGACCAGUUGCAGCCAAAGAUCCUAUUGAGCCACCUGGUCCCCCUGCAGCCCUGAAGGUGGCCGACAGCACAAAAACCUCUAUCACUCUGUCCUGGUCUAAACCUGUCUAUGACGGUGGCGCCCCCAUUAUUGGCUAUAGCUUGGACCUGAGGCUGAAAAGUGAGGCGGACCCUGAGAAUCCCACAGUGGGCUGGAAGAGAAUUGAUACUCAUGGACCACUGGUGCUCACAGAAUUUACUAUUGGCCAGCUUGAUGAAAAGCAGGAGUAUGAGUUCAAGGUGUCAGCCCAAAACCAGGUGGGCUGGGGACGCCAUGCUUAUUUGAAGGAGGCAGUGUCUCCCAAGGAGAUCCUGGAGGCUCCAGAAAUUGAGCUGGAUGCCAGUCUGAGGAAAGGCCUUUCUGUGAGGGCUGGUUGUCCUAUAAGGCUUUUCGCCGUGAUCAGAGGAAGGCCUGCCCCCAAGGUUACGUGGAAGCGGUUGGGUGUGGACAAUGUAGUCCGCCGAGGUCACGUGGACCAGGUUGACACCAUGUCCUUCCUUGUUAUCCCUGAGAGCACCAGAGAGGAUUCUGGAAAAUAUUCACUCACUCUGUCCAACUCAGCUGGAGAGAAAGCAAUAUUUGUCCGUGUCAAAGUCCUUGACACACCUGGGCCGGUUGGCAGCCUGGAUGCCACUGACAUCACCAAAACAACAGCUCAACUCUCCUGGUUGCCACCAGAGAAUGACGGAGGCAGCCCCAUCCUCAAUUACGUUGUGGAGAAACGAGAGGUUGAUAGGAAGACCUGGACCAAGUGCAUAGAGGACCUGAAGAAGACUAGCUUCAAGGUCACCAACCUCACACCUGGCAUUGAGUAUUACUUCAGAGUCAUGGCCUGCAACAAGUAUGGCAUUGGAGUUCCUCAGGACUCACCCAGGUCCUACUUGGCUGUUGACCCAAUCAGUGAGCCAGACCCUCCAAAGAAGAUGGACGUGUUAGAGAUCACCAAGAACAGUGCUACACUGGGCUGGCUAAAACCACUCAGGGAUGGAGGUGCCAAAAUCAAUGGUUAUGUGGUGGAUUACCAGGAGGAGGGUGCACCUGAGGACAAAUGGACACCAUAUUCUGUGGUCAAAGACCUGACUAUCGUGGUAGUUGGUCUGAAAGAAGGAAAGAAGUAUAAGUUCAGAGUGGCUGCUAGGAACUCAGUGGGAGUCAGUUUGGCUCGAGAGGCUGAGGGAAUGUUUGAAGUUAAGGAGCAGCUCAUGGCUCCAAAGAUAAUCAUGCCUGACAUUGUGACAGUCAGAGCUGGAUCCAAGAUGACGAUUGAGGCUAUUGUGGCAGGUAAACCUGCUCCCGUCUGCAAGUGGAAGCAGGGCAAUGAGGAUGUGCUGACCUCUGAUCGCCUGUCCAUUGUAAAGACGCUGACAACUACCACACUUAUUAUAAAGAAUGUAACAAGAAAGGAUAGUGGUUACUACAGCCUGUCAGCUGAGAACAGUACUGCCAAGAUUAAUCAGAUCCUCAAAGUCAUCGUCAUGGACAUCCCUGGACCCCCUGAAGCUCCUUUGGAGAUCACUGAACUGGACAUAGAUGCGUGCACACUGCUCUGGAACUCGCCACAGGAGGAUGGUGGUAGCAACAUCACCAACUACAUUGUAGAGAAGUGUGAUGUUAGCCAGGGUGAUUGGGUCACCAUUUCUACAUCUUGCACAAAGACGAGCUUCAGAAUGACCAAACUGACACCUGGCAAAGAGUACAGCUUCCGUGUUCGUGCUGAAAACAGGUUUGGCGUCUCUGAGCCUACCUACUCUGAGAGGAUGAUUGCCAGAUAUCCAUUUGAUCCUCCGAGUGAACCCAGAAACCUGCAGAUAAACAAGGUCAACAAGGAUUUCGUCAUCCUAUCAUGGGAGCGUCCCAGCACUGAUGGUGGGAGCCCCAUCACUGGAUAUUGCAUUGAAAAGAAGGAGAGGAAUAGCCUUCUGUGGGUAAAGGCUAAUGAGACUCUGGUCAAAGCCACUCAGUACACCUGCACAGGCCUGAUUGAAGGCCUGGAGUACAGCUUCAGGGUGUCAGCACAAAACCAGGCUGGACAGGGCAAACCUUGUAAACAGACAGACUUCAUCACUGCCAGGACUGCUGUCGACCCACCAGGAAAACCCGAGCCCAUGGAUGUGACCAAGAACACUGUAUCAUUAGUGUGGGGCCGUCCAAAGCAUGACGGUGGCAGCAAGUUGAUUGGCUACUACGUGGAAUACACAAAGCUUCCAGAAGAGAAGUGGACUCGCUGCAAUGCCAACUGCAUGAACAUCCAGACAGAGAACUAUGUGGUGACUAACCUAGAGGAGGGUCAACAAUACCAGUUUAGAGUCAUCGCCAAGACCGCAAUUAACAUCAGCCUUCCAUCCGAGCUAUCUGACCCUAUUCCUGUCAUCGCAGAGAAUGUUGCUCCUCGUGUGGAAGUGGGUGUUAACAUGAAAAACCUGAUUGUGGUGAAAGCUGGAGAAAAUGUCUUCCUGGAUGCUGAGGUCUUUGGCAAACCACUUCCCAAAGUGAGCUGGAAGAAGGAUGGAGUACCUCUGGUCCUUGCUGAGGGAAUGAAGAUGUCACAAAAGAAACAUGUUCAUCUGCUGGAGCUAUACUCUGUCACCAGGAAAGAGACUGGGGACUACACUAUCACAGCUGAAAAUGUCAAUGGCACCAAGUACGCCACCAUAAAGGUCAAAGUACUCGACAAACCAGGCCCUCCAGCCUCAGUGAAAAUUACUAAGGUGUUUGCUGACCGUGUUAAGCUGCGAUGGGAGCCACCACUUGCAGAUGGCGGUUCUGAAAUCACUAACUACAUCAUUGAGAAGCGUGAGACUAGCAGGGCCAACUGGGCACUGGUCACCUCAAACAUCCAUGGACACAUCACUGACUGUUCAGUGGAGAAGCUUAUUGAAGGACAUGAAUAUCAGUUCCGAGUCAGUGCUGAGAACCAGUAUGGUGUGGGAGAUCCCAUUAUGACUGACGGUGUCACGGUCAAGAAUCCUUAUGAUGUUCCUGGUCCAUGUGAGCCACCUGUCAUCACCAACAUCACAAAGAACUCCAUGACAGUCAGCUGGAAGGCUCCAGCCAAUGAUGGCAAGUCUCCCAUCCUUGGCUACAUGUUGGAGAAACGUGAGGCCACUGAGCUGAGCUGGGCUAAGGUUAACCGCCGACCAGUCAUUGAUAGGACCAUUAAGGCCACUCAACUGACUGAGGGCUCUGAAUAUGAGUUCAGAGUAAUUGCUAUAAACAAGGCUGGUCUUGGGAAACCCAGCGACGCUUCAAAUGGUGCCCUGGCUGUUGACCCUGUCUAUCCUCCCGGGCCACCUGCCUUCCCCAAGGUGGUGGACUCUACCAAGACGUCAAUUAGCCUUAGCUGGACCAAACCAGCAUAUGAUGGUGGCUGUGAGAUCAUUGGAUACUUGGUUGAAUGCAAGCGAGUUGAUGCAGAGAGCUGGACAAGAUGCAAUGUGCCAAAGAAACUCCAGGCCACAAAAUUCUUGCUGACAGGCCUGAUGGACAACACUGAGUACCAGUUCAGAGUCACGGCUGUUAACAAGAUUGGCUACAGUGAGCCCAGCGAGGUGCCUGGAAACUACAUGCCUAAGGAUAUCCUAAUUGCUCCUGAAGCUGAGCUUGACGCUGACCUGAGAAAAGCUUUGGUUCUGCGAGCUGGAGUAACCAUGAGGCUCUAUGUACCACUGAGAGGACGCCCAGCACCGAAGGUGACAUGGACUAAAGUUGAUGCUAAUUUGAAGGAAAGGCAAGGACUACUGAUCAAGACAUCGGACUGGGACACCCUACUGAUGAUUGAGGAUGUUAACAGAUAUGAUUCUGGCAAAUAUGUUCUGUCACUGGAGAACAGCAGUGGCUCUAAGAGCUACACCAUCGUAGUAAAGGUCCUUGAUUCUCCAGGCCCACCCUUAAACCUGACUGUGAAGGAAACCUCCAGAACCCAUGCCUGCAUCACCUGGGAUGCCCCACUGAUUGAUGGUGGUAGUCCAGUUAAGAACUACAUCGUAGAGAAACGUUUGGCUGAGAGGAAAGCCUGGACCUGUGUGUCAGCAGAUUGUCCUAAGAUUUCCUUCAGGAUCACCAACCUGGAGGCAGGACAGGCCUACUGCUUCAGAGUUCUAGCUGAAAAUGCAUACGGCAUUGGAGAAGGCUGUGAGACCCCAGGCAGCAUCAGGGCCUCUGAGCAACCUGGUCCAGUGACAGACUUCAAAGCUCAGAAGACUACAAAGAACUCUAUCACCCUGUCCUGGAAGAAGCCAAUCAAUGAUGGUGGAAGUUAUAUUACUGCAUACAUCCUGGAGCAGGGUGAAGGUGAGGAGAAGUGGAAGCAGAUCGUGAAAGGCAAGAAUACCUCACACACUAUUGGAGAACUGACAGAAGGCAAGGAGUAUUCUUUCAGGGUCAAGGCACUCAACGAGUCUGGAGAGGGACCACCCACUGAGCUCACUGCUGUUGCAAAGGACCAAUUUGUGCUACCCGACUGCAACUUAAGCAAUCUGCACGAUGGCUGCUGUGUGGUUAAGGAGGGCAGCACAACACGCAUUAACAUCCCCAUCACUGGAGUUCCAAACCCCACUGCUACCUGGAAGAAGGGCGAUAUGGGACUGGGUGAUACUGGCCGGAUGUGUGUUGAAGCAUCUCAGGGCAUCACCACCUUACUGAUUCGAGACUGCCAGAGAGGAGAUGCUGACACCUACACUAUAAACGUCAGGAACAGUGCUGGCUCAAAGGACUGCAAGUUCCAGCUGAAGGUGGUUGGCAAACCCGGUAUCUGCACUGGACCCAUUACAUUUGAUGAGAUAACUGCCGAUGCCAUCACACUAGAGUGGGGACCACCCAAAGAUGAUGGUGGUGCAGAGGUGUCUAAUUACAUUGUGGAGAAGAGGAGAACAACAGAUAACAAGUGGGCUACAGUGGCUUCUGCCAUCCAGAAGACCACCAUGAGAGUGAUCAGACUCCACGAAGGGAUAGAAUACAUCUUUAGAGUGUUCGCUGAGAACAAGUAUGGGGUUGGAGAACAUCUGAGGUCUGACCCAGUCGUUGCCCAGCAUCCUUUCAAUGUUCCCGGGGCACCUGCUCCACCAGAAAUUGUGAGCAUCAGGCAUGAAUCAGCCAUCUUGACUUGGGUUGAUCCAAAGGACACUGGUGGUGCCCCAGUUACUGGAUAUCACAUAGAGUAUAAGGAAAAGAACAGUCUGAUGUGGAAGCGGGCAAGUAAGACUCCUCUGAGAGUAAAAGAAUGUAGAGUCACUGGACUGACAGAAGGAUUAGAAUAUGAGUUCAGGGUAAUGGCCAUGAACAUGGCUGGCCUGGGAAAGGCUAGCAAAGUAACUGAGGCCGUGGUUGCCCUGGAUCCUAUUGAUCCUCCUGGCAAGCCUGAAGUAAUCAGUAUCACCAGGAGCACAGUCACUCUGAUGUGGACAGCUCCCAAAUAUGACGGUGGCUACAAGCUUACUGGUUAUAUCAUAGAGAAACUUGAGGCCAGUGGUAAGGCCUGGAUGAAAGCAAAUCAUGUCAACAUUCAGGGCUGUGCUUUUACCGUCACUGACCUGACUGAAGGAUCCCAGUAUGAAUUUAGAGUCAGAGCCAGGAAUGCUGCAGGUGCCAUCAGUAUUCCUUCAGAGCCUACUCCGCUUUUGACCUGCAAGGAUGAAUAUGAGCCCCCAACCAUCACUAUUGACCCAGAAAUGAAAGAUGGUAUAGCCAUCAGAGCAGGAGACACAAUUGUAAUCUCAGCUUCUAAAAUUGUGGGCAAACCUCCACCUACUGCAGCGUGGUCCAAGGGAGGACGUGAGUUGAAGACUUCUGACAUUGUCACCAUCACCAGUACCCCAACCUCCUCUACUCUGGCUAUUAAGUACGCAAGUCGGAAGAACACAGGGGAGUACACUAUCACUGCCAGCAACCCCUUUGGCAUUAAGGAAGAACAUGUUAAGGUGAAGGUCUUAGAUGUUCCUGGACCUCCAGGCCCAAUUGAAGCCAGUAACAUUUCAGCCGAAAAGUGUACCCUGACCUGGCUUCCACCGGAGGAGGAUGGAGGCUCUUCUAUCAAAUCCUACAUCCUUGAGAAGAGAGAAACCAGCCGACUACAGUGGACCAAACUAGCUGAAAAUGUCGUGGAUUGCAGACACGUAGUCAGCAAACUGAUUAAAGGCAACGAAUACAUUUUCAGAGUGUCUGCUGUGAACCAGUAUGGCACAGGAGAUUCAACCCAGUCUGGUCCAGUCAAAAUGGUUGAUAGUUUCUCCCCACCAGGUCCGCCCUCAACCCCAGACAUUGAUAAUGUUAGUAGGAAUGCUGUCACCAUUUCAUGGAAGAGACCAGUACGAGAUGGGGGAAGUGACAUUAGAGGAUACUGUGUUGAGAGGAAAGAGAGAAAAGGACUGAGAUGGGUCAGAGCCUGUAAGCGGACUAUCCCUGACCUGCGGUUUAAGGUGCAAGGCCUGAGUGAGGGAGUAGAGUACGAGUUUAGAGUCACUGCUGAGAACAAGGCUGGAUUUGGGGAGCCAAGUGAACCAUCGCGCCCUGUCAUGACAAAAGAUAUUGUGUAUCCACCCGGUCCCCCAUCCAACCCUAGAAUUACAGAAACCACCAAAACCUCAGCCACAUUCACCUGGGGCCGACCCCACUAUGAUGGUGGUCUUGAAGUAGAGGGCUACAUUGUUGAAUAUAAAAAGGAAGGACAUGAUGAUUGGGAGACAGAGACACAGUACCCACUGAAAGCUUCAGAAUACGUGAUUGGUAAACUUCAAAAAGGAGGCAAAUACCACUUCAGGGUUAGUGCUGUAAACUCUGAGGGAAUAGGCGAGCCUGCGGAGGUUGAGAAAGUGACUGAAUUGGUGGACCAGGAGAUGUUGCCAGACUUUGAGCUGGAUGCUGAACUCAGAAGAACUCUGGUAGUUAGGGUUCGUGCUUCAAUCCGUAUGUUUGUUCCUAUCAAGGGCCGUCCUGUCCCUGAAGUCACAUGGAGUAAAGAUGAUACUAACCUGAAAACACGUGCACAUAUUGACACCACAGAGUCAUACACUCUUCUGGUUAUUCCUGACUGCACAAGAUAUGAUGCUGGAAAGUACCACCUUUGUCUAGAGAAUGUUGCUGGAAAGAAGACUGGGUUUGUUAAUGUGAAAGUUCUGGAUACACCAGGACCACCAGUCAAUCUCAAACCUAGAGAGAUCGCGAAGAACAGCAUCACCCUACAGUGGGAAAUUCCCAUUAUUGACGGUGGUUCUAAGAUUCGUAACUACAUUAUUGAGAAAAGAGCAGCCACUAAGAAGGCCUACACAGUGCUUAGCACCACAUGGCAGAAGUGUUCCUUCAAGAUUCCAGACCUCGAGGAGGGAGCUUACUACUAUUUCCGUGUCUCAGCUGAGAAUGACCUGGGUGUGGGUGAGCCAGCUGAAACCCCAGAGCCAAUCAGGGUAUCCCAGGCCCCCUCUGCCCCAGAAAAUUUGUAUGUCACCGAUGUUACCUCUGAUAGUGCCAGCCUUGCAUGGACCAAGCCUUUACAUGAUGGUGGCAGCUUGAUCACUGGGUAUGUCAUUGAGGCUCAAAAGAAGGACACUGAUCAGUGGGUCCAUGUGGCCACCAUUAAGGCUCUGGAUUAUACUGUUACAGAUCUAAUUGAGGGUGCUGAAUAUACCUUCCGUAUAAUGGCAGUCAAUGCAUCAGGCAGGAGUGAUCCCCGUGAGAGCAGACCAGCUGUUAUCAAAGAGCAGACUUCUGCUCCUUCAUUUGACCUGCGUGGGGUCUACCAGAAAACGAUCAUUGCUAAGGCAGGAGAUCGGUUGAAGGUGGAGAUUCCAGUGUUGGGCAAACCAAGGCCUGUAGUUUCAUGGAAGAAAGGAGAUACAGUGGUCAAGGAGACACAAAGACUCAACAUUGAAACUACACUAACAUCAACUAUUCUCAACAUCAAUGAGAUAAAAAGGACAGAUGGAGGCCAGUAUUCUAUGACUGGUAAAAACAUGCUGGGGACAAUGACAGAGACAAUCACAAUCCUGGUUCAUGACAUUCCUGGACCUCCAACUGGUCCUAUUAAGCUGGAAGAAAUUUCAUGUGAUUAUGUGCUGAUGUCCUGGGACCCACCAGAAAAUGAUGGAGGUGUUCCUAUUAACAACUAUAUUGUUGAGAUGCGGGAGACCACUGGUACUUCAUGGGUAGAGCUGGCAGCUACAGUCAUCCGCACCACAUUUAAGGCAGCCAGACUCACUACUGGAACUCAGUAUCAGUUCCGCAUCAAGGCCCAGAACAGAUAUGGGAUUGGACCAAGCAUUAUCUCUGAACCAGUGGUAGCUGUCUAUCCAUUUGAUGUACCAAGCCAGCCUGGCACUCCCGUGGUCACCUCUUUCAACAAGGAUGCUAUGACCCUUAGUUGGAAUGAGCCAUCCUCUGAUGGAGGUAGUGCCAUUCUGGGCUAUCAUGUGGAAAGGAAAGAGAAAAACAGUAUUCUGUGGCAGAGGAUCAGCAAAGCCCUUGUUGUUGGAAAUCUAUUUAAAUCAACAGGCCUUAUUGAUGGAAUUGCAUAUGAACACCGUGUUAUUGCUGAAAAUAUGGCUGGUCUCAGCAAAGCCAGCAAACCCUCUGAGCCCAUGUAUGCUUUGGACCCAGUUGAUCCACCAGGCAGGCCAGUAGCACUAAAUAUUACUAGGCAUGAAGUGACCUUGUCAUGGACCAAGCCAGAGGGAGAUGGAGGAUUUUCUAUUACUGGAUACACUGUAGAGAGGAGGGAGAUGCCCAAUGGACGUUGGCUCAAAGCAAACUUCAACAACAUUCUGGAAACUAUCUACACAGUCAGUGGUCUAACUGAAGAUGCAACCUAUGAAUUCCGUGUGUUUGCUAGGAACUCAGCUGGUGCUGUUAGUGCUCCAUCCCAGUCAUCUGAAGCAAUCUUGUGCAGAGAUGACAUUGAAGAGCCCCGGCUUGAUGUAGAUGCAUCAUAUAGCAGCACUGUUGUUGUCAUGGCAGGAGAGGUAUUCAAGCUGGAAGCCAGUGUAACUGGAAGGCCAAUCCCAUCUCUGGUAUGGACCAAAGAAGGAAAAGAGCUUGAGGAUACAGCCAAAAUUGAGAUAAAAACAUCCGAGUUCCACACAACUUUAACAAACAAAGAUUCGCUCAGGAGGGAUGGUGGUGCUUUCACUUUGAUUGCGAGCAAUCCUGGUGGCUUUGCUAAGUUCAUAUACAAUGUCAAGGUGUUAGAUAGACCAGGACCUCCCAACUCCCUCACUGUAACAGAUGUUACUGCUGAGAAAUGUGUCCUUAAUUGGCUCCAUCCAACACAUGAUGGUGGUGCCAAGAUUGAGUACUUUAUCAUUCAGAGACGAGAGACCAGCAGGUUGGCUUGGACAAAUGUGGCCACAGACCUUCAAGCUAAUAGGUUCAAGGUCACCAAGCUUCUAAAGGGCAAUGAAUACAUUUUCAGAGUUAUGGCUGUUAACAAGUAUGGUGUGGGUGAACCUGUGGAGUCGGAACCUGUCAUCUGUGCCAACCCCUAUGUACCCAGUGACCCACCACAGCAGCCUGAAGUCACCAUAAUCACCAAGGACUCUAUGGUUGUCUGCUGGGAUCGCCCUGAACAUGAUGGUGGCAGUAGAAUAAACACAUACAUAAUUGAAAGACGGGACAAAACUGGCCUGCGCUGGGUGAAGUGCAACAAGAGGACUGUAACUGACUUGCGAUUCAAAGUCUCAGGCCUCACACCAGGGCAUGAAUAUGAAUUCAGAGUUCUUGCUGAGAAUAAUGCUGGGCUAAGUCAGCCCAGUCCUUCCAGUCCAUUCUACAAAGCCAUUGACACCAUCUUCCAACCUGGACCUCCAGGGAACCCCAGAGUGCUGGACACAACCAAGUCUUCUAUCACACUUGCAUGGAACAAGCCUGUCUAUGAUGGUGGUUCAGAAAUCACUGGUUACAUAGUGGAGACCUGCCUGCCUGAGGAGGAUGAAUGGACAAUUCACACUCCCAAGAAUGGUUGGACAGCCACUUCUUUCACCAUCACCAAUUUGAGGGAAAACCAAGAGUAUAAAAUCAAUAUUUCUGCCACUAAUUGUGAAGGAGUGGGAGAGCCUGCAGCUGUUCCUGGAACACCCAAGGCUGAAGACAGACUAGUUCCUCCAGAAAUUGAACUUGGAGCAGAACUACGUAAGGUGGUCUGCAUCAGAGCCUGCAGCACACUCAGACUUUUUGUCCCUAUCAAGGGAAGACCAGCACCUGAAAUAAAAUGGUCUAGAGAGCAUGGAGAAUCUCUAGAUAAAGCUAACAUUGAAAUCACCUCAUCAUUCACCACUCUUCAGGUAGAAAAUGUUGACAGAUUCGAUGGGGGUAAAUACAUUGUGACUGUAGAGAAUGCCUCAGGAAGUAAGACAGCCUUUGUUAAUGUCAGAGUGCUAGACAGUCCUGGAGCGCCUCAAAAUCUGAUUGUCAGGGAGGUCACUAGAGAUUCAGUUUCUCUUGCUUGGGAUGCUCCUGUCAUUGAUGGUGGUUCCAGAGUCCGCAAUUACAUUGUGGAGAAGCGUGAAUCAACCAGAAAGGCUUAUUCAACUGUGUGUGCCAGCUGCCAUAAGUCAAGUUGGAAAGUUGGAGACCUAGAGGAGGGAAAGAUGUACUUCUUCAGAAUUUUGGCUGAAAAUGAAUAUGGCAUUGGCCUCCCAGUAGAGACUCUUGAACCAAUUAAAGCAUCAGAGAGGCCUCUUCCCCCAGGCAAAGUGUCUCUUCGUGAAGUUACCAGCAAAAGUGUCACAUUAAGUUGGGAAAAGCCUGACCAUGACGGUGGAAGCAGAAUCACUGGCUAUAUAGUUGAGAUGCAGGGAAAAGGCAGUGAGAAGUGGACCCAGGUCAUGGUUGUAAAAAGCAAUGAAGCUCAUGUUACUGGCCUUACACAGGGAGAAGAGUAUACAUUCCGUAUUUCAGCCGUUAAUGAAAAGGGAGUCAGUGACCCCCGCUCUCUCAAUGUACCUGUGGUUGCCAAGGAUCUGGUCAUCUCACCAACCUUCAAACUUCUUUUCAGCACAUUUAGUGUGCUAGCAGGGGAUGAUCUGAAAAUAGAUGUACCAUAUGCUGCCCAUCCCAAGGCUACAGCAACUUGGCUCAAAGAUGGUGUUGCUCUCAAAGAGACGACAAGAGUGAAUGCAGAUACCACAGACAAAAAUCUUCUCCUGGUUAUUAAGGAGGCUUGCAGAGAUGAUGUGGGAACAUAUACUGUCAAACUUACUAACACAGCUGGAGAGGCAUCUACAGAUAUCAGUGUUAUUGUUUUAGAUAAGCCUGGACCUCCAACUGGCCCAAUUAAGCUAGAUGAGGUCACUGCUGAUAGCGUGAUCCUGUCCUGGGAUCCACCUCAGUAUGAUGGCGGUUGUGCCAUCAAUAAUUACAUCGUUGAGAAGAGAGACACAUCUACCACUAACUGGCAGAUUGUGUCAGCUACAGUAGCCAGAACCACUAUCAAGGCAGCACGUCUGAAAACUGGAUCUGAGUACCAAUUCAGGAUUGCUGCAGAGAACAGAUAUGGCAAAUCUUCAGCCCUGUUAUCUGAUACUAUUGUUGCUCAGUAUCCUUUUGAGGUUCCUAGUUCACCACGUUCUGUUACCGUUCAGUCAACCACCAAGGAAAGUAUGGUGGUUGUAUGGGAAAAACCCAGCAAUGAUGGUGGAAGCAAGAUUUUGGGAUACCAUUUAGAGCUAAAAGAGAGAAACAAUAUAUUGUGGGUGAAACAGAACAAACAACUUGUCCCAGAAACAAGAUUCAAGGUUAUUGGCCUGGAGGAGGGUAUUGAAUAUGAGUUCAGAGUUUAUGCUGAGAACAUUGUUGGCCUCAGCAAAGCCAGCAAAGUGAGUGAAAUACAAGUUGCCCGAGAUCCUUGUGACAGACCAGGAAAACCAGAAGCUGUCAUUGUAACACGAAACCAAGUGACACUAAGAUGGACAAAACCCCAAUAUGAUGGUGGAAUCAAGAUCACAGGUUAUAUUAUUGAGAAGAAGGAGGGAGCUGGUCGGUGGAUGAAGGCCAGUUUCACCAACAUCACUGAAACAGAAUUUGUUGUCACAGGACUUAUUGAGAAUCAGAUUUAUGAAUUCCGUGUCAUUGCCAAAAAUGCAGCAGGUGUUUUUAGCCAGCCAUCUGAUUCUACUGGAGCCAUCACUGCCAAGGAUGAGGUGGAUCCACCCAAAAUUGACUUGGAAGCUAAAUACUCCCAAGCUGUGGUAGUUAAUGCUGGAGAGACAUUUAAACUUGAGGCUGCUGUUUAUGGUAAACCCGUACCCACAAUUCACUGGCUGAAAGAGGGCCAGGAGAUCACCGAAGCAGCUCGCUUAGAGCUUAAGAACACAGAUUUUACAGCUUGUCUGGUUGUUAAAGAAGCCAUCCGUGUUGAUGGAGGUCAGUACAUACUUCUAGUAAAGAAUGUUGGAGGAGAGAAAUCUGUUAACAUUAAUGUUAAGGUUUUAGACAGACCUGGUGCACCCGAAGGCCCUAUAUCCAUUUAUGGUGUCACUAAUGAAAAAUGCUCAAUUUCCUGGAAACCUCCCUUGCAAGAUGGAGGAAGUGAUGUUUCCCAUUAUAUUGUUGAGAGGAGGGAAACCAGCAGAUUGGUUUGGACUGUAGUUGAACCAAAAGUUCAGACACUGAACUUGAAGAUCACCAAAUUACUUCCUGGUAAUGAAUAUAUUUUCAGAGUGAUUCCUGUUAACAAAUAUGGAGUUGGAGAGCCACUGGAAUCUGAGCCAAUGGUUGCCAGGAAUCCAUUUGUCACUCCCAACCCACCAACAAAUGUGGAAGUUUCCACAAUCACCAAAGACUCUAUGGUGGUGACCUGGGAGAGACCAACUAAUGAUGGUGGCAGCCCAAUCCAGGGAUACAUUGUUGAGAAACGUGACAAGGAUGGUGUGCGAUGGACUAGAUGCAACAAGCGCAAUAUUAGUGAGCUGCGCUUUAGAGUAACAGGGCUUCUUGAAAACCAUAGCUAUGAAUUCAGAGUUGCUGCUGAGAAUGCUGCAGGUGUUGGCAUGCCUAGUGCACCAACAGUGUACUACAAAGCACUGGAUCCUGUCUUCAAACCAGGCCCACCAAACAACCCCAAGGUGGUAGACACAUCUAGAUCCACUGUUUCCCUAACAUGGGGCAAACCCAUCUAUGACGGUGGCUGCGAGGUUCAGUCUUACAUUGUAGAGGCAUGCAAUGGUGCAUCUGAUGAGUGGUUUAUGUGUACUCCACCAACUGGAAUCAUGGACACAAAAUAUACUGUGAAAAAACUUCUGGAAAAGCAUGAGUACCAAUUUAGAGUGUGUGCAAUCAACAAGGUUGGUGUUGGUGAGCAUGCUGAUGUUCCUGGAAAAAUUCUUUUGGAGGAGAAACUUGAAGCACCUGAUCUUGAUCUUGAUGCAGAUAUGAGAAAGAUGAUCAACAUCAGAGCAGCAAGUACGCUCAGAUUGUUUGUUCCUGUAAGGGGUCGUCCAGCUCCGGAGGUGAAAUGGGGCAAGGCUGAUGGUGAGAUUAAGGAGACUGCUCAGAUUGACAAUACAGGCAGCUAUGCAUCACUUGUCAUUGAGAAUGUUGACAGAUUUGAUAGUGGCAAGUACACCCUGACUGCUGAGAAUGCUAGUGGAGUAAAAUCAGUCUUCAUAAGUGUCAGAGUCCUGGACUCCCCUAGUCCACCAACUAACUUCGUGGUGAAAGAGAUUACCAAGAAUUCUGUCACUCUCACAUGGGAGCCUCCACAUCUGGAUGGUGGCUCAAAGAUUAAGCACUAUAUUGUUGAAAAGCGUGAGAGCACCAGGAAAGUGUACUCUCCCAUCACUACAUGUAACAAGAUGUCAUGGAAAGUUGAACCUCUUCCAGAGGGUGGAAUCUUUUUCUUUAGAGUAUUGGCUGAGAAUGAAUAUGGUGUGGGUCUCCCUGCUAAAACUAUAGAACCAGUUAAGAUAUCUGAGAAACCUCAGCCACCCGGCAAGGUCAGUGUUGUUGACGUUACUCACAGCACUGUAACUUUAACUUGGGAAAAGCCUCUGCACGACGGUGGUAGUAGAAUCACCCACUAUGAAGUUGAACUAGCUCCCAAGGACAGUGAAACUUGGUCUAUAUGUGCUAGUGUGAAAGCACUGGAAACAUUAGUGACAAACCUUCUCAAGGGAGAGGAGUACCAGUUCAGAGUUGUUGCUGUAAAUGACAAGGGCAAAAGUGACCCGCGACAGUUGGCUCAUUCAGUUGUAGCAAAGGACCUUGUUAUUGAACCUGCUGUUAGACCCAAGGCAAGUUCUUAUAGUGUCCAGGUGGGGUAUGACCUCAAGAUAGAUGUCCCAGUCGCUGGUCACCCUAAACCAAUUAUCACCUGGACCAAAGAUGGCGUAGCCCUUAAGCAGACUACCAGAGUCAAUGUCACCGACUCAGCACAAACUACCACUCUUACCAUAAAGGAUGCUACCAGAGAAGAUGGAGGUAUGUACACUAUCAGUGUCUCCAAUGACCUUGGUUCAAAGAAUGCAACUGUAGAGGUGAUCACCUUGGACAAACCAGGCCCACCCACAGGCCCUGUAAAGUUGGAGGAUAUCAGUGCUGAGAGCAUCACCCUCAGCUGGGAACCUCCUACAUACACAGGUGGUUGUCCAAUCUCAAACUAUGUGGUGGAGAAGAGAGACACAACCACAACAAACUGGUCGGUUGUGUCUGCCACUGUGGCUAGAACCACUCUAAAAGUCAGCAAUCUGAAGACAGGCACUGAGUACCAGUUCAGAAUUUAUGCUGAAAAUAGAUAUGGAAAGAGCUAUGCAAUUGAUUCACAGCCUGUUGUGGCACAGUAUCCAUUCCAGGAGCCAGGACCACCAGGAACACCAUUUGUUUCUUCAUACACUAAAGACUACAUGGUAGUUGAGUGGCAUAAACCCCCAAGUGAUGGUGGCAGUGCCAUCUUGGGCUACCAUCUGGAAAGGAAAGAAAGGAACAGUAUCCUCUGGACAAAGAUAAACAAAAUGCUCAUCCAAGAUUGUAGAUUCAAAUCUACUCCACUCGAGGAAGGCAUUGAGUAUGAGUAUAGAGUCUAUGCAGAGAACAUUGUUGGCAUUGGUGAGUGUAGCAAAGUGUCUGAGGUUUAUGUUGCCCGUGAUCCAUGUGAUCCUCCUAGCCGUCCUGAGGCUGUGAUUGUGACCAGGCACUCAGUGAAACUCAAGUGGAACCCCCCAGAGUACGAUGGUGGGAGUUUAGUUACAGGUUAUCUAGUAGAGAAACGUGAUCUUCCUGAAGGAAAAUGGAUGAAGGCUAGCUUCACAAACAUCAUUGAACAUGAAUUCACAGUUACUGGCCUGACAGAAGAUAGCAAAUAUGACUUCAGAGUAAUUGCAAAGAAUGCUGCAGGUGCCGUUAGCAAGCCCUCUGAGAGCACAGGGUCCAUAACUGCUAAGGAUGAAGUUGUCCCACCUAAGAGUGAGACAGAUCCUAUGUACAACCAGACCAUUGUCAUAAAUGCAGGAGAGACAUUCAAUCUUGAGGCCAGUGUGGAAGGAAAGCCUAUUCCAACUGCUCAGUGGUUCAAGGGGAAUCUUGAAGUUGAAAACUCAGCAAGAGUGGAGAUCAGAAACACAGAUUUUAAAGCUUUGCUUGUUGUAAAGGAUGCUAUCAGAGUUGAUGGUGGACAGUAUACUCUGGUUCUCACAAAUGUGGCAGGAAGUAAGACUAUCCCCUUCAGUGUGAAGGUUCUGGACAGACCAGGGCCUUCAGAAGGACCUCUUACUAUCAGCAAUGUUACUGAGGAAAAAUGCUCACUGUCAUGGCUGCCACCCAGGCAUGACGGAGGCGCCAGCAUUUCUCACUACAUCAUCCAGAAAAGAGAAACUAGCCGCUUGGCAUGGACUGUGGUCUGCAGUGAUUGUAAAGCUACCAUGUUUAAAGUUACAAAGCUACUGAAGGGAAAUGAGUACAUCUUCAGAGUCAUGGCUGUCAACAAAUAUGGCACAGGUGAGCCGCUUGAAUCAGCACCAGUUAUCAUGAGAAAUCCAUUUGUUCCACCUGGCGCACCUCAGGAUCUUGAGAUCACAAACAUCACCAGGGAUUCUAUGACUGUAUGUUGGAACCGUCCUGAGACAUCAGGAGGCAGUGACAUUGUUGGCUACAUUGUUGAGAAAAGAGACAGAGCAGGAGUGAGGUGGACCAAGUGCAACAAACGCAGAGUGACAGACUUGCGUUUCAGAGUAACAGGACUGACUGAGGACCAUGAAUAUGAAUUCAGGAUAUCUGCUGAGAAUGCAGCUGGAGUGGGCCAGCCAAGUCCAUCGACACCCUAUCUUAAGGCAUGUGACCCCACCUUUGAGCCAGGCUGUCCCACCAAUGUCCAUGUGGUAGACACUACUAGAGACUCCAUUAGUCUGGCUUGGCACAGACCUAUCUAUGAUGGUGGCUGUGAGAUUCAAGGCUACGCUGUGGAAAUAACCAAGGCUGAUGAGGAGGAAUGGGCCAUAUGCACCCCACCUUGUGGAGUCAAUGCUACCAAGUUUACCAUCAAAAAGUUGAUUGAACACCAAGAAUACAAGGUCCGCAUUUGUGCCAUCAACAAGGUGGGUGUUGGUGAGCCCACUGAGAUCCAGGGAGUCGUUAAACCUAUGGAUAAGAUUGACCCUCCAGAAGUGAUUCUGGAUUCAGAGCUCAGAAAGGGAAUAGUUGUCCGUGCAGGAGGCUCGAUGAGAGUCUGCAUUCCAUUCAAAGGCCGUCCUACUCCUGAGAUAAACUGGGCCAAAGAGGAUGGAGAGUUACCCAGUAAAGUUCAGAUUGAGACUGGUGAAGAUUACACACAGCUCUCAAUUGAAAUCUGUGACAAAUAUGAUGCUGGAAAGUACGUGCUCAAUUUAGAAAAUAGUGCUGGCACCAAAUCAGCUUUUGUUUCCGUUAAGGUGCUAGACACUCCAGGGGCUCCUUUAAACCUAACAGUAACAGACAUCAAGAGGGAAAGUGUGACUCUGACCUGGGAGCCUCCUCUUAUUGAUGGUGGUGCAAGAAUCAAGAAUUACCUUGUUGAAAAGAGGGAGUCCACAAGGAAGGUUUACUCUAAUGUGGACAACAAGUGCACAAAGACAAGCUAUCGUAUAACUGGCCUGACAGAGGGAACUAUAUAUUAUUUCAGAGUCUUAGCAGAGAAUGAGUUUGGUGUGGGACAGCCAGCUGAGACAGAAGAAUCAGUAAAAACAUCUGAGCCCCCCCUGCCUGUGGGUAAGGUCACGUUGACCGAAGUGACAAAAACAACUGCUUCACUCUCCUGGGAGAAGCCAGAUUAUGAUGGAGGUAGCAGAAUCAUUGGUUACUACAUUGAGAUGCAGCCUGUGGGCUCAGAGGAAUGGGUGGUAGCUGCCACAUGCAAAACUUGUGAAGGCACUGUCACAGGCCUCAGUGCAGGACACGAGUACCUAUUUAGAAUCUUAGCCUUCAAUGAGAAGGGCAAGAGUGACCCUAGACCUUUGGCUGCGCCAGUCACUGCUAAAGAUAUAACCAUUGAACCCAAAUUCAAGAUUCAAUUUAACACUUAUAGUUUACAGCACGGUGAGGAUUUGAAGAUUGAGAUUCCAGUGAUUGGACGACCUGUUCCCAAGGUUGAAUGGAAGAAGGAUGGACAAGCUCUUAAAGAGACAACAAGAAUUAAUGUUUCCAGCACAUUGUCAUGCACUAAGCUGUACAUCAAAGAUGCAAAUAAGGAGGACUCUGGCAAAUACACUGUCACAGCCACCAGUAGCAUUGGAACAGCUACAGAGGAGAUUACUGUUAUUAUUCUUGAUAAGCCUGGGCCACCCACAGGCCCUGUAAAGAUAGAAGAGGUGAGCUCUAAUUAUAUCACUCUGUCUUGGGAGCCACCAGAGUAUACCGGAGGCUGUCCCAUCAAUAAUUACAUCGUGGAGAAGAGAGAUACUACCACCACAGCAUGGCAGAUUGUUUCUGCUACUAUUGCCAGGACAACCAUCAAAGUCACCAAGUUGAAGACUGGUGUUGAAUAUCAAUUCAGAGUGUCAGCUGAAAAUAGGUACGGGAAGAGUUCUGCAAUUGUCUCUCCUGCUGUUAUUGCUCAGUAUCCAUUUAAUGAGCCUGCUGCCCCAGGAACACCAGUCAUUUCUUCUGUAACCAAGGAUAGCAUGGUUGUUGAAUGGAAACCUCCUACCAACAAUGGGGGCAGUCCAAUUCUUGGCUAUCACCUUGAGAGAAAAGAAAAGAAUAGCCUCUUGUGGACUAAAUUAAACAAGCUUCUAAUCCCAGACACACGUUUCAAAACUACAGAACUUGAAGAAGGUAUUGAGUAUGAAUUCAGGGUUUAUGCUGAAAAUAUUGCUGGUCUCAGCCCAGCUAGCAAGCUGUCUGAGAGCACAGUAGCAAGGGACCCUUGUGACCCACCAGGAACUCCUGAGCCUAUUGAAAUCACCAGAAACCAUGUGACACUCCAGUGGACCAAGCCCCAGUAUGAUGGAGGGAGUGCAAUUACUGGCUAUGUGAUUGAGAGAAGGAAGCACCCAGACACCCGCUGGAUGAAGGCCAGCUUCACUAACAUCAUUGAUACACAAUUUACACUUACUGCUCUGACUGAAGACUGUGUGUAUGAGUUCAGGGUCAUUGCCAGAAAUGCUGCUGGGAUUUUGAGCAAACCCUCUCAGAGCACAGGGGAAAUUACUGCCAAAGAUGAAAUUGAGGCUCCAGCAGCCACCAUGGAUUCAAAAUUCAAGGAUCUGACUAUUGUUCACGCAGGUGAGACAUUUGUCAUUGAUGCUGACUAUACUGGAAAGCCUUUGCCUGAGGUCAUUUGGUUAAAGGAUGGAAAAGAGAUAGACAAAGCCACACCAAGAAUGGAAAUCAAGACUACACUCACACGUACCAUCCUGACGGUCAAGGAUUGCAUCAGAGUGGAUGGUGGCCACUUUGUCCUCAAGCUUAUUAAUGUGGGAGGAGUCAAGAUGAUCCCAGUUAAUGUCAAAGUUCUGGAUAGACCUGGGCCUCCAGAUGGACCUCUAGAAGUCAAAGGGGUCACAGCUGAGAAAUGUUAUCUGCAUUGGAAUCAUCCCUCACAUGACGGUGGAGCUGGCAUCUCUCACUAUAUCAUUGAGAAGAGAGAGACUAGUCGUUUGUCAUGGACUGUGGUUGAGCCCAAGAUUCAGGCAAUCAGCUACAAAAUCACAAAACUAUUGCCUGGCAAUGAAUAUAUCUUUCGAGUUACUGCUGUAAAUAAAUAUGGUGUUGGCGAGCCUUUAGAAUCAGAAGCUGUUGUUGCUCGUAACCCUUUCACCACUCCCAGUGCCCCCUCAACCCCUGAGGUCGGUGCCAUCACUAAGGACUCCAUGGUGCUUUCCUGGGAGAGGCCCAAUGAUAAUGGAGGUGCAGAGAUUGAGGGAUAUGUCCUUGAAAAGCGUGAUAAAGAUGGUAUCAGAUGGACUAAAUGCAACAAGAAGAGGCUGAAUGACCUGCGAUUCAGAUGCACUGGUCUCACAGAGGGCCACUCUUAUGAAUUCAGGGUUUCGGCUGAAAAUGCUGCUGGUGUAGGAAAGCCUAGUGCACCAACUCCGUACAUCAAGGCCUGUGAUGCCACUUAUCCACCUGGACCCCCAAAUAAUCCAAAGGUCACUGACCAUUCAAGCACCACAGUUUCCCUUUCAUGGUCCAGGCCUAUAUAUGAUGGUGGUGCACAGAUCACUGGGUAUAUUAUCGAAAUGAAAGAGGCAACAGAUGAUGAAUGGAUCAUUUGCACACCACACACUGGCAUCCAAGCCACUAACUACACAGUAAAGAAACUUAAGGAGAAUGCGGAGUACAACUUCCGCAUAAGUGCUGUUAACUGUGAGGGAGUAGGAGAACAUGUAGAUUUGCCUUGUUCCGUGAUUGCUGCAGAGAAGCUGGAGGCUCCUGAAAUUGAAUUGGAUUGUGACCUAAGAAAGAUGGUCAACGUCCGUGCCUCUGCUACCUUGCGUCUGUUUGUGACAACCAGAGGGAAGCCUGAGCCUGAGGUCAGAUGGUCAAAGGCUGAUGGCACACUAAAUGAACGUGCCCAGAUAGAAGUCACAAGCUCUUACACAAUGCUGGUGAUUGAGAAUGUUGACAGAUUUGACACUGGCAAAUAUGUACUGACCCUUGAAAACCUCAGUGGCUCUAAAUCAGCCUUUAUUAAUGUCAGAGUUCUGGAUUCUCCUAGUGCUCCUACUAACCUCGAAGUUAAGGAUGUUAAAAGAAAUUCUGUCUCUCUCUCCUGGGAGCCUCCUCUAAUUGAUGGUGGGGCUAAGAUAUCCCAUUAUAUAGUGGAGAAGAGAGAACAGAAGAGAAUGGCUUUCACCAGUGUUUGCACUAACUGCGUCAGAAACUCCUACAUUAUUUCAGACCUGCAGGAAGGAGGCCGAUACUAUUUCCGUGUGUUAGCUGUGAAUGAACUCGGAGUAGGUCUGCCUGCAUCCACAGAUCAAGUUAAGGUGUCUGAGCCUCCUCUGCCUCCUGGUAAGAUUGUGGUGGUUGACAUUACUCGUCAUGCUGUUACACUCUCCUGGGAGAAACCUGAUCAUGAUGGAGGCAGUAAGAUUACAAACUAUAUUGUGGAGAUGCAGCCCAAGGGAGAUGACAAAUGGACGAUGUGCAGUGAAGUCAAAGCACUGGAAGCUACCAUUGAUGGACUCACAACUGGAGAGGAAUACUCCUUCAGGGUAACUGCUGUGAAUGAUAAGGGUAGAAGCGAUGCUAAGCCUCUGGCUACUCCUGUGGUGGUAAGGGACAUCACGAUGGAGCCCAUCAUCAACCUCUUAUUCACCACAUACAGUGUAAAAGCAGGAGACGAUUUGAAGAUUGACGUUCCCUUCAGAGGCAGACCACAGCCUGAGGUGUGCUGGAAGAAGGAUGGCCACAUGCUUAAGCAGACAACCAGGGUAAAUGUUCUUAAUUCAAAAACCUCAUCUAAGAUUGUCAUUAAGGAUGCCACGAAGGAGGAUGUAGGGAAGUAUGUGAUUACCCUGACUAACUCAGUUGGUACCAAGUCAGCUGAAAUCUCUGUUAUAAUCCUGGAUAAACCUGGACCACCUAGUAACAUUAAGGUUGAUGAGGUGAGCGCUGACUUUAUUUCUCUGUCUUGGGAUCCUCCAACCUAUGAUGGUGGUUGUCAGAUUAACAACUAUGUAGUUGAGAAGAGAGACACUACUACUACAACAUGGCAAAUCGUGUCAGCCACAGUGGCCAGAACAUCAAUAAAGGUUUCUCGACUUACUCAGGGGACAGAGUACCAGUUCCGCAUUGCAGCUGAGAACCGUUAUGGGAAGAGUCCUGCCAUAGAUUCUGCUCCUGUUGUUGCUCAGUAUCCAUUUGAGCCUCCUGGCCCUCCAACCAAACUUCAUGUUGUCCAUGCCACCAAAACUGGGAUGCUCGUGGUAUGGGGCAAACCUGCAAGUGAUGGUGGAAGUCCUGUUAUUGGUUAUCACAUUGAAAGCAAAGACCAAAGCAGCAUCUUGUGGACCAAGGUCAACAGAGGCCUGGUGACUGAGAACCAGUUUAAGAUGACAGGAAUGGAAGAAGGUCUGUUGUAUCAGUUCAGAGUGUAUGCUGAGAAUAUUGCUGGAAUUGGUCCAUGCACUAGGGCAAGUGACCCUGUGGCAGCCAGGGAUCCAUGUGAAGCUCCACAUAACCUUAGAGUCACAAACAUCACUAGAAACUCAGUUUCUCUUUAUUGGGAAAGACCUGAAUAUGUUGGCAGUGCAAAAAUUACUGGCUACAUUGUUGAGCGUCAAGAGCUUCCCAAUGGUCGCUGGCUGAAAUGCAACUUCACCAAUAUUCAAGACACUUACUUCGAUGUCACUGGUCUCACAGAAGAUGUCCGAUAUGAUUUCCGUGUUAUUGCUAAAAAUUCUGCUGAGCAAUUGAGUGCUCCUUCAGAAAGCACUGGACCCGUCACUGUCAAGGAUGAUGUAGACCCUCCCACCAUUAUACUGGAAGAUAAAUUCAGACAGUUGGUUGUCAUUAAGGCUGGAGAAAUCAUUAGAGUUGAUGCCGAAAUUACUGGGCGUCCACUCCCAGUUGUAUCAUGGUCUAAGGAUGGAAAGGAGAUUGAGGCCAAGGCCAGAUGUGAAAUCACAUCCACUAACUUCACAACUACACUCAUUGUCAAAGAUGCUAUCAGAAGGGACUCUGGACAGUAUGUUCUUACACUGCACAAUGUAGCUGGAACCAGAUCUGUGGCUAUCAACUGUAAGGUUCUGGACAGACCUGGACCUGCCUCAGGACCUUUAACAGUUUCUGGUCUCACAGCAGAGAAAUGCACCCUGUCAUGGGGACCACCUCAGGAAAAUGGUGGUGCUGAAAUUAUGCACUACAUUGUUGAGAAACGUGAGACCAGUCGUCUUGCCUGGACUCUUGUCUAUGGUGACAUGAAGGCAACUACCUGCAAAGUGACUAAACUGCUCAAAGGAAAUGAGUACAUCUUCCGAGUUAGGGGAGUCAACAAAUAUGGAGAUGGUGAAAGCCUGGAGAGUGAGCCAACAAAGGCCACUGAUCCAUUCACUGUCCCUUCAGCUCCCACUAAUGUCCAGGUCACCUCUGUUACAAGUGAGGCAAUGACCAUUUGCUGGGAAAGACCUGUUUCUGAUGGUGGCAGCAGUAUCGCUGGCUAUGUAAUUGAGAAGCGAGAGAAGACUGGCCUCCGCUGGUGCCGUGUCAACAAGAAACCUGUUUAUGACCUUAGAGUGAAAGCUUCACACCUUCGCGAGGGCUGUGAGUACGAAUACAGAGUUUUUGCAGAGAAUGCUGCUGGCCUCAGUGCUCCUAGCACUCCUUGCCCACUCACCAGGGCAGAAGACCCACAGUUUUUACCCUCACCUCCAGCUAAGCCUAGGAUAAUUGACUCCACAAAGACUACAGUCACCCUGUCAUGGAAUAAGCCACUUUUUGAUGGUGGAGCACCUGUGACUGGUUACAGAGUAGAAUACAGGAGGACAUUAGAUGAUGAAUGGAUUGUUGGAGUACAGAACACCAAAAACACAGAAUUUACAGUGGUGGGAUUGUCGCCUGGAGCUGAAUAUGUGUUUGUUGUCAAAUCCAUUAACAAGAUUGGAGUGAGUGAGCCCAGUCCUGAGUCAGACAAACAAGUUGCCAAAGAAAGAGAGGAGGAGCCAACCUUUGAUGUUAGCAAUGAAAUGAGAAAGACUCUUAUUGUAAAGGAUGGAAGCUCUUUCACAAUGAAAGUUCCUUUCAAAGGCAAACCCAUCCCUAGUGUUACUUGGGCUAAGGCUGAUGUAGACCUUAGAGUUCGUGCUGUAAUUGACACCACAGAUACCUUUACUUCCAUCACCUUAGAAAAAGCAACUCGGAAUGACUCUGGAAAAUACACUGUCACUCUAUCCAAUGUAGCUGGUACCUCCUCCUUGACGCUCACUGUCCGAGUUUUGGACUCACCUGGGCCUCCUAGUCAUAUAGAGGUCAAGGAAGUCACAAAGACCUCUGCUACUAUAACCUGGGAUACUCCUGAGAUUGAAGGAGGAGGACCAGUCAAGAAUUACCUUAUUGAUUACCGUGAGGCUAGCAAGAAAGGCUGGACUAGAUUGACUGACACAUGCCACAGACUGACAUACAAGGUGGCAGACCUGCAGGAGGGAGGAGUCUACUACUUCAGAGUGACAGGCGAGAAUGAAUAUGGUAUUGGUGUUCCUGCUGAGACCAAAGAGGGGACCAAGAUCACAGAAAAACCAAGUCCACCACCAAAACUGGGUGUAACGGAUGUAACCAAGGAAAGUGUGUCCUUGGCCUGGGCCAAGCCAGAACACGAUGGAGGCAGCAGAAUUACUAGCUACCUAGUAGAAGCACUGGAGAAUGGACAAGAGAAGUGGGUUAAAUGUGGUACAACAAAGUCCAUCCACUUCACAGUGUCUGGUCUGAGGGAGAAUGCGGAGUACUUCUUCAGAGUCAGAGCUGAGAACUAUGCUGGAUUCAGUGAUGCUAAGGAAAUGACUACUCCUGUAGUAGUCAAAGACCAGCUUGAAUCUCCUGAGAUCAACAUGAAGGACUUCCCCCACAACACAGUAUAUGUUAGAGCUGGAUCUACCCUAAAAUGUGAGAUUCCAUUGACAGGCCGGCCUUUACCUAAAGUGACUCUGUCCAAGGAUAAUGUGCUGCUCAAAUCAACAAUGAGGUUUAACUCAGAAGUCACUCCUGACAGCAUCAAGAUUACUCUGCGUGAGAGCAUUGCAGGAGACUCAGGCCGCUAUGAUAUCAUUGCCUCCAACUCCAGUGGAACCACCAAGUCCUUUGUAAAUAUAGUGGUUCUUGACCGCCCCAGUGUCCCACUUGGACCAGUGGAGCUGUAUGAUGUCACAGAAGACAGUGUGAGCUUAAAGUGGCUCCCACCAGCAUAUGAUGGUGGCAGUCCCAUCACCAACUACAUCAUCCAGAAGCGAGAGACAACUACAGCCAACUGGAUGGACGUGUCUUCCGCUGUGGCCCGCUGCACCAUGAAAAUUAUGAAGCUGACCACUGGCCUGGAGUACCAAUUCAGAAUUAGGGCAGAGAACAGAUAUGGAAUCAGUGAACAUAUUGACUCACCAGCUGUCACUGUCAGUCUUCCUUACACUAUACCAGAUGCACCAUCAACUCCAGAAAUUACUGCUGUAACCAGGGAAAGCAUUACUGUUGCAUGGAAGGAGCCAAAGUCAGAUGGAGGCAGCCAUGUGUUUGGUUACCAUCUCCAAAUGAAAGACAAAAACAGCAUCCUUUGGCAGAGAGUCAACAAAACAGUGAUCCGUGCCACACACUUUAAAGUCACCAACAUAAAUGCUGGACUUAUUUAUGAGUUCAAGGUAGCAGCAGAGAACUCUGCUGGAAUUAGUGCCUUCAGCAAGGUUUCUGAUGCUGUAUUGGCUAUUGAUGCCUGUGAGCCACCCCUAUACUUGCGCAUAACUGACAUCACUAAGAACUCCAUUAGUCUGGCCUGGCAGAAGCCUGAAUAUGAUGGUGGAUCCCCAAUAACUGGUUACAUGAUUGAGAAGAGAGAGGGUGUUAGCUCCAAAUGGUCUAAAGCUAACCUCACCAAUAUCACAGACACCCGCUUCAUUGUUACUGGCCUCACCCAGGAUGAAACGUAUGAGUUCCGAGUCAUGGCAAAGAAUGCAGUUGGUUCAGUGAGCAACCCGUCUAUCACUGUGGGACCAGCCACAUGUGUGGACACUUAUGGUGCCCCAGAGAUUGAAAUACCUCAGGAGUAUCUUAAUGAGGUCAAGCACAAGGCUGGCUCUAAUGUGGAACUCAAAUUUAAUAUAAGAGCCAAACCUGCUCCCAGUAUUGAGUGGUUUAAAGAUGGCAGAGAGCUUGAGCCUACUUCUCAGCUUUCUUUUAAACACACUUUCGAGUCCACAAGUGUGUUCCUGAAGGAAACAACUCGUCUUAACUCUGGAACCUAUGAAGUCAAGGUGAAGAACUCCCUCGGAUCGUCAUGUGCCAUUGUCAGGCUGCUCAUUCAAGAUAAGCCAGGCCCACCUGCUGGAGAAAUUCAGUUUAAGAAGGUGACAGCUGACAACAUCACCAUCAUGUGGUCCCCACCUGCUGAUGAAGGUGGUGCCAUGGUAACACAUUACAUUGUAGAAAAGCGGGAGACCAGCAGGGUAAUGUGGUCGAUUGUCUCAGAGAAACUGGUUGACUGCAUUGUGAAUGUGCCCAGACUCAUAAAGGGCAAUGAGUACAUCUUUAGAGUCCGUGGAGUCAACAAGUAUGGCAUUGGAGAGCCACUGGAGUCUGAGCCCAUUAUUGCCAAGAAUGCAUUUGUACCUCCCAGCGAGCCAUCUAAGCCUAAAGUUACUAUGAUCACUAAGUCUACCAUGACAGUAAUCUGGGAAAGACCAGCGUUGGAUGGAGGCAGUGAUAUUGAUGGCUACUAUCUAGAGAAAAGGGAGAAGAGGAGUCUGCAAUGGUUCAAGGUGGUGAAGGGCACUAUCAGAGACACCAGGCAGAAGGUGGCUAACCUGGUGGAGAACAAUGAGUACCAGUACAGAGUGUGUGCUGUCAACAAGGCUGGAGCAGGAAACUACUCUGAACCUUCUGAGCUCUAUAAAGCCUAUGACCCAAUAGAUCUACCAGGUGAACCCACUAAACUGCGUGUGAUUGACUCCACAAAGACAUCUAUCACACUUGGAUGGGAGAAGCCCGUCUAUGAUGGUGGCAGCGAAAUUACACACUAUAUUUUAGAGCAGAUGAAUACAGAGGACAAAGAAUGGGUGAUUUCCAACCCACAAGUCAAGACAUGUGAGUAUGUGGUGUCCCACCUCAAACCUGGCAUCUACUACUUCUUCAGAGUAUCUGCUGUCAACUGUAAAGGCAAAGGAGAAGACAUCAAAAUGUACCAGCCUGUGCAAGCCAAAGAUAUUUUAGAGGAGGCUGAUCUGGACUUAGAUGUUGCUAUGACAACUCAAUACACAGCAAAGGCUGGCCGUGAUGUGGAAGUCUUUAUCCCCCUAAAGGGUCGUCCUACACCAAAUGUCACCUGGCGCCGUGGUGACCGUAACAUGGCUGGUGAUAACCGCUACACAAUCACAAGCACUGAAAGAGCCACCACACUCCUCAUCCCCAAGGUCACCCGUGAUGACUGUGGAAAGUAUGUGCUGGAAAUUGAGAAUGGUGUUGGAGAACCUAAGAUAGUUACUGUUUCCCUUAAGGUUCUGGACAGUCCAUCCACCUGCCAGAAACUGAUGAUAAAGAAUGUCACAAGAGGAAAGCUGACACUAAGCUGGGAGCCUCCGCUCAUAGAUGGUGGCUCCCCUGUGACUAAUUACAUUGUCGAAAAGAAGGCCUCCACUAUGAAAGCUUAUCAAGUGAUUACUGAUGAGUGUUUAAAUACAAGUUACAAGGUGUCAGGGCUGGAGGAAGAUAUAGCUUACUUCUUCCGUGUGUCUGCUCAAAAUGAGUUUGGUGUGGGUGACCCUUGUGAAACCACUGAUGCUGUCCGAGCAACUGAAACUCCAGGAGCUGUUAAAGACCUAAUAAUGGUGGACUCCACAAAGAACUCUGUCACCCUUCAGUGGAGCAGACCUGACCACGAUGGUGGCAGCCACAUCACUGACUACAUAAUUGAGAAGAGAGCCCAGGAUGAAGUCAAAUGGACUUUAGCUGCUAAAUGCAAGCGGUGCAGCUGUGAAGUGACGGGACUCAAGGAAAAUACUAUCCUGGAUUUUAGAGUGUUUGCAAAGAAUGAGAAAGGCAACAGUGACUUCUCCCAAAUUGGUCCGAUCACAGUGAUGGACCUCAUCAUUCCACCUGAAGCCAACCUGAAUGAUUAUCCCAAUGGAGAGCUUGCUGUUCGUAUAGGUCAAAACAUCCAUAUUGAGUUACCAUUCAAGGGAAAACCAAGACCUACAAUCAGCUGGCUAAAGGAUAAUUUCCCACUGAAGGAAAGUGAGAAGAUUCGCUUUAGGACCACUGACAACAAGACUUCAGUUACAGUCAGAGGGGUUAAGAAAGAACAUGCUGGACAAUACACCUUGGUUCUGGAUAACAGAGUCAUUAAGAACUACUUUGACAUCAAUGUGAUCACUCUGGGACCCCCUUCAGUCCCUACCGGCCCCAUCCGUUUUGACGAGAUAAAAGCUCAGACUAUUAUUAUCUCCUGGGAUGAGCCGAAGGAAGAUGGAGGUGGCGAGAUCACCUGCUACAGUGUGGAGAAACGUGAAACCUCCCAGGCCAACUGGAAGAUGGUCUGCUCCAGUGUUGUCAGGACUACCUUUAAAAUUCCUAACCUGGUCAAAGGAACUCAGUACCAGUUCAGAGUCCGUGCAGAGAAUAAGUAUGGGGUCAGUGAGCCACUCAUCUCUUCAGAUGUUGUUGCCCAGCACCAGUACAAACCUCCAGGUCCUCCAGGAAAACCAGUUGCCUACAACAUCACCAGUGAUGGUAUGUCAAUAAAGUGGGAUGCCCCAGAUUUUGACGGGGGUUCCCCAGUCUUAGGUUAUCAUGUCGAGAAGAAGGACAGGAACAGCCUCUUAUGGCAGAAAGUGAAUUCCACAACCAUCUCCAACAGAGAGUACAGGAUAAUUGGUCUUGUGGAGGGUCUGGAGUACUCCUUUAGAGUCUAUGCAGAGAACAAUGCCGGACUCAGCCCUUGCAGUGAACAGAGCAAACAUGCGCUCGCUAUCUCCCCUGUUGAUCCACCCGGUACCCCAGUCUGCAUUGAUGUAACCAGAGACUCAGUCACCCUCCAAUGGGACAUUCCCAAGAGGGAUGGUGGAAGCAAAAUUGUAGCCUAUAGUGUGGAGAGGCGUCAAGGCAGAGGCAAAUGGCUACGGUGCAACUUCACUGAUAUCAGUGAGACCCAGUUCACUGUAACUGGUCUCUCACCUGGAGACAGAUUUGAGUUCAGAGUGAUUGCCAGGAAUGCUGUUGGCACAGUCAGCCCACCAUCCAACUCCUCUGGAUACAUAAUGACCAAGGAUGAGAGCAUUGCUCCUGAGAUUGAGUGGUCUCCAGACCAGGUGCUCACCCUGAGGGCUGGAGAUAAUGUCAGUCUCAGCUGCAAAAUCACCGGACGUCCAGUCCCACAGGUUCUUUGGUACAAGGAUGGUAAAGAGAUCGACAAGAGGACUAUGAUUGACAUUGAGAUUAAUACUGGCAUUGGCACCAGUAGUCUGUUUAUUCGCGAUUCUAACAGGAACCACCGUGGAAUUUACACUGUAGAGGCCAAAAAUAGCUCUGGAACCAAGAAAGCUGAUGUUAACGUUAGAGUCCAAGAUACCCCUGGACCCGUCGAGGGCCCAAUCCGUUUCACAGGCAUCACAGCUGAGAAGUGCACUGUGUGGUGGAGCCCACCAGAGAACGAUGGCUGUGCUGCCAUUACUCACUAUGUGGUGGAGAAAAGGGAGACAUCCAGGAUCACUUGGGCCUUGGUCACCUCCAAGUGUGAAGCUUGCUCUUAUAAUGCCACCAACCUCAUCAAAGGCAAUGAGUACCAGUUCAGAAUCUCUGCUGUCAACAAGUUUGGUGUCGGUAAACCACUGGACUCUGAUCCUAUAAUUGCGAAGAUGCAGUACACUGUUCCUGAUGCCCCUGGUACACCAGAUGCCACCCAUAUUACUGGAGACAGCAUAACGCUGUGUUGGACCAGGCCACGGUCAGAUGGAGGCAAUGAGAUUAAAUACUACAUCCUAGAGAGGAGAGAGAAGAAGAGCUUGCGCUGGGUUAAGGUCUCCUCCAAGAGGCCCAUUACAGAGUUAAGGCACCGUGUGACCAAACUUACUGAGGGCAAUGAGUAUGAGUUCCGUGUUAUGGCUGAAAAUGGUGCUGGUGUCGGACCAGCCAGCAGCACCUCCAGGCUCUUCAGAUGCAGAGAACCAACGAGUGCUCCCAGUGCUCCCACUGUAAUCAAGGUCAUUGACUCCACUAAGUCCUCUGUCACCCUGGAAUGGACCAAGCCAGUCUUUGAUGGUGGCAUGGAAAUAAUUGGCUACAAUAUAGAUAUGUGUAAGGCCAGUCUGGAGGAGUGGCACAGAGUCAACAGACAGAUUUGUAUUCACACCAGGUAUACUGUCACAGGUCUAGUACCUGGAGAACUCUACAAGUUCAGAGUCAGUGCUGUAAAUGGAUCAGGAGAGGGCGAAGCAUCAGUGAUGCCAAACCCUGUUCAGUCUUUGGACAGACUUACAUCUCCUGAAAUUGAUCUUGGUCCUGACUUCAAGCAAACUCAUAUUGUGAAGAAUGGAGGCACUGUAACCCUACAUAUUGCUUUCAGAGGAAAGCCAGCUCCUCUAGCCACGUGGUCUAAAUUAGACAGUGAGCUUCCGAUAAUGGCUGAUAUCAACACCACAGAUUCAUUUUCCACUCUGACCAUAGAGAACUGCACCAGGUAUGAGGCAGGCAAAUACACCCUGUCCCUGGAGAACAACAGUGGGCGCAAAUCCAUCACAUUCACUGUUAAAGUACUGGAUACUCCUGGACCUCCAGGAGCCAUAACCUUCAAAGAUAUUACUCGCGGAGCCUUGACAGUGAUGUGGGAUGCUCCUGCCAAUGACGGUGGAUCCCGAAUCCACCACUACAUUGUGGAUAAGCGUGAAGCAAGCCGCCUUGCCUGGCAAGAAGUCAGCACCAAGUGCUCACGGCAGAUGAUCAGAGUAACUGGUCUGGAAAUUGGUGUACCAUAUUUGUUCAGAGUGAUUGCCGUUAACCAUUAUGGCCAGGGAGAACCAAAAGAGAUGACUGAGCCUAUAAUUGCCACAGAAGAACCUGCGCCACCCAAGAGAUUGGAUGUUGUUGACACAACCAAUUCCACAGCCUCACUGGUAUGGCUAAAACCUGAGCAUGAUGGAGGCAGCCGCAUUAGAGGCUAUAUUGUUGAAUUCAGGGCUAAGGGCACUGAGCACUGGGUUGUUAGUGGAGAGACUAAGUCUCAGAAGAUGGUGGUAGAGGGUCUGAUUGAGAACACAGAGUAUGACUUUAGAGUCAAAGCCAAGAAUGAUGCUGGAAUUAGCGAACCUCAGGGCACCUUUAGCUCUGUGGUCAUAAAGGAGCCUUGCAUAGAACCAACUGCUGAUCUCAGCAGCAUCACCAACCAGCUCAUCACUUGCAAGACUUCCAACACCUUCACAAUUGAUGUCCCUAUCAGUGGCAGACCUGCACCUAAAGUUACCUGGAAACUGGAAGAGAUGAAGCUUAAGGAGACUGACAGAGUCUCCAUUAAGACCUCAAAGGAAAGAACCAUUUUGGUAGUGAAAGACAGCAAGAGAAGCGACAGCGGCAAGUACUACCUGACACUGGAGAAUGCUGCUGGUGUGAAGACAUUCACAGUCACUGUGGUCAUAGUUGGCAGACCAAGUCCACCCACAGGACCAGUGGAAAUUUCUGGAAUCUCUUCAGAGUCCUGCACCCUAUCUUGGUCUGAGCCAGCUGAUGAUGGUGGUACUGACAUCAGCAACUACAUUGUAGAAAAACGGGAAUCUGGCUCCGCUUCUUGGCAAGUGGUGAACUCCAGUGUGAAGAGAACCACGAUCAAAGUGACACAUCUCACCAAAUACAUGGAGUACACAUUUAGAGUCUGUGCUGAGAACAAGUUCGGAGUCAGCAAGUCCGUUGAGUCUGCCCCUGUUGUCAUUGAGCAUCCAUUUGUUCCACCAAGUCCUCCAACUCGCCCAGAUGUGAUAUUUAUAUCUGCCAAUGCCAUUAGCAUUAAAUGGGAUGUUCCAUAUGCUGAUGGUGGCAGCAAGGUGACAGGCUACUGGAUUGAGAAAAAGGAGAGGAACACGAUCCUGUGGGUAAGGGAGAACAAGCUACCCUGCCUGGAUUGCCAAUACAAGGUCUCGAACCUGAUUGAGGGGCUGGAGUAUCAGUUCAGGGUGUAUGCCAUGAACCUUGCUGGGCUCAGCAAAGCCAGCGAAGCCUCCAGACCUGUAGUGGCACUCAAUCCUGUUGAUCCUCCUGGCAAACCCGAGGUGACAGACAUCACCCGCUCUUCUGUGUCAUUGUGCUGGACGGUGCCCUUCAAUGAUGGUGGCAGUAAGAUCAUUGGUUACGUGGUGGAGAGAAAAGUCUACAGCACAGAUGAGUGGGAUGACAACCGCUGGCUCAAGUGCAACUAUACCACAAUCACAGAGAACUACUUCACCAUCACAAACCUAGGUGAAGGAGAGACCUAUGAAUACCGUGUCGUUGCCAAGAAUGCUGCUGGUGUUCAAAGUGUCCCUUCAGAGACCACUGGACCAGUCACAUGCAAGGAUGAAUAUUCUCCUCCCAAAGCUGAACUUGACAGCAAACUGAUAGGUGAGAUUGUCACUGUUACUGCUGGUUCUGACCUUGUCUUGGACGGUGCUGUGGGUGGUAAACCAGAGCCUACAGUGUACUGGUCAAAGGGCGACAAGAUUUUAGAGCUUGGAGAAAAAUAUUCACUGACCUACACUGCCACCAGAGCCAUGGCUGUGAUCAAGAGCUGUGACAGAUACGACACAGGUAGAUACAUUCUAACUGUCAAGAAUGCCAGUGGAAUUAAGACGGCAGCUGUCAGCGUUAAAGUUCUAGACACUCCUGGAGCUCCAGCUGAUAGGAUUGUAAUCAGCAGAGUCACAGAGGAAAAAUGUACAGUGUCUUGGAAGAUACCUCUGGAGGAUGGUGGAGAUCCUGUCACCCAUUACAUUGUGGAACGUCGUGAGACCAGCCGCCUCAACUGGGUCGUCAUGGAGACUGAGUGCAAGACCCUGUCAUGUGUCAGCACUAGGUUGAUUAAGAACAAUGAGUACAUCUUUAGGGUUAGAGGUGUCAAUAAGUAUGGGGCUGGAGUUCCUUUGGAAUCUGAUCCCAUCAUCGCCAGAAACGCUUACACAAUCCCCUCCCAGCCAGGCACACCAGAGGCCACUGCAGUGGGUAAGGAGCAUGUUAUCAUCGAGUGGCAGAAGCCUGAGAGUGAUGGAGGAAGCGAGCUCAAAAACUACAUAGUUGAAAAACGAGAGAAGAACAGUAGCAGGUGGACUCGAGUGAAUAAGACCUACACCAUCUAUGACACCCGUCUGAAGAUCACAGGCCUACUGGAGGGAAGCGAGUACCAGUUCAGAGUUACGGCAGUCAACUCUGCUGGAUACAGCCAGCCAAGUGACGCCUCAGUAUACAUCCUCUGUAAAGACCCCACAUACACCCCAGCUCCUCCAUCAGUGCCUCGCAUCACAGACACAACAAAACACAGCAUCACCAUGACUUGGACCAGGCCCAUGUAUGAUGGUGGAUCAGAUGUCACCGGCUACGUUGUGGAGAUCCUAGAGGAGGGUUCUGAGCAGUGGUACCGUGCCACUGCCAAAGCCCUCAAGACUAAUGAUUAUGUGGCUGCUGGUUUGGCUGCCAAUAAGAAGUACAGAUUCAGGGUUGCUGCCAUUAACAGCAAUGGGACUGGAGAGUUCAGUGAACCAAGUGCUGAAGUCGAACCACUUGAGAAAAUUGAAAUACCUGACUUGGAGCUGGCUGAUGACCUAAAGAAAACAGUGUGCCUCCGUGCUGGAGGUACUCUGCGCCUGUUUGUGUCUGUCACUGGUCGACCGACGCCAGUAGUGGCCUGGAGGAAGACGGGGGUGGAACUACAGAGCCGUGGUUAUAUUGAGACUACUGACAAGUACACAUCACUGGUAGUAGAGAAGGUUGAUCGCUACGACUCUGGAAAAUACAUUGUAGAGGCAGAGAACCCAUCUGGAAAAAAGACUGCCACCAUCCUUGUUAAAGUCUAUGACACUCCUGGUCCUCCAGGUUCAGUGAAAGUGAAAGACUACACCAAGGAAUCUGUUGUGAUCACCUGGGAUGUUCCAAGCAUUGAUGGUGGUGCUCAUGUCAGCAACUAUAUUAUAGAGAAGCGUGAGGCCAACAUGAAGUCCUAUAAGACUGUUACCACUGAGUGUAGGAAAACCCUGUACAGAAUCACUGGACUGGAGGAGGGUGUGUACUACUUUUUCAGAGUCCUGCCAGAGAAUAUCUAUGGUGUCGGUGAGCCCUGUGAGACAGCGGAGGCUGUGCUGGUGUGUGAAGUGCCCUCAGUGCCUGUGAAGCUUCAGAUUGUUGAUGUUUCCAAAUCUUCUGUCACCCUGCACUGGGAGAAGCCUUUGCAUGAUGGUGGCAGCAGAUUGACAGGCUACAUUAUUGAGGCCUGCAAAGUAGGCUCCGACAGAUGGAGUGCUGUGGCGACAGUUAAGGCCUCAGUGUCCCAGCACACCAUCCAGUCUCUGACAGAAAAUGACCAGUAUCUGUUCAGAAUCCGAGCCACGAACAGCAGGGGAGCCAGUGAAUCCACUGACAUUGUCACUCCAGUGAUCAUCCAAGAGAUCAAGGUUAUGCCCAAGAUUGACGUGACAAGUAUCCCUCAGAAGAUAGUUCAUGUGCAUCGUGGCAAACCCAUUGACCUCAACAUCCCAAUAAGGGGCAGACCACAGCCAGUCUGCUCGUGGUACUUUGGUGGUGUGAAGCUGAAGGACACCCUGGACCGCAUCAAGAUUGACAGCAACAGCAAAUAUACCCAUCUCGUCAUCCGUGAGACGACCAUCUCUGACACAGGAGACUACACACUAGAGGUGAAGAAUACCAUAGGCAUGGCAACUGAAGUUAUCAAGGUUAUCAUCCUGGACAAACCGAGUAUUCCUGUGGGUCCAGUAAAGAUCGAGGAAGUUGACGGUGUUUCAGUGACGGUUAGUUGGCAACCUCCAGAGAAUGAUGGUGGUGCCAAUGUCAGCGGAUAUGUCGUUGAGCAACGUGAUGCCCACCGGCCUGGCUGGACCACCGUCUCCGAGUCGGUGACAAGGCCUUGCUUUAAAUUCACUAGGCUCUCUGAAGGAACUGAGUACGUGUUCCGUGUUGCAGCCAUGAAUCGUUUUGGCAUUGGUGGCUUCCUGCAGUCUGAUGUGGUAGAAUGCAAGAGCGCCAAGACCAUCCCUGGACCCCCAAGCAGGCCAGAAGUGCUUGAUGUCACCCAUGAGGGCAUGACCCUGACCUGGAAACCACCUGAGGACAAUGGUGGCUCCACUAUUGCGGGCUAUAUCAUAGAACGUAAAGAGGCCCGUUCUGACAGGUGGUUGAGGAUCAACAAAAACCCUGUUACUAUGACCAGGUACCGUUCCUCCGGACUGAUUGAGGGCCUGGAGUAUGAACACCGUAUCACAGCCAUUAACUCUAGAGGGGCUGGGAAACCCAGCGAGAGUUCUGUCAUUACCAUCGCUUUAGACCCCAUUGAACCUCCAGGUCCUCCAGUUCAGGCCAGAGUCACAGACACUACCAGGACAUCUGUUUCUCUAGCUUGGCUUCCACCAGAAGAGGAGGGUGGUUCUGUCAUUACUGGCUACUUUAUUGAAAUGCAGAAGGUAGACCAGCUGGAAUGGACACUGUGUAACACAACUCCCACGAAGAUGUGCGAGUACAUCAUCACCCACAUGCCACAGGGGGCUGAAUACAAAUUUAGGAUCAUCGCCUGCAAUGCUGGUGGUUGUGGAGAAGCUGCUGAGAUUCCUGGAGUGGUUAAAGUCCAGGAGAUGCUUGAUUAUCCUGACUAUGAGCUGGAUCCUAAAUAUGAAGAGGGCUAUGUGGUCAGACAAGGUGGGGUCAUCCACCUGUCUGUACCCAUUAAGGGUAAACCCAUCCCUACAUGCAAGUGGACCAAGGAUGGUCGUGACAUCUCCCAUCGGGCCAUGAUUGCUACCCAUGAUGACAUCACUGAGCUGGUCAUCAAAGAGGCGCAUAAAGAUGACACUGGUACCUACGACUUGGUGCUGGAAAACAAAUGUGGCAGGAAGGCUGUUUAUAUCAAGGUGAAAGUGAUUGGUCGCCCUGAUGCCCCAGAAGGGCCUCUGGAAUUUGACGACAUUCAGGCCCGAUCAGUAAGAGUCAGUUGGAGGCCACCAUCAGAUGACGGUGGCACAGACAUCCUGGGAUACAUAGUGGAAAGGCGGGAGGUACCCAAAGCUGCCUGGUAUACAGUGGAUGCUCGAGUAAUUGGGAACUCUCUAGUGGUGAAGGGCCUAAAGGAGAAUGUGGAGUACCACUUCAGGGUUGCUGCUGAGAAUCAGUUUGGUGUCAGCAGAGCUUUAAAAUCUGACGAGUCUGUCACACCAAAGACUCCACUUUGCCCACCUGAACCUCCCAGCAACCCACCAGAGAUCAUGGAUGUUACCAAGUCCACAGUUUCUCUCUCCUGGGCCAGGCCCCGCGACGAUGGAGGCUCUCGUGUCACUGGAUAUUAUGUUGAAAGAAGGGAGGUUUCAACAGAGAAGUGGGUCCGCCACAACAAGACCCACAUCACCACCACCAUGUUCAAUGUCACUGGUCUCAUCCCUGAUGCAGAGUACAUGUUCAGAGUUGUCGCUCAAAAUGACAUUGGACAGAGUGAACCUGGUCCUGCUUCUGAAUCUGUAGUCUGCAAAGAUCCAUUUGACAAACCUAGCCAACCAGGAGAGAUUGACAUUGUCUCUGUCACUAAAGACUGUAUCACCAUCCACUGGCUCAGGCCUGAGCAUGAUGGUGGCAAGGAGAUCCUAGGUUACUGGAUUGAGUUCAGGCAGGCUGGAGAGAGUGCCUGGAAAAAAUGCAACAAGGAGCGCUCAAAGGAUCGUCAGUUCACCAUGGGUGGCUUAAUGGAAGCCACUGAGUAUGAGUUUAGAGUCUUUGCUGAGAACGAGACUGGACUCAGCCGACCUCGUCGCACACCUAUGGGCAUCAAGACCAAAUUGAGUGUUGGUGAGGCUCCAGCUUUGACAGAAGACAUCCAAGAUGUAACAACCAAACUUGGCGAGUCUGGCACUCUGACCUGUGGCAUUAUUGGCAGACCUCUGCCUGAGAUUAAGUGGUACCGCUUUGGCAAGGAACUGACCCAGAGCCGCAAGUACAAAAUGAGCUCAGAUGGUCGGAACCACUCCCUCAGCAUUCUAACAGAUGAACAGGAAGAUGAGGGCCUGUACACCUGCAGGGCAAUCAAUGAGGCUGGAGAGAUCGAGAGCAGUGGUAAACUGCGUUUACAGGCAGCUCCCCAGUUUCACCCUGGCUUUCCCCUGAAGGAAAAAUACUUUGCUGGGGCUGGCACUAGUCUCCGCCUUCAUGUCGUAUACAUUGGCCGUCCUAUCCCACAGAUCAUGUGGUUCUAUGGCAAGAAGCCUCUGAAUCCAUCUGAAAAUGUGAUCAUUGAAAACACAGAGAGCUACACCCACCUCGUGGUGAGGAAUGUUCAGAGAAAGACCAACGCUGGCCGCUAUAAGGUGCAGCUCAGCAAUUUCUUUGGAACUAUUGACACUGUGCUUCGUGUAGAAAUCCAAGACAAGCCAUGCAUGCCUGAGGGGCCCCUAAUUGUUGAAGCCCUGCUUAAGAGCUCAGUUGUCAUCAGCUGGAAGGCUCCCAAGGAUGAUGGAGGAUCAAUGAUUACCAACUACAUUGUGGAGAAACGGGAGGCCAAAGAAGGGGAACAGUGGUACCUGGUGUCCUCCUCUUUGUCUGGAACCACCUGCCGUGUCCUCAAUCUGACAGAGAAUGCUGGCUACUACUUCAGGGUUUCAGCUCAGAAUCAAUAUGGAGUCAGCGAGCCUCUAGAGAUCCCAUCAGUGGUUAUAAUCAAGAGUCCAUUUGAAAAACCUGGCAUCCCACAGCAGCCUUUCAUUAUCAGCUCCACAAAGGACUCUUGUGUUGUCUGUUGGAAGCCUCCAAGCAGCGAUGGUGGAGCUAAAAUCACAAGCUACUACCUGGAGAAACGUGAGAAGAAACAGAACAAGUGGAUGUCAGUAACUACCAAGAAGAUUGCAGAGACCAACUAUGAGGUCACAGGCUUGAUUGAAGGCUUCGAGUAUGAGUUCCGUGUCAAAUGUGAGAACAUGGGCGGUGAGAGUGAAUGGAGUGAGAUUUCUGAACCCAUCAUCCCCAAGUCUGACCAGGCUCCUCGCGCUCCCACAUUCAGGGAGGAGAUCAGAGACAUGACUGUCAAAUACCAUGCCAGUGCCACAUUUGUCACUAAGGUGUUGGGCUAUCCAAAGCCUGUUGUGAAAUGGUACCGUAGUGGAAAGGAGGUCCUGGCAGAUGGAACUAAGAUCAAAGCGCUGGAAUUCAAGGGAGGCUACUAUCAGCUUGUCAUCACUUCUGCUGAUGAGAAUGAUGCCACAGUUUACCAAGUCAGAGCAACUAAUUCCUCAGGAUCCAUCUCUACCACAGCCAACUUGGAGGUGGAAGUUCCUGCUAAGAUCCAUCUGCCUCAAGAGCUCCAAGGAAUGGGCGCAGUCCAUGCUGUCCGUGGUGAUCACGUCACCAUCAAGAUCCCCAUCUCUGGCAAACCUGAGCCAACAAUCACUUGGCAGAAAGGUCAGGAGAUCCUCUCCAACUCUCCUUAUCACCAAGUCAUCACCACAAGGUCUUUCACAUCCCUGGUAUUCCAGAAAGGAGUCCAGAGGAAAGAUACUGGCUACUACAUUAUUACUGCAAAGAACAGAUUUGGAAUGGACAAGCAAACCAUCGAGGUGAAUGUGGCUGACAUUCCUGAAGCACCAAAAGGCCUUGUGGUUAGUGAAAUUGCAAGGGAUUCUAUCACUCUUGUCUGGGAGCCCCCUGUCAGUGAUGGUGGAAGCAACAUUAUUAGCUACAUUGUAGAGAAGUGCCCCACCACCAGUGAUAGGUGGAUUCGUGCUGGACAAACUACUGACUGUAGUAUCACUAUCAUCAACAUAUUUGGAAAGACCAAAUACCAGUUCCGUGUUAUUGCCGAGAACCAGUUUGGUCUGAGCCCACCAUCUGAACCAACUGAGCCUAUCACCACAAAGGAAGACAAGUCUGUAAUUAGGAACUAUGAUGAGGAAGUGGACGAAACAAGAGAAAUUACUAAAGAGGAGGCUCUUUUCUACAAGGUGAAGGAGCUGUCCUCAAAGUACAUUAUCUCUGAGGAGCUUGCUCACUGCCAGUUUGGUGUGGUUCACCGUUGUAUUGAGAUUGCCACAAAGAAAACCUACAUGGCCAAGUUUAUCAAAGUCAAAGGAACUGAUCGUGAGUUAGUUUUAAGGGAAAUUGAAGCUCUUAAUGUGGGAAGGCACAAGAAUAUUGUCUACCUGCAUGAAUACUUUGAAAGCAUGGAGGAGAUCAUCCUUAUCUUUGAAUUCAUUUCUGGAGUUGACAUCUUUGAGCGGCUUGGCACCAGCAACUUUGAGCUUACAGAGCAGGAGAUUGUCAAGUACCUUAGACAAGUCUGCUCUGCUCUCAAGUUCCUGCAUUCCCACAACUUUGGCCACUUUGAUAUCCGCCCAGACAACAUUGUGUACACUACAAGGAAAAGUACCAACAUAAAGAUCAUUGAGAUGGGCCAGGCUAGGCUUCUGGUGCCGGGAGAAAACAUCAGAAUGCUCUUUUCAGCACCGGAGUACUGCGCCCCAGAGGUCCACCGCCAUGAUUUGGUCACAACGGCCACAGAUAUGUGGUCCGUUGGUGUUAUGGCCUAUGUUCUACUCAGUGGCCUUAAUCCAUUUGCAGCAGAGUCUACCACAAAGAUGAUUGAGAAUAUCAUCAACUGUGAGUAUGUCUUCGACAGUGAAGCAUUUAAGGAUAUCAGCCUGGAGGCUAUGGACUUUGUGGACAGACUUCUUGUCAAGGACAGGAAGCUUCGUAUGACAGCCCAUGAGGCUUUGGAGCACCCAUGGCUCAAGAUGAAAAUAGAGCAUAUUAGCAACAAGGCUAUCAGGACACUGAGACACAGAAGGUACUAUCAGACUCUGGUAAAGAGGGUUGAUACUAUUGUAUCAGCAGCUCGUGUGGCCUAUGGUGGUGCUUUCAAGAACCAGAGGGGAUUGGCUGUUGGUAAAGUGAAGAUUGGAACUGAGUGCCAUGGCUUCCGUGCUGGCCCAGUCAUGCAUGCCUCAGCUGAAGAAGGUGGUUAUGCAAGAUUCACUUGUAGCAUUGCCAAGUAUGACAAAAGUACACAGGUGUCAUGGUACUUUGGUAACUGCCAGCUACACACAAGCCACAAGUAUGAGAUUACUUAUAGUAAUGGCUUUGCCAGCAUCUACGUAAAGGACAUUGAAGAAAGUGAUGAUGGUGUGUACAGAUGCAAAGUGGUGAGUGAUGAUGGAGAAGACAGUGCUUAUGGAGAGCUUUUUGUCGAGACAGUGAGGAGUAUCAAAGAGUACUAUCUUAGCCGCUCCAUCAAGAAAUUAAGGAGGAGAGUUGACAAGACUAAGCUUCUGCAGAGACCACCAGAGUUCACUUUGCCUCUCUAUAACCGCACCGCUUUCAUUGGCGAAGAUGUGCGCUUUGGUGUUACUGUUACUGUGCAUCCAGAGCCUUGCAUAAUUUGGCUUAAGAAUGGUGAAAAAAUCAAGCCAGGUGAUAAUGACAGCAAGUACACCUUCACCAGUGAUAAGGGUCUAUACCAGCUCAUGAUCCAUAACCUGGACAUGACUGAUGAUGCUGAAUACACUGUUAUGGCCCACAACAAGUUUGGAGAAGACAGCUGCAAGGCCCGUCUCACUGUGGCACCACAUCCUGUGACGGAAGAAACUAUGAGGCCCAUGUUCAAACGUCUGCUAGCUAAUGUUGAGUGCAUGGAGGGACAGAGUGUCCACUUUGAGCUCAGAGUCUCAGGUGUACCACCUCCUACUCUUAAAUGGGAAAAGGAUGGUCAUCCACUACAGUUUGGUCCCAAGGUGGUUGUCAUACAGGAGGACGUUGACUCUCAUGUCCUUCACAUUAGAGAGACUCUACUUGAGGACUCUGGUGUUUACAAAGUUACUGCAACCAACUCUGCUGGCACCACCAGCUGUCAGGCAACAUUGAAGGUGGACCGCCUUACCUAUACAAGGAGAGAAUAUAGGAGUGAGGAAGAGAAAUACAUGCACAUACAGAAACAAAUUGAAAAGACCAACAAGAUGGCUCAGAAAAUCGUUGCUACUGAGGAGCUUGUACCUCUUAAUCCCACUGCUCAAGAAGCUCUCAAAUAUGCUGCAGAGAUUUACAAGCCAGCAGUGAGCACGAAGAAUGUUGAGGGUGAGUUUGACAUCACAGAGGAGAAGUCAGAGACCAAGAAGUUGGAGGAGGAGAGGAGGAUCUUCAUGCCCUAUGAAAUUCCUGAGCCUGUGGUUCAUGAUCCCAGAGUUCUUGAUGAGAACAAAGGUAUCAAACAGUUUGUACCUCUGUCAGAUAUGAAGUGGUACAGAAAGCUAAAAGAUCAAUAUGAGAUUUCAGAGAGGAUGGAGAGGAUUGUGCAGAAGAGACAGAAACGUAUUCGUUUGUCCAGAUGGGAACAGUUCUACGUCAUGCCCCUUCCUAGAAUCACUGACCAGUAUAGGCCAAGAUGGCGUAUUCCAAAACUCACUCUAGAUGAUCUGGAGACCGUCAGACCUGCACGCCGCUCUCCCAGUCCUGUGUCAGAGGCGUUGUUCAGAUCUAGGAGGAGAUCUCUGGGAGACCUUAGCGAUGAGGAGCUGAGGAUAACAGAGGAAGAAGAAGGAAUGAUGUUGGAGGAUGAACUGGAGCUUGGCUUUUCUGCCUCACCUGCUGGCAGCCCUGUACACAUUGAGCGACAUGCCAUGGAGCAUGAGGAAAGAAGGCAUGAAGGUAGACAUGAGACUGUUGAGGUUGCUGAGACAAAGAAGAAACGUACCAUCUCUCAGUAUAUGAGGAGGAGAAGGUCACUGUCACCCACUUACAUUGAGCUAAUGCGUCCAGUUUCAGAACUGAUAAGACAACCACAUGCUAGGCAUCCUGUGGAAGUAGAGGGAGAGAUUGUGGGGAGGAGGUCCCCUACCCCAGAGAGGACCCGACCACGUUCCCCCAGCCCCAUCAAGUCAGUUGAAAGAUCUUCACGCUCCUCUUCGAGGUUUGAGCGGUCUGCCCGUUUUGAUAUCAUGUCCCGUUACGAGGCCAGAAAGGCUGCUCUGAAAUCUGAAAGGAAGUAUCAGGUGGUCAGUCAGACACCUUUCAGUUUAGACCAUGCCCCGCGUGUCACUGUUAGGAUGCGUUCUCAUCGUAUCCCAGUUGGUCAAGAUACAAAAUUCACCCUAAAUGUACAAGCUAAACCAGAGGCUGAGGUCACGUGGUUCCACAAUGGAACUGCAAUCUCUGAAUCCAGUGAGAAAUUCAUCUUUACCAACAUGACUGGUGUCUUGUCCAUCACUAUUCUGGACUGUCAGGAAGAAGAUAGUGGCACGUAUCGCUGUGUAUGUUCCAACUCUAAGGGAGAGGCUUCAGACUAUGCUACCCUGGAGGUGUCAGGUGGUAGCUACACAACUUUCUCUUCUCGCCGCAAGGAUGAGGAAGCGCCCAAAACAUAUGUCCCUGAAGUCACUCGAACAGACCACUACCACAUCUCCCACUUCAAAGCUGGCUAUGCUUCACAGACCCACUUUGAGGUAGAAGAAACCAAAUCUAAGUUAACUGAAACACAUGAGGUUUUCACACAUGAGAGAUAUGGCGCCUCCUCUGAAAGGUACUCCUCUGCUGAGAGGUAUGACUCAUCUAUCAAGUAUGCUUCUGCUGAAUACCUGUCAUCUAGUUCAUCUUAUUCAUCUGACAAAUUUUCUCUGAGUGGGAAACACACCACAUCUGAAGCUAAACUGAAAUCAUCUACCACUGCUGGUGAUGAGGAAGUUUCUAUCCAGAAGGCAAAACUUUCUCUUCCAGCUAGAAUCCUCACUAAGCCUCAGUCUGUGACAGUUGAGGAGGGAGAGACUGUCAGAUUUACCUGUGAUAUUGAUGGUGAGCCUGCACCCACUGUGACAUGGAUACAUGAGAGCAGAACCAUUGUCUCAUCCCACCACAUUCAGGUCACCACAACUCAGUAUAAAUCCAGUUUGGAAAUCUCCUCUGUGACAGCCUCCCAUGAGGGCAGUUACACAGUAGUGGUAGAGAAUUCAGCAGGCAGACAGGAAGCUCAUUUUACUUUAACCAUCCAUAGACCAACCCCCAAGCAGGAAGUUAAAAUAGUCAAACCCCCUGAGCCAUCCGUGAAGUCACCCACUCCCAGUGUAAAGUCAUCUGCACCUUCAGUCACGUCCCCUGUUCCCUCCACAACCUCUGCUGUUCCCAGUGUGAAGUCACCAGAGCCUAGCACCAAAUCCAUUGAGACUUCAGUUACAUCACCAGCUUCAAGUAUAAAAUCUCCGGAACCAAGUGUGAAGUCACCAACACCAAGUGUGAAGUCUCCUGAACCCGAGGGGAUUAAGUCUCCUAAGAGCAUAAAGUCUCCUGAACCAACUGCACCUUCUCCUGCACAGACCUUAAAAUCACCGACUCCAGGUGUCAAAUCUCCUGAGCCUGAGGGACCUAAGUCACCACGAGGUCUAAAAUCUCCUGAGCUACGACUCAAGUCACCACCGCCAACUAAGACCCUGGGGACUGGAAAGUCACUGGAAUCUGAGGAAGUAAAAUCACCCCGGGGUAUCAAAUCUCCAGAACCUACAGGAAUCAAAAUGCCAAGAGGUGUCAAGUCCCCAGAACCUCCUGGACUCAAAACACCAAAAGGCAUCAAGUCCCCAGAACCAACAGGCAUCAAAUCACCAAGGGCUCUGAAGUCCCCUGAACCUGAAGGGAUCAAAUCACCACCCAGAAUGAAGUCUCCUCCUCCCACCAUGUCCCCCAAGAGAGUUGUAUCUCCACCCACUGUAAAAUCCCCAAUCCCAAAACCCCCCAAGGUCACGAGUCAGCUAACAGCAGAAGCCUGUGAGGGGUCAGUGAGGAUGUCCUGUGUUUGUGAGAGCUCCGUCAGAGAGGUGGUUUGGUAUGUCAAUGGGAGGAGGCUUUCACAAAGCAGUCACCUUGAGAUGCACUAUUCUGAGGGUUCUUGCAGCCUUGUGAUCCAUAAUUUAACAGACAAUGAUCAGGGAGAGUACACCUGUGAGAUGAAAUCAGAAGGAGGAGUAUCCAAGUCUUCUUUCAACUUCACUGGACAAGUGUUUCAGUCAAUUCGCAAGAAGAUUACAGCUUAUUGUGAACAGCAGCUGGGACUUCAAGGAUCAGUAUUGAUGAGUCAAAAGGAGUCAUCAUCAUCCUUGAGUUCAUCGGUGAUGAUGAAGAAAGAAAUCCAUACAAUGGAGGAGUCGUCUGCCUUUUCUUCUACUUCCCAGCAGGCAGUGAUGUCAUCCAUGACAGAUUCCCGCUCCUUCAGUAGCAUGGCAGCUGAAAUGAAGUUUGAGACCAUGUCCAUGUCCAGCAUGUCCUCCGUGUCAUCUGAGGCAUAUGCCAUGAGCUCCAGUAGCCUCAUGGAGAUGGCCUCCCACAUGGAGGGAUCACUUAGAGCUCUUGGUUCUGCUCCAAGGAUUGAAGCUCUGCCAGAGGACAUCAGCAUUGAGCCUGGCAAAGUCCUGACAGUCGCCUGUGCCUUCUCUGGUGAUGCCAGACACAUUGAGUGGUCGCACGACGGCAAAACGAUUGAGUUGACUGCUGCCGGACGCUUCCAUAUUGAGACCACUGAGGACUUGACCACGCUCAUUAUCACUGGGGUGAAGGAGGAGGAUGCUGGAAGCUACACCCUCAAACUGUCAAAUGAGCUGGGAUCUGAUACAGCAACUGUUCACAUUAGUAUUCGAUCGGUGUAAGAAAAAAAAACAACUCUUCAAAACUUCCCCUUUUUCCUUUUCUCAUGCGUUUUUAUUUAAUCAAGCAAAAGAAUCUACUUGAUAAAGAUCUGGAUUUCUGUUCUUGUAAAUAUGAACUAUUUUUGUACCUAUCUUGACAUUAAUUUUUGCCAAACUAGACUAAAGUCUAAAGGUGUUAUAAAAAUGUACCAUAUUGGAUAACUGUGACUUAGGAUUUUUGAUCCAUUAUUCUGUGACAUGUACAUAAUGUAUAUAGCCGAAUUUACCGGUUAUGGGAAGUGUAUGCAUUGUUAUUUAUGACAAUAAUAUUAACUAAAACAAAAUGAAACUGUAUAUGGUUUAACAGGAGAAAGUUCCAACAGGAACGAAUACUCUGUUAAACUAAGAAACUAAACUUUGUGCCUCAACGAUAAGUUGAAGUCUUAAGAUUGCCUCAACAGGUAGAGAGGCUCCCUGUUGAUGUUAACUCAAUCAGAGACAAAACUAUGAAUAUGCUGCUCUAGAGAGCAGUGCAUUAGCAUUGUGAAAGCAGUGUGAGAUCCUGAAUGCUGUUUGCAUUUACCCUCAUGUAAGCAGGAUGACUGGACCUCGCACUCCGACUGAUUCUGUCGUACUGCUAUUUCACUGACGUGCUCAGAGUGCAAGCGGCCUGCACUCCCUGAGCACAAGUGUUUCUUUUAUAUUUUGUGCUCUGCAUCUGGCAAACAACCACUGAUGAGACUUUUCAGUUGUACCACCAACCUGGCCAAUCACUUUAAAUAAGAGUCCCUCCUGUGCUUGUUUGCAGAAACAGAGCUCUCUCUUGGAGGUAUGCAGUGUGUUUGUGUGUUAGUUUUUAGAAGUUCUCCUGUCAGUCAAGGUGGGUGCGGCAAAGCAGAUGUAUGAAACCACCUACUGCUGCGUUCAACAACAAGUCCCACAUGUCGCCCUGCAGUUUAAGGGUUUGAUUGAAGUUUGAGUUGUAGUGUUGACUAUUUUCGCACCCUCCUUGAGUCUUUCCUCCAAUUAUUUCCUUAAUAAAGCAUGAUUAUCAGCACUACA